CGGCCUGGAUGCCUCGGCUGGAGGAACUGCUGUGAGGAGGAGAAGAACUGAAGUACAACGGUUCUUUUCUCCUUCUGGACCUUUUGGACUAAACGCUGUGGAUAACGAGACUUGAGGCCCAGAGGAGACAGUGAAGGCAUCCUUGUGCAGACAAGGUGCCGACCAACAUGUCAACACGGGCGCCGACGUUCACGCAGCCGCUGCAGAGCGUCGUGGCACUAGAGGGUAGUGCCGCGACGUUCGAGGCUCAAGUUAGUGGUUCUCCACUUCCUGAGGUGAGCUGGUUUCGUGAUGGCCAGGUUCUUUCCUCCGCAGCUUUACCCGGUAUACAGAUCUCGUUCAGCGACGGCCGCGCUGUCCUGAGGAUCCCCGCUGUGACCGCCGCACACAGUGGGAGGUUCUCAGUCAGAGCCACCAACGGCGCCGGACAAGCCACGAGCACCGCCGAGCUCCUGGUCACCGCCGAGACGGCCCCUCCGAACUUCCUCCAGAGACUGCAGAGCUCCACAGUGAGACAGGGCAGCCAGGUGAAGCUGGACGUCCGGGUCUCCGGCAUCCCGACCCCCGUGGUGAAGUUCUACCGGGAGGGAGCCGAGAUCCAGAGCUCGGCCGACUUUGUGAUCCUCCAGGAGGGCGACCUGUACAGCCUGCUGAUCGCCGAGGCCUUCCCAGAGGAUUCUGGGACGUAUUCUGUGACCGCCACCAACAGCAGUGGACGCGCUACCUCCACCUCGGAGCUGCUGGUUCAGGGUGAAGAAGCCGUUCAGGUGAAGAAAACCAAGACCAUCGUCUCCUCCUCCCAGACAGGAGUGCAGAGGGUUGAGUCCAGCUUCCAGACAUCUGCCAUGAUGGAGAUGCAUGUGGAAGGAGGAACGUUGACUCAGCACUUAGCUCACAAAACCCCCCCGCGGGUUCCGCCGAAGCCCGCCUCCAAGUCGCCUUCCUCCUUUGUGUCCAAGGGGACGGGAGGACGGCAGCAGUCGCCUUCACCCGUCCGCCACGUGAAGGGGCCGACACCCGCCCCCGUCAGACCUGUCUCACCCGCAAGCAGACUGUCUGUCUCCCCCAUCAGACCAGUGAAGUCUCCCCUCAUGACCAGGAAACAGCUCUCCGCGUCUGCAGAGGUCCUCCCUCCAUGGAAGCAGGGAGGCUUUGUGUCUGAGGCCAGCUACGCCAGUAUGACCAGUAUGACCAGUAUGACCAGUAUGAGCAGUAUGACCAGUAUGAGCAGCGCCGCCCAGCUCCACAUGGAGAAGCACUGGGAGCAGCAGGUCAGCGCCACCAGAGAGGAUCCUGCUGCUGUUCCCACCAGAGCUCAGGAGCCGCUCGUCCCUCCCACUCUCACUGUUGGCCUGAAGAACGUGACGGUGACGGAGGGCGAGUCGGUGACGCUGGAAUGUCAGAUCAGCGGCCACCCUGAGCCCGCCGUCAUGUGGUUCAGAGAGGACUACAAGAUCGAGAGCUCCAUCGACUUCCAGAUCAGCUACGUGAGCGGGUUCGCCCGGCUGGUGAUCCGCGAGGCCUUCGCCGAAGACAGCGGACGCUUCACCUGCACCGCCAGCAGCGAGGCGGGAACCGUCAGCACCUCCUGCUACCUGCUGGUCAAAGUGUCGGAGGAGAUGGAGAGCAGAGAAGAGACGACCGUCGUCACCGAGGUCGCAGUCGCUCAGGAGAAGAGCGUCGUGAUGGAGUCAAAGGAGCAGCGGGUGGAGGAAGUGAGCUCGGGAGAGUCUGCCGCUCCGUUCUUCCUCAGGAAGCCCAGCGCACAGAAGCUGGUGGAGGGAGGCGGCGUCUUCUUCGAGUGCCAGGUGGGAGGAAGCCCCCGACCUCACGUCAUGUGGAAGAAGGGCGGCAUCGCGCUGACCACCGGAUACAGAUACAAAGUGUCCUACAAGAAGGAGACCGGAGAAUGUAAGUUGGAGAUCUCCAUGACGUUUGCUGAUGAUGCCGGAGAAUACUCCAUCUUUGUGAAGAACCCCCACGGGGAGGCCUCCGCCUCCGCCCGCCUGCUAGAGGAAGAGGAAUAUGAAGCCUACAUGAAGCAACAUGACGUGACGUAUAAAACCGAAGUGACGACCUCGGUGGUGCGAGAGCCCUCUGUGGUCUUGAGUCAGUACGAGCUGGAGCAGAGGAGGACCACGACCCCCAUGAGCUUAGUCUCAGAAACGGAAUUUCUCAUUUCUGCAUUUGAAGAGCGGAUCAUCCAAGAGGUGGAGCUCCGCAUCAUGAUGAUCAGCUACAGAAAGCUGGUGGUGGAGGACGGAGAGCUGGAGGUUACCGUGGCGGAGGUGGAGGCGGUGCAGCCGGCCUUCGAAACGCCGGUCAAAAACUACAGAAUCAUGGACGGGAUGGGUGUCACUUUCCACUGCAAGACGGGUGGAAACCCUCUGCCGAAGAUUGCUUGGUACAAAGACGGCCAACGCAUCAGAGCCGGCGACCGUUACCACAUGGAGGUCCUUCAGGAUGGCCGAGCCAGCCUCCGCCUGCCCGUGGUGCUGCCAGAGGAUGAGGGCGUGUACACCGCCUUCGCCACCAACAUGAAGGGAAACGCCGUCAGCUCCGGGAAGCUCUACGUGGAGCCGUCCGGCGCCGUGAUUCCUCAGAGAUACACACCGCAGCCGGCAAUGCAGAGGAUCAGAUCCACCUCUCCUCGCUCUCUGAGCCGCUCACCUGGACGUUCCUCCAGUCGUUCCCCCGGACGCUCUCCGGCCCGCCGACUGGAAGAGACGGACGAGGCUCAGCUGGAAAGACUCUACAAGCCUGUGUUUGUCAUGAAACCUUCUUCAAUUAAAUGCUCCGAGGGGCAAACCGCCAGAUUCGACCUGAAGGUCGUUGGCAGACCAAUGCCUGACACAUACUGGUUCCAUAAUGGACAACAAGUGGUCAACGACUACACCCACAAGAUCGUGGUCAAAGAGGACGGCACCCAGUCCCUGAUCAUCGUCCCCGCCCUGCCACAAGACUCCGGAGAGUGGACGGUCAUCGCUCAGAACCGAGCGGGACGGACUUCGGUCUCUGUAACUCUUACUGUUGAUGCUCGAGAAAGCCUGACGCGCCCACAGUUCAUUGAGAAGCUGAAGAACAUCAGUGUGAAGCAGGGCACUCUGGUGGAACUGGCUGUCAGAGCCAUUGGAAACCCGCUUCCUGACAUCGUGUGGCUGAAAAACAGUGAUAUCAUCUCCCCACACAAGCACCCACACAUCAAGAUUGACGGAACCAAAGGAGAGGCCAAAUUCCAGAUCCCAUCUUCUUCAGGCUCAGACAGUGCCUGGUACACUGCAACAGCCAUCAACAAGGCCGGCAGAGACACCACACGCUGCAGAGUCAACGUAGAGGUGGACUUUGCUGCUCCUCACACAGAGAGGAAGCUCAUCAUCACCAAAGGAACUUACAAAGCCAAGGACAUCGCCCCUCCCGAGCUGGAGCCCCUUCAUCUGCGCUACGGCCAGGACCAGUGGGAGGAGGGCGACCUCUACGACAAAGAGAAGCAGCAGAAACCACAGUUCAGGAAGAAGCUGACCUCCAUUAGAAUGAAGCGUUGUGGUCCGGCUCACUUCGAGUGUAGACUGACCCCAAUCGGUGACCCCACCAUGGUGGUGGAGUGGCUGCACGACGGCAAACCCCUGGAAGCCGCCAACAGGCUGCGCAUGGUCAAUGAAUUUGGCUACUGCAGCCUGGACUACGAAGCAGCUUACGCAAGAGACAGCGGCGUCGUCACCUGCAGAGCCACCAACAAGUACGGAGUCGACCAGACCUCGGCCACCUUGGUGGUCAAGGACGAGAAGGGUCUGGUCGAGGAAACGCAGCUUCCCGAUGGCAGGAAGGGAGCACACCGGAUCGACGAGAUUGAACGCAUGGCUCAUGAGGGAGGACCUUCGGGAGUCACCAUUGACAACGAAUUUGAGAAGACCAAACCCGACAUCGUCCUCCGUCCCGAACCAGCCAGAGUGCUGGAAGGCAACAUUGCGCGAUUCCGCUGCAGAGUGACCGGCUAUCCGGCCCCCAAGGUUAACUGGUACCUCAACGGACAACUGAUCCGCAAGAGCAAGAGAUACAGACUACAGUACGACGGCAUUUACUACCUGGAGAUCGCCGACGUCAAGUCUUAUGACUCCGGAGAAGUCAGGCUGGUUGCGGACAACCCUCUGGGCACCACCGAGCACACCGUGAAGCUGGAGGUCGAACAGAAGGAGGACUUCAGAUGCGUGCUGCGUCGUGCUCCGGACCAGAAGGCCGCAGAGGCUUCGCAUGACCCCGGAAAAAUCGGAUUUGACGUGGUGAAGGUCGACGUGUCUGCAGAGUCUGCGCAGGACAGAGAGGUUGUCAAGCUGCGCAAAACACAGAGAGUCGUUCACGAGAAGACCUCAGAGGAGUCAGACGAACUGAAGGGCAAGUUCAAGCGCAGGACCGAGGAAGGUUUCUACGAGUCCAUCUCUGCUGUGGAGUCAAGGUCCCGCAAGAGGGACGACUCCUAUGAGGAUCUGCUGAAGAAGACUAAGGACGAUCUGCUCCAUCGCUUGAAAGAGAAAGAAGAAGCUGAAAGGAAGAAGAUGGAAGAAGAAGGAAAGCUCACCAUCCCUACAAUCAAACCGGAGAGGGUCCAGCUCUCUGCCAGCAUGGAAGCACCCAGGAUCCUGGAACGCAUCACAAGCAAGACCGUCACUCCGCUGGACGAGGUUCACUUCAGGGUCAGAGUCAUCGGCAGACCAGAGCCAGAGUGCCAAUGGUUCAAGAAUGGCAUUCUGGUGGAAAAGUCUGAGCGCAUUUACUGGUACUGGCCUGAGGAUCACGUGUGUGAACUGGUGAUCAGAGAUGUGACGGCAGAGGACUCUGCUAGCAUCAUGGUGAAGGCUGUGAAUGUCGCCGGGGAGGCCUCCAGCCACGCCUUUCUGCUUGUGCAAGCCAAGACAGCGAUCAGCUUUAUCCAAAACCUGACGGGUGUCAGUGCAAAUGAGAAGGACACCAUUGUGACCUUUGAGUGUGAAACCAACGAGCCUUUCGUCAAAGUGAAAUGGCUCAAGAACAACGCGGCUAUCUUCUCCGGAGACAAAUACAGAAUGCACUCGGACAGAAAGGUCCACUUCUUGUCUGUGCUGGCGAUUGAAAUGAGGGACGCGGCCGAGUACUCCUGCGUGAUCAUAGAUGACGAGAGCAUCCGGACGAGUGCCAGGCUCCACGUUGAAGGUGCUGCCUUAGAUCUCAUCAAACACAUGGAGAACAUUGAGGUGCCAGAGACUUACUCUGGAGAGUUCGAGGUUGAACUGUCCCGCGAGGACGCCGGGGGCAGCUGGUUCUUCGGAGACAAGGAGCUUUCUUCCAGCAGUAAAUAUAUUAUAUCCUCCCGCCGAGGAAGACACUCCCUGUCCGUCAAGGACGUCAAGAAAGGAGACCAGGGGAAAUAUACCUUUGUAUGUGGCGACCUGACGACGAGUGCCUCGCUGAAGAUGAAACUGCGCCCGGUGACCCUGAUGCAGCCCUUGACCGACCUCACGAUCUGCGAGGGGGACAUCGCCCAGCUGGAGGUCCGGUUCUCCCAGGAGAACGUCGAGGGAACCUGGAUGAAGAACAGUCAGGCCAUAUCGGCCUCCGACCGCGUCCACAUCGUGAUCGACAAGCAGGUCCACAAGCUGCUGGUAGAGAACGUCACCAGAGACGACGCUGCCUCGUACUCUUUCGUGGUUCCCGCCCAGGACAUCUCCACCUCGGGGAAACUCAGUGUUCAAACCAUCGACAUUGUGGUGCCACUGAAGGACGUGUCCUCCAUCGAAGGCACUAAGGCGGUUCUAGAGGCCAAGAUUUCGGCUCAGGACGUCAUUUCGGUCAAAUGGUACCACAACGACAAACCGCUGAUGCCCAGCGACAGGAUCCAGAUGGUAGCGAAGGGAGCCAAGCAGCGUCUGGUCUUCACCCGGACCUUCGCCUCCGAUGAAGGAUGCUACAAACUGAUGGUUGGAAAGGUCGAUACCAGCUGCAGCCUGACUGUGGAGCAGGUACACAUUGUGAAGUACAUGGAGAACAAAGUGUGCUCAGAGUCCCAGAACGUCACCUUUAACGUUGAAGUGUCCCACCCGGGCAUCGACCCAGUCUGGACCUUCAGAAACCUGCAGCUCAAACCCGGAGGAAAAUACAAGAUGGAGACCAAGGGAAAAGCUCACUCCCUUAUGGUCAUUGACGCCAUGAAGGACGAGGAGGGCCAGUACAUGUUCCACGCCGGUGAAAAGACGUCCAGCGCCGAGCUCACCGUCUCCGGUGGAGCCAUCACUCAGCCCCUGCAGGACGUGACGGUAGCCGAGUCUCAGACGGCUGAGCUCGAGUGCCAAGUGGCCAACGCCAACGCCGAGGGCAAGUGGCUGAAGGACGGUCAGCAGGUGGACUUCAACGAGAAUCUGGUGACCGAGGCGGACGGGGCCGUCAGACGCCUCGUCAUCGUCAUCACCAGGCCGCAGGAUGUCGGGGAGUACACCUACCAAGUGGCCAGCUCCAAGACAACCGCCCACCUCAGGGUGGAGGCGGUGAAGAUCAAGAAAACUCUGAGGAACCAGACGGUGACGGAGACCCAGGAGGCGGUGUUUACGCUGGAGCUCACACACCUGGACGUGAAGGGAUCACAGUGGAUCAAGAACGGCGUGGAGCUGCAGAACAGCGACAAGUACCAGAUCACCUCCGAGGGCACGGUGCAGACGCUGAAGGUCAGGAACUGCGACACGCAGGACGAGUCUGUCUACUCCUUCAAGCUGGGGAAGCUGUCGGCCAACGCCCGGCUCAACGUGGAAACCAUCAAAAUCAUCAAGAAGAUAAAGGACGCCUCGUCGCUGUUGGACGGCACUGCCUCCUUCGAGAUGAGCCUGUCGCACGACGGCAUCCCCGUCAGGUGGAUGUUCAAAGGGGCGGAGCUCAAGUCCAGCGACAAGUGCAAGAUCCUGUCGGAGCGGAAGGCUCACAAGCUGAUCCUGCAGAACGUGGAGGGAGGCAGCGCGGGGGAGUACAGCGCCGUGGUGGGACACCUGCAGUGCAGCGCCACGCUCACCGUGGAGGCCCUGCGUGUCACCAAACCCCUGAAGAGCGUCCAGCUCCCAGAGACCCAGGUGGCCACGUUGGAGUGCGAGGUUUCUCACUUCAACGUACCUUCCACCUGGCUGAGAGACGGCGUGGAGAUCGAGAUGAGCGAGAAGUUUAGGAUCGUAGUUCAGGGGAAACUCCACCAGCUGAAGAUCAUGAACACCAGCAGAGACGACUCUGCAGAGUACACCUUCGUCUGUGGGAACGACCGAGUGUCAGCAACACUCACCGUCAGCCCUGUACUCAUCACCUCGAUGCUGAAGGACCUGAACGCUCAGGAGAGAGACACCAUCACCUUCGAGGUCACUGUGAACUACGAGGGCCUCACGUACAAGUGGCUGAAGAACGGCGUGGAGGUCAAGUCGUCCGACAGGUGUCAAGUCCGCAGCCGGCAGCUCACGCACACGCUCAGCAUCCGGAACGUCCACUUUGGGGACGGGGGGGAGUACCAGUUUGUGGCCGGGUCUGCCGCCUCUGCCGCCAACCUCUUUGUGGAAGCUCGUCUGAUUGAAUUCACCAAAAAGAUCAAAGACAUAAAGAUCACGGAGAAGAAGAAGGCCAUCUUUGAGUGUGAGAUCUCCGAGCCCAACACUCAGGUGAUGUGGAUGAAGGACGGCCAGGAGCUGGACGUGUCUGCGGAGAGGUACACGGUGACGGCAGAGAAGUUUGCCCACCGCCUGAUGAUCCAGAUGGUCCGCCUCUCCGACGCCGGCGAGUACUCGGUGGUGGCCGGCUCCAGCACGUCCAAGGCCCAGCUGACUGUGGAGGGCCGCGACGUCCGCAUCGCCGAGCCCGCCGAGCGGGAGCUCCAGGUUCUGGAGAAACACCGGGCCACCCUGGAGUUCGAGGUGAACGAGGACGAGGUGGAGGGCCGCUGGCUGAGGAACGGGGUGGAGAUCCAGUUAUCGACGGAGGAGAGGUUCAACUACGUCACCAUCCGGAAGCUGCACCGCCUCAGCAUCUCCGAGACCUACCGGAGUGACGCCGGCGAGUACACCUUCAUCGCCGGCAAGAACCGGAGCACCGUGAACCUCCGGGUCAACAUCCCGGAGCCUCCUCAGAUUCUCCGUCACAUGGAGCCUCAGGCGGUGGAGGCCGGUAAACCCGCCCGCUUCUCGGUUCGAGUGGGGGGCGUCCCGCGGCCUCAGGUGUCCUGGUACAAGAACCAGCAGGCCUUGACUCCAGGCUUCAAGUGUAAGUUCCUCCAGGAGGGCGAGGAGCACCAGCUGCUGCUUAUCGAGGUCUUCCCCGAGGACGCCGCCGGGUACCACUGCGAGGCCAAGAACCAGUACGGCGCCGCCUCCAGCACCGCGCCGCUCCACGUGGAAGUGUCCGAGGUGGUUUCACAGGAUUCGGCUGCCACCGUUGCCCCUCCCGUCGUCAUGACUCCCAUCGCCAGCACGUCCGCCCGCGAGGGGGAAGUGGCUCGCUUCCAGUGCCGAGUCCGAGGAGACGAUGUGAAGAUCAGCUGGUUCCACAAGGAGAAGGAGAUCAAGCAGUCAGACUUCUUCCGGAUGUCCCAGUUUGUCGACAGCUGCCAGCUGGAGAUCUCCCGGGUUUACCCCGAGGACGAGGGCGAGUACUCCUGCGUGGCCGCCAACAGCGCAGGGACGGUGUCCUGCUCCGCCACGCUCAGCCUGGACGUGACUCACGUCAGAGAACACAUUGAAGCGAAGAUCGAGCAAGAAGUCAAAGUGCCGCCCGUCUUCAGGAAGAAAAUCAUCCCUCUGGAGAUAAACAUCGGUGGUCACGCCAAGUUCGAGUGUGAAAUCGAGGAGGCUCCGAGUGUGACCUUCAAAUGGUACAAGUCCGGCAUCGAGAUCAAGCAGAGUGAGAAGUUCAGGAUCCUCAGCCGCCACACCAGUUCCUCCUUGGAGCUCCUAAACCCGAUCAAAGCCGACAGCAACGAAUACAGCUGCAAGGCUACAAACCAACACGGCACUGACAGCUGCACCGCCAUGCUCAUCGUCACCGAAAUGUACCCGCCGGUAUUUGUAUCAAAUCCAGACCCAAUGACUUUAUACGUGGGCAAACCAGCCGUGCUGCAGUGCUCACUCACUGGAUCCUCUCCUAUGGAAGUUGUCUGGCACAAGGACAACAUAGCCAUCUCCUCGGGAGGGAACUAUGUCAUGAAAUGUGAAAAGAACAAGUACUCCCUUCUCAUUAAGAGUCUUGAACUGGCUGACCAGGGAGCGUACCUGUGCAAGGCAUCCAACAGCGUUGGCACUGCUACCUUUACCACAGAGCUCAAGGUUAUCAACAAGCCCAGCUUUGUUAAGACCGUUGGGCCGGUGUCAGCUGCCGUCAACGACCCUCUGAGGCUGGAGGGCCAGGUGGACGAGGACACCGGUGUGACUAUUACCUGGACCAGGGAUGGCAAAAAAGUCCACCAGAGCAUGGAUUGCAAGCUGUCCUUUGAGGACAAGGUGGCUAUUGUUGACAUUCCCAAGUCCAAGCUGAAGGACUCUGGGAAAUAUGUGUGCACAGCCACAAAUGAGGCCGGGAGCUCGUCCUGUGAGGCUGUGGUAACUGUUCAAGAGCCCCCUGCCUUUGUUAGGAAACUGGAACCUAAGAUUACCUGGAAACAAGGGAUAGCUGCACGCUUACAGUGCACCAUUAAAGGGUCACCAGAACUUCGCAUCCACUGGUUCUGGAAUGAGAGAGUGCUCAGCGAUGGAGAGAAAUAUACAACCUCUUUAAAAAGCGGCGUUUGCUCUUUGGAGAUUAAGAACCUUGUGGUCACAGACAGCGGCACCUACACGUGCGAGGUGUCGAAUAAUGCCGGCAGCGAGAGCUGCAACACUCUUAUAGCUGUUAAAGAACCACCAUCCAUUAGGAAAGAGCUGCAGACCGUAGAGACGGUGAAGGGAGUUGCUGCUCAACUGGAGUGUGAUAUCUCAGGAACAGCUCCCUUUGAAAUCAGCUGGUUGAAAAAUAAGAAAGCCAUCUCCGGCGACCAGAAGUAUAAAAUAAUCGUCCAGGAUACCUCGUUGAGGCUGCAGAUCCAGACCUUUGAUAGUGCAGAUGUUGGAGAUUAUCAGUGUGUCGUAUCCAAUGAUGUGGGCAAAGUCACGACUAAGGCCCUAGCUAAGCUUAAAGAGCCACCAACCUUUUCAAAGAGGGUUGAGAGUGCCACGGCCGUGGUGGGAAAUACAGUGAAACUGCAGGGGACCGUCAAGGGCUCGGCUCCCAUCUCUGUUAAAUGGACAAAAGACUCUGAGGUACUCAGAGACGACGAUCCAAACAUCAAGAUUGCGUUUGAGAACAACGUUGUUAGCUUGUCCGUAACAACAGUGGCCAUCAGUCACGGCGGCAAGUAUUGCUGCCAGGCUGAGAACGAGGCCGGCCAGCAAAAAUGUGAAGCGUCCUUGACCGUGCAAGAACCCGCCAAAAUCCUAGAACCAGCAGAGUCCAUUAGUGUGACUGCAGGGGAUUCUGCCACGCUGGAGUGCACUAUCUCAGGAAGCCCAGACCUGAAAGUGAAGUGGUUUAAAGACGACAAGGAGAUGAUCAGCGGCCGUAAAUACAAGAUGAGUCUCAAAGACAAUGUGGCCACCAUGAAGAUUCUAACGGCAGAAAGAGGAGACACUUCAGAGUACAGGAUGGAGGUGUCGAAUAAAGUCGGGAAAGACCAGUGCACGUGCUCAGUCACAAUCUUGGAUCGGAUAAUGCCUCCAACUUUCACCAAGUCCCUGAAAAGGGUCGACGGUAACCUUGGUAACGACGUCUCCAUGGAUUGUAAAGUGUCUGGGUCCCAGCCCAUGACCAUAGCCUGGUUCAAAGAUGACCAGGAAGUCACACCAGGAUCCAAAUUCCAGCCUGAAUUCAAAGACAGUUCUGCUUCGCUGAGAAUCACACGGCUGGAGAAGGCCAACUCUGGAGUUUACAAAUGCAGAGCCUCCAAUUCAGCCGGCUUUAAGGAAAGCAGCGGCACGCUCUAUGUCAAAGAGCCGCCAGUGUUCACAGUGACAUCUGAGAACCAGGAUACUAUACCGGGAACCACCGUGUCCUUCAGGACAGCUUUCACUGGAACGGCUCCUUUAGCUGUAAGGUGGUUCAGAGAGGAGAAAGAGAUCACAAGCGGAGGCUCAUAUUUCAUAAAGAAAGAUGCCUCUUCGAGCUCUCUAGAGCUCAACUCUGUGAAACCCAGUGACUCCUCCCAGUACACUUGCCAAGUGUCCAAUGAUGCCGGGAAGGUGGAUUGCACCGCGGUCCUCUUUGUGAAAGAACCUCCCUUGUUUGUGACGAGGCUCGAGGCGACCAAGCUCGUCACCGCCGGCGACUCCGCCAAGCUGGAGUGCAAAGCGACGGGCAGCCCCGUGGUCACUUUCAAAUGGUUCAAGGACGAGAGGGAGAUCAGCUCCAGUCCCAAAUACACAAUGGCCUCCACUGACACAGUGGCGUCUCUGGAGAUAAUGAAGUGUGCGGUGGAGGAUAGUGGCGAUUACGUCUGUGUGGCAGCCAGCGAGGCCGGUAGUGACCGCUGCAGCAGCACAGUCACGGUCAAAGAGCCGCCGUUGUUUGUGCGUAGCAUGGAGCCCAGAGAUGUGGUGAAAGGCACCGAAAUGAUGGUGGAGGGCCAGGUCUCUGGCUCCUCCCCUUUCACCGUGUUGUUUUAUAAGAACACAAAGCUGAUCAGAAACGACAAGAGACACAGGAUCACUGUGAAGGACGACCUCAUAGCCCUGCAGGUGCUAGCCGUUGAGGCAGCAGACGUGGGCUUGUACCAGUGCACUGUUGAGAAUGAAGUGGGGAAGUCCUCCUGUGAUUUUCAAGUAACACUCAAAGAACCACCGUCAUUUGUGAGAAAACUGGAGAACCUCAGCUCCUUGGUUGGCAGCAAUGUUUCUCUGCAGUGCGCUCUGAAGGGCUCAGAGCCCAUGACCGUGUCUUGGACCAAAGACAACCACGAAGUCAAAGAGGCUGAACACGUUCGGAUCACGUACGAGAACAACGCAGCUCUGCUGCACUUCACCGGCUUGCAGAGCAAACACGGAGGCAAAUACUCCUGCCAGGCCCAGAAUCAGGCCGGGAGCCAGACGUGCUCCGCAGUGCUGACAGUCAAAGAGCCGGCCAAGGUGACGGAGGAGGCUAAGUCCAUCAGUGUGACUCAGGGGGAUCCGGCCACGCUGGAGACCCGCUUCUUGGGCACAAAGCCGCUGAAGGCCAGAUGGCUUCUAGCUGGCAAGGAGCUGAUAUCAGGCCAGAGAUAUAAAGUACAUGGCACGGACACCAGCUCGGUGCUCAAGAUUAUUAAAACUGAGAAAAGGGACAGUGGUGACUACACCUUCGAGGUGUCAAACGAUGUUGGACAAAGCUCUUGCGAGGCCACAGUCACCAUUCUGGAUCAAAUAAUUCCACCAUCUUUUACGAGAAAACUGAAGCCGACGGAAGGUAUCAAAGGAUCGUUCGCUCAUCUGGAGUGUCUCGUUUCCGGUUCCCUGCCGAUAACCAUUCAGUGGUACAAAGAUGAGAAAGAGAUGCAGACUGAUGAGAAACACAAAUGCACGUUCUUUGAGAAUGUCGCUUUUCUGGAAAUCUCCAAUCUGGACAGUAAAGCCAGCGGCAGCUAUACGUGCAUCGCUCGAAACCAAGCAGGAACAGUGCAGUGCUCCGGGAACUUGUUUGUUAAAGAACCACCAUGCAUUCUUGAAAAGCCUGAUUCCAUGAACGUUUUGCCUGGCUCCAAAGUCCAGUUUAACGUGUUGGUCUGUGGCACGCCUCCGCUGACCACCAGAUGGUUUAAAAACAAGAAAGAGAUUUUAUCCAGUGCCGACUGCUCUGUGGUCAAAGACAACACCUCAAGCUCACUGGAGCUCUUCUUCACUAAGACCUCUGAUUCUGGAGACUAUGUCUGUGAAAUACGGAACGACGUGGGCUCCACCUCAUGCCAGGCAGCGCUCUUUGUCAAAGAGCCUCCUAAGUUCACACGAACCCCGGCUCGUCUGUCCGUGGUCCGUCCCGGUCAGAGUAAAGUGUUUGAAUGCCAGGUGACUGGCACACCUGAAAUAGACAUCUACUGGUUCAGGGAAGGCUCUGAGAUCAGCCCCAGCGAGCGGCACAAGCUGCUCUUUGUUGACUGCGUGGCCACGCUGGAGGUCUGUUGCACUGAUACCAAAGACAGCGGGCUUUACUACUGCGAGGCUCGCAACGAGGCUGGCAGUGAGAGCUGCAGCAUGGAGCUCAAGGUCAAAGAACCGCCAUCAUUCAUGAAAGAGCUGCUUCCCGCUGAUGUUGUGAAGGGCUGUAGUGCCUGUUUUGAGUCUCUGUUGAAUGGGUCUGUUCCUUUUGAGAUAACAUGGCACAAGGAUGCAAAGGAAAUCAAACCCAGUGCCAAACACAGCUUCUCCCUGAUCAACAACACUGUGGGUCUAGAGGUACACAAGUGUGACGCCGCAGACGUCGGUGAAUACCAGUGUACUGUUGCUAAUGAGGUGGGAAGCUGUACUUGUAAGACCACGCUAAACCUCAAAGAACCACCAGUGUUUACCACGAGGAUUGAGAACACUGACACUGUUGUGGGUAAAAUGGCCGAGUUUCAGUGUGUCGUGGAGGGUUCUCCCACUCUCUCUGUGCAAUGGCAGAAAGAUGAGAACUGGAUCUUGGAGGAUCCAAAGAUUGGGAGAACAUUUGAGAACAAUGUGGCUACUCUCAGGAUUCCCUCCUGCGAGGUGACACACAGCGGGAAAUAUACCUGCCAGGCGGUAAACCAGGCCGGGCAGGAUAAAUGUUUUGCCACCCUGACGGUCCAAGAACCUCCUCAGAUCACAGAGAAGCCUGAAGUGAUAAAGGUUACAGUGGGAGAUCCAUUCAGUCUGGACUGUAAGGUGACGGGCUCCCCGGAGCUCACGGUCAAAUGGAUGAAAGAUGGCAGGGCGCUUCAGUCCAUCAGACAGCACAAGCUGGUCUUUGAGAACAACAUCAGCAGGCUAAAGCUUCAGUCGGCUCAGAAAGAGGACGAAGGAGAGUACGUCUUCGAGGUGUCAAACCACAUCAGCAGCUGCAACUGCAAAGUCAAAGUGAUCGUACUAGAACAAGUAAUUCCCCCAAGCUUCAUCCAGCCCCUGGUAGACAUUCAGGAGAUAUUGGGCUCCUUUGUUCAGAUAUGUUGCAAAAUAUCUGGUUCCCUUCCCAUCGCUGUGGAGUGGCAGAAAGACGGGACCAAAAUCUUUAGUGGUGUGAAACACAAACUCAUUCAGCAGGACAAUUCUGUGUCUGUUGAAAUGGAACAGCUGGAGAGAUCUGACGCAGGAUCCUACUCCUGCAAACUGACCAACGCAGCGGGGAUCUGUGAAGGCAGAGCGUCCCUCACGGUUAAAGAACCGCCCAGCUUUGUGACACCGCCCGAGUCCCAGGUGGCUCUGCCAAAUGGCACUGUGCGCUUCAAAGGCACAUUUAAGGGAACGCCUCCCUUCACGGUCAAAUGGUUAAAAGACGACUCUGAGCUCAUGGCCGGGCCCACUUGUUUCAUGGGGCUGGAGGGGCUGUCUUGCUUCUUAGAGCUCUACUCGGUGGGCGUCACCCAGAGUGGAGUUUACUCUUGCCAAGUCAGUAACGACGCCGGCUCUGUACGCUGCAGUGCAGACUUUACCGUCAAAGAACCACCCGAGUUUGUGCUGAAACUCCCUGCCGUUAAGUUUGUGAAGCAGGGAGAGUUGCUCCGGCUGGAGUGCAAAGCCAGCGGCACUGUCCCUCUGAAGGUGACCUGGUACAAACAGGACACAAAGAUCACAGACGGGGUCAACUGCAGGACAUCCUUUGUUGACACGGUAGCAGUCUUGGAACUGCUCUCUGCCGGCUUUGACGAUGAUGGAGUUUACACCUGUGAAGCUCAGAACGAUGCUGGCAGUGUGAGCUGCAGCAGCACGGUUACCGUUAAAGACCCUCCAUCUUUUGUCAAAGUACCUCAGCCAGUUGAAGGGCUGAAGGGUAAAGACGCGAGUCUGUGUUGCGAGAUGAGCGGCACAGCUCCGUUCCAGGUCACCUGGUUCAAAGACAGGAAACCUCUGAUGGAAAGCAGGAAGUAUAAGAUGGUGAGCGAGGGGAGCUCGGCCACGCUGUAUGUCAUUGGGAUAGAGUCCUCAGAUGCCGGCGAGUACGAGUGCAAAGUGUCAAACAGUGUAGGAAGUGACACCUGCCAGACGUCAGUUAGACUCAGAGAGCCGCCGUCGUUUGUGAAGAAACUGUCAAACAUGACGGUGAUACUGGGGGAGGAGGUGACCCUUGUGGCCACUGUUAAAGGCUCUGAACCCAUUACUGUGUCCUGGGUUCAAGACACGGAUCACAUUCUCAGGGACGGUGACAACAGGAAAAUCACCUUUGAGAACAACAAGGUGGCUCUUAAAGUCUUUAAGGCUGAUGCAACCACGGCAGGCAAAUACACCUGCCAACUCAGAAACGAUGCUGGGAGUGUGGAAUGUUUCGCUAACUUGACUAUUUUAGAACCCGCCAAGAUAGUUGACAAGCCCGACGCCCUGAGUGUGACGGCGGGCGACAUGGCCGCCUUGGAGGUCAAAGUGUGUGGAACCCCCGAGCUGACACACAAGUGGUUCAAGGACGGCGUGGAGCUGGCAUCAGGGAGGAAAUACAAAAUCUCGUUUUCUCAGAUGAUUUCCAGCCUGAACGUUCUUUCCGCUGAGAAAGUGGACUCAGGAGAAUAUACCUUUGAAGUCAUGAACGAGGUCGGGAAGGACUUGAGUAAAAUUAGUCUCACAGUUUUAGAUAAGAUCGUACCUCCAACAUUCUCCAGGAAAUUGAAGGAUUGCAACACAGUCGUUGGGGCGGCGGGAGAGAUGGAGUGCAAAGUAUCGGGCUCUCCGCCUUUCACCAUCUCGUGGUACCACGACGGGGAGGAGAUACAGAGCGGACCCAACCACGACAUCGCCUUCAGCAACAACAGCUGCACGCUCAGAGUGUCCACGCUGAAGCUGUCCGACUGCGGAACCUACAAAUGCAGAGCCAUCAACAAGGCGGGAUCCAGUGACACCAGCGCCGCCUUGGUCGUCAAAGAACCCCCGUCCUUUGUGGUGCCUCCUCAGUCGGUGGAGGCCAUGCCCGGCUCCAAUGUGAUCUUCUCUGCCAUGGUGAAAGGCAGCGCCCCCCUCAGGCUGAAGUGGUUCAGAGGAGCCAAGGAGAUCCAGUCUGGACGAGGCUGCGAGUUCUCCCUGAAGGACAACCAGGUCCUGCUGGAGCUCUCUGCCGUGGACAGAGCUCUCGCUGGAGAGUACACCUGUCAGAUCAUCAACGACGCAGGGAAGGAGAGCUGCCCCGUCAAUCUCACCGUCAAAGAGCCGGCGGCCUUCUCUAAGAGGCUGAAGGACGUGUCGGUGGAGAAGGGCAAACCCUUGACCUUGGAGUGCUCGUACACGGGGACUCCUAAAAUCACCGUGACGUGGUUCAAAGACGGCCAGCAGGUCUUUGCCUCCUACAAGUACAACAUCACCACCACGGAGAGCUCCUGCAUCCUGGAGUGUCUGAGCACCGACGACAGGGAGGCGGCAGGGAGGUUCUCCUGCGAGGUGUCCAACGACGCCGGGAAGGACACGUGUUACGCAGCCGUGUCCGUGCUCGAAUCCCCGUAUUUCGCGGAGCAUCUGGAGUCCAUGGAGGUGACGUCCGGGGACGCCGUGUGUCUCAAGUGUCAGGUGGCGGGCACACCUGAGAUUAAGGUGUCCUGGUUCAAGGCCGACGGCAAAGUCCGGUCCAGCCCCACCUGUAAGCUAGAGUACGUGAAGGGCGUGGCCUGUCUGAAGCUCAGCAAGGCCACCAAGGCCGACAUCGGAGAGUACACCUGCAAGGCGGAGAACCAGAUAGGCUCCGCCUCCUCCACCUGCAAACUCAAUGUGCUGGAGGCCAAAACGCCUCCGUCCUUCCCGAAGAAGAUCACCAGCCUGCAGCAGACGCAGGGGCAGCCGGUCCGCUUCGAGUGCCGCGUCGCCGGCUCCUCCCCCUUAGAGGUGUCCUGGCUGAAGGAUGGCGAGCCCCUGAGCCCGGGGGCGGAGCUCUCCAUGCUGUACGACGACAACACCGCCGUCCUGGAGAUCAGCCGCGGGGAGGCCAGGCACUCCGGGGAGUACACCUGCGUGGCCAACAACGGCGUGGGCUCGGCCUCGUGCAGAGCCAAGCUCACUCUGCAAGAACCUAGGUACCCCCCAGUCUUUGACAGGAAGUUGUCCCCUCAGGACAUGACGGUGGGCGACAGCGUUGAGCUGGAGUGUCACAUGAGCGGCUCUGCCCCCAUCAAAGUCACAUGGUCCAAAGACCACAAGGACAUUCGCACUGGGGGCAACUACAAGAUGAGCUGCGUGGAGAACACGGCCCACCUCUCCAUCCUCAAGGCCGAUAAAGGCGACGCGGGGCGAUACUUCUGCCACGCCGCCAACGACGUGGGCAAGGACUCCUGCUCCUCUGAAGUCACCGUCAAAGAGCGUAAAAACCCUCCGGUGUUCACCAAGAAGCCCUCGGCCACCCUGGAGGACACGGAGGGCCAGCUGGUAAAGAUGGAGGGCCGCCUCAGCGGCUCGCAGCCCCUCACUGUCAGCUGGUUCAAAGACGACGGCGAGAUCGGCAGCUCCGACAGAUACGACGUGAGCUUCAAGAGCAACGUGGCUGUGCUGUGCAUCAAGAGCAGCCGGGUGGCGGACAGCGGCAGGUACAGCUGCCGCGCCUCCUACGAGGCAGGGAGCGCCUCCUGUGACGUCACCGUUGGGAUCUCAGAAGCCAGGAAGCCUCCGGUGUUCGACGCCCCCCUCAAGCCGCUGACGGUGGACGAGGGUGAGAAACUGAGUCUCAGGUGUCACGUCUGCGGCUCUGCUCCGCUGAAGAUCCAGUGGAUGAAGGACCGGAAGGACCUGACCUCGACCGGCAGCACCAGGAUCAGCUUCUCCGACGGGACUGCCUGCCUGGAGAUCAACCCGACGUCCCGACACGACGCCGGCGACUAUCUCUGCAAGGCCACAAACGACGCCGGCAGCGAGUUCUGCAAGGCCAAAGUCACCGUGAAAGAGACACCAGGAGCAGCUCCGUCUCCUGCUGAAGCUCCGCCUGCUGCUCCAACCAAGAAACUGGAAAACCUCUUCUUCAUCCAGGAGCCCAGAACGGCCCACGUCACCGAGAAAGCCAUCGCCACCUUCAUCGCCAAAGUGGGUGGCGACCCGAUCCCCAACGUGAAGUGGAUGAAGGGGAAGUGGAGGCAGAUCACGCACGGCGGCCGCAUCUCCAUCGAGCAGAAGGGCCAGGAGGCCAAGCUGCAGAUCCGGGAGGUCACCAAGUCCGACUCGGGUCAGUACCGGUGCGUCGCCUCCAACAAGCACGGCGAGAUCGAGUGCAGCGCUGACAUGCACGUGGACGAGAAGAAAGGCGCGGCGCAGCUGGAGGGCGACCUCCGGGCCAAGCUGAAGAAGACGCCUUCGAAGCAGAAAAGUCCGCAGGAGGAGAAGGACAUCGACAUCGUCGAGCUGCUGAGGAACGUGGACCCCAAAGAGUACGAGAAGUACGCCCGGAUGUACGGCAUCACGGACUACAGAGGCCUGCUGCAGGCCAUCGAGCAGCUGAAGAAGGAGAAGGCGGAAGAAAGUGGAAGACCGGAAGUGGAACGUGGAGACAGAGAGUCGGAUGAGGACAUGGCCCGACUGGUGGCCGACCUGCAGAAGAGGAUGGAGCGCACCGAGCCCGUCACCGUGGUGAAGGACAUCUCCGAUAUGGCCGUCUCCACCGACAAGGAGGCGGUGUUUGAGUGCGAGGUGAAGAUCAACUACCCGGAGAUCACCCUGUCCUGGUACAAGGGCACCCAGAAGCUGGAAAGCAGCGACAAGUACAACAUCAGCAUCAGUGGAGAGCGCCACCUGCUGAAGAUCAAGAGCUGCCAGUCUGCUGACCAGGGCAACUACCGGGUGGUCUGUGGGCCACACAUCUCCAGCGCCAAGCUCACCGUCAUGGAGGUGGAGAAGCAUCUGCAGGACACAUCGGGUAAGGAAGGCCAGCCGUGCUGUCUGUCUUGUCAGUUGUCCGUCCCAAACGUAGAGGCUCAGUGGUUUAAAAACGGCGAGCGGUUAGAGAUGAAAGGCAGAUACUCGUCAGAGGCCAAGCACAAGGUCCAGAAGCUCCUGAUCAGAGACCUCAGGACCGAAGACCAGGGCAGGUACACCUGCCGGUACCAGAACCUGGAGUCCUCUGCGGACCUGUGGGUGGAAGCCGAACAAAUUCAUUUCACCAAACGCAUCCACAACAUCGAAGUCAACGAGCGCCAGUCGGCCAGCUUCGAGUGCGAGGUGUCCUUCGACAACGCCAUUGUUUCGUGGUACAAAGACACCUGGGAGCUGAGAGAGAGCCCCAAGUACAGCUUCACGAGCGAGGGACGAAGACAUUUCAUGGUCAUCCAAAACGUGACCAUCGAAGACGAAGGGUGCGUGUACUCAGUGAUUGUGCGGUUGGAGCCCAGAGGAGUGGCUAAGAGCACAGCUGAGCUUUAUUUGUCUGGCAAAGAAAUUGAAUUAGCAAUGGUGCCCUCCGAUGUCCCAGACUCCUCAGUUCAGAGGCCUGAGGUGCCUUCAUCAGUGACAAUUCAAGAAUCAGCUGAAUAUUCGUAUCACUAUGAAGAGGAGGUGGAGCAGACAGUUGCCAGAGUUGCCGUUGAGGAGAAAGUGGAGACCAGGACAAUUGAAACGAGAGAGGAAGUCCCAACAAAAGUUGUCAAAGCUGAGAGAAAGCCUGAAGAGAAGCUGACAGCUGAUGCCAAGGAGCCGCCGGCCCCCAAAGCACCGGAGGGCAGAAAGCCAGUGGAGGAGAAGGUCGCAGAGAAGAACAAGGUUCCUGCUCCAAAAGAAUCCGAGGUGGUAAAGGAGCCUGCCGCUGCCCCCCCGCCGCCUGCAGAGAAGCCCGGAUUGCCCCAGAAAGAAGAGCCCAAGCCUCCGGUACCAGGCAAGACGAAAAAAGUGGCGCCUGCGUUUAAGCCGGAGCCUGAGGCUCCCAGAGCAGAAGCACGAGGCACAGCUGAAGCUAAGCCGGCAACCCCUGCAGCCAAAGUCCCAGAGGAGAUCCAGCCUGAACCGGCAGUAAAGAAGCCAGAAGCAGAAAAACUAGUAGUUGGUAAAUCUGAGGCUCUUGUAGCGAAGCCAGAACCUGCUGCCAUGAAGAAAGAACGGCCACUUCAAAAACCAGAACCUCCAGAGAGCAAACCAGAAGCAAAGGAACCUCCUAAGAAAGUUCCCGUGGAGGAGAAAGCAGAAGCGUCCGCGGUUCCUCCCAGAGAAGAGCCGAGGCCAAAAGCUUUGAAGCCAAAACCUAAAGUCACACCCCAACAAGAACCUCAGAAGGUGUUUGAGGAGACCAAACCUACACCUGAGAGACGGCCUGCAGGGACAGAAAAGACCCCAGAGAGGACAGUGGGGGAAACGUGUUUACCUGAGGAGAAGGGACCAGAGACGCCCGAAGACGAGAGGACACCCGAGGAAGUAAAACCUGACCUGGGGUCCAAGAAACAAGCAGCGAGGAUCUGUGUAGAUAAAACAUAUGUGAAGAUACCUGAAGCUAAACCCAAAGCAGAAGAAAGUCUCCGUGAAGUCCAGCAGACCGACAGAGGCAUGAGGGACACCGAGACACUAAGAGAAGUCUCAGACGAGAGGAAAGACGGCGGUUCAGUCAGACAGCUGCAGGACGAGGGGGUGCAGGACACCGAGGGUCUGGUGGUGACAGAAGGAGACGUUGAGACGCAGACUCUCCAAAGGUCUACUAAACCGCACCAGCAGGUCCAAGUCAUGGGCCAAGUCGUGUCAGAAGGUCACCUGGUUCAGACACACACGGCUCCUACCAUCACAGAGCAGUUAGCUGCCAGAGGAAAGACCUCGACCACAUCCAAACCAGAAGAAACACCUUCAGAAAUGUAUAAAACCACCACAGCUGCUGAAACAAAGAUGGCCGACAUGGACACCGAGCACGACGAGGCAAAGAAAUCUAAGUCCCUAAAAGGGAAAAGACAGAGAGUUGCCCUUGAAGAAGUGCAGUCCACGACGGUUAGAGAUGAGAAGAUAAACCAGCAACACGUCAAGCAAGCCACUCCGUCUGAAGAACAUCUCACAGUCAAAGAGGGACAAUCAGCCGCCCUGCAGAGGAUCGCUGGACCCGAGCAGCUCCUACAGGACGAUACAUUAAACAAGUCUCCUCUGGGGAGUCCAGAGUCCUCCAGGGACAUCCUGGAGGCUUUAGCUGGUGAACAAGAGGUAACAGGUCCAACCGACAGAGUUGAUACAGCAGCAACCAAACGGAAACAGGCUCAGCUGAAGUCUCAGGAGACAUCAGGAAAAGUGUCUGAAACAAAGGUGGUGGACGCAGAACAUCCACAGAGACAGCAGGGCGCCCGAUGUAGAUGUUCUUCUCACACUAGUCUUAACAAGGUUCUGAUUGUUGUAUCAUUUCAUCUCCAAGCUCCUGCGAAGGAGACGUCGUCUCCACCACAACUCAGUGAGGCCCUGGUGGAGCCAGCUGCUCCUCCAGAAGAGAUCAAACCGCAUGCAGCUGCAAAAGAAGCUGCCAAAAGGUCAGAAGUCACCGACCAAACCAAGAAGAUGGAGAAGAAAAGGAGUGCGGAAGCGAAGCCAGUGGCCGAGCCGAAGCCUCUCGUAAAGGCCGAAGAACCGUCAGGAAAGGUGGAGGAAGUAAAACCGGCCGACGGGAAAAAGAGAACUCCUGAGACAGAUGAAACCAAAGGACCCGUCCAAGCGCCAGGAGGAGUCAAGAAAGGUAAAGUUCACAGGGAAGAGGAGGGAACGUUUGAGAUUCCCACUUUGAGGAAAACCACAACGGAGAUUAAGAAAGUGGAGGAGCAGCAGGAGAUCAUCAAACUGAAGAAGAUCCCAUCGGUUGCAGCCAAGGAGACCGAAGAAGAAGAGAAACCUCAGAAGGUCACCAGGACUGCGGUCUUUGACGUGGAGGAGGCGGUGCACAUAGAGGAGGUCGUUCAGAUGUCUGGCGCCACCCGAAGGCCUGCGGAGGAGAGGACACCUCGAGGCGAAGCAGACGUGGUGAAAAAGCCUGAAACUGUGAAGCUCCAAGAGCAGGAACAGAAAGGAGCUCCUAAAGAUGCACAGACACGUCAGAAACCCAUUCCACGAGCCGACAAACCACAAGACAAGGUCUCGCUGAAGAAAACUGCCAAGGCACCAAAGGAAGAAGAACCUGCUCUACCAAGCGCACCCUCGAAGAAGAUGAAGAGAGUGCCUGCAGAUGAGGCAGAAGCAGAGGUAGUCAAACUAAAGCCAUUCAUAAAGCCUGGUGAACCAGCAGAGGUGGCGCAGAAGGACAAGAAGGAGAGGCCGGACAGAGACACGGAACCUUUCCAGAAGCUUCAGAGGAUUCCCAAAGAGGUGGAAGCCAAAGAACCUCAGAAGAAACCAGAGAAAGCUCCACCAGAGGUAAAGGAGCCACUAGACAAAGGGAAGAAGCCAGAAGAUAAAAAGCAAACUCCAGAGAAGAAGCCUGAGCAGGUCGACGCGCCUACCAAGGUGAAGAAACUCCCAACACAGGAACAAGGGAUCGAGAGCGUUAAGCUGAAACCCUUCUCCAGGCCUUCCAAAGAGGCAGUACAGCCUGAGAAGAAACCAGCGGAGGAGAGGCAGAGGAAGCCAGAAGAUAAACUGCAGCGCCGGCGGACGAGUCCAGAGGAACCAGAGUCAGAGGCCGGUGUGAAGAAACCGGAAAUCCCAGAAGCUCCAGAGAGGAAGCCGGGGGCUCCUGCCUUGGUUAAGAAACCACAAGAGGUUCCAGAGGAGCCCAAACCAGUGCAGCUGAAGAAGCUAGUCACACCCAAAGUCAAAGAGGAGAAGGAAGAAGUGACUCCAAAGCCUCUGGCGCAGCUCAAGAAGGUUGAGCUGCGAAAGACUCCAUCUCCAAAAGUUGCGAAGCCCAAAGAAGUUGAAGCCGCGACUCUCAAAAAGGUCCAGAGGAAGCCGUCGCCCGAGGAGGCCACAGAACCGGCAAGGCCUGGAAAAGGGAGGGUACCUCUGGCCAAGGAGGUCUCUCCUGGAGCCGUGCAGAUGAAGAAGAUAGCCACCCAGCCAGAGGAGGAGGUGUUCGAAGAGGAGGCCGAGGAGGAAGGGGAGCAGGAGGAGGAAGAGGCCUGGGGCUGGGAGCUGGUUCCCCGCGACAGCUACGGCUCUGAAGACUGGGAGGGCGAAGGUGAAGAAGCUUCUCUGGAGGUUCCAGGGGUCACCAGGAGAGAGGGACAACCAGCAGAAGAAGCAGGAAGAGGAAGAGGAAGAGGGCUGAAACCCAAGCAGACGCCGUCCCCCGGGGAAGGCCGGGGCCGUGGCCUGAGGCCUGGAGGGAAAGGCCCGUCGCCGCCGGAGGAACCCUUCGGAGGAUUCAAACUGAAAGCCGUCCCCCUGAAGUUCAUCAAGAAGAUCCAGGACAUCGUGCUGCAGGAGGCCGAGUCCAUCGGCUCGGCCGCCGUGUUCGAGUGCGAGGUAUCGCCCUCCACCGCCAUCACCAGCUGGAUGAAAGACGGAAGCAACCUGCGCGAGAGCCCCAAGCACAAGUUCACCUCCGACGGCAAAGACCGAAAGUUGAACAUCAUCGAUGUGCAGCUGUCCGACACCGGCGAAUACACCUGUAUAGCCAAGAACGCCGGCAAGGAGAUAUCCUGCACAGCCAAGCUCAUUGUAGAAGAGCUGCCGGUGAAGUGGAUCAAAGAGCUGGAGGAGGAGACGUCCGCUCUGAAGGGUCAGCCCGUGUAUUUGACCUGUGAGCUGAACAAGGAGAGAGACGUGACCUGGAAGAAGAACGGGAAGGUCCUGAAGAAACAGGCCGGCAAGAUCCAGAUCAACAUCAUUGGCAUGCAGCACGCUGUGACCAUCCAGAACUCCAGCGAGGACGAGACGGGGCUCUACACGUGUGAAGUGGCCAACCAGGAGGACGUCAAGACCUCCACCAACGUCAAAAUCAUCGAAAUAGUCAAGGACUGGAUCGUGAAACCACUGAGAGACCAGCAUGUGAAACCAAAGACUGCUGCUACGUUUAAAUGCGAGCUCUACAAGGAGAGCCCCAACUGGAAGUGGCUGAGAGGAGAGACCGAGCUCACUCCUUCCGACAAGGUGGAGAUCAAGAAGGAUGGAAAGGAGCUGACACUCACCAUCAAGAACUGUCAGCCCGAGGACGUAGCAGAAUACGCCAUGGAGGUGGAAGGACGCGUCUACACUGCCAAGCUAACACUUGGAGAGCGGGAGGCUGAGAUCCUGAAGCCUCUGGCCAGCGUUGAGGUGGUGGAGAAGGAAGAUGCCAUGUUUGAGACGGAGAUCUCGGAGGAGGAUGUUGCAGGAGAAUGGAAGCUCAAAGGAGAGGUUUUGACCAGAUCCCCGAUGUGCGACAUCCUAAUGGAGGGUGGUGUGCGUAGACUCACUCUGAAGAGCUGCCAGGUGGAGCAGGCAGGAGAGGUCUCCUACCAAGCUCUCAAUGCCAUCACCAGCUCAAUGCUCAAUGUCAAAGAGAUCGAAAUGGACUUUGUUGUCCCGCUGAAGGACAUUUCUGUGCCUGAAAGGAAACAGGCUAAGUUUGAAUGCACCAUCACAAAGGAUGUCCCUAAGGUCAUGUGGUACCGAGACGCCGACGUCAUCACGCCAGACCAAAAGCAUGACAUCAUUGAUGAUGGAAAUAAGCACAUGCUGAUUAUAAACUGCUGUGAAUUUGAUGAUGAGGAUGAAUAUACCAUUGCGGUUUUGGGCAAAAUGUCCACAGCUCGACUCACGGUGGAGGGUAUCAGGCUCAAAUUUGUGUUGCCGCUAAAGGACCAGACAGUGAAGGAAGGCACGACGGCUCGGUUUGAGCUGGAGCUCUCUCACGAGAACGUGCCCGUCACCUGGUACAAGAACGAUGUUAAGAUCCACCCGAGCAGAACCGCGGUCACUCGGCUGGACGGAAAGAAACACGUGCUAGAAAUGAAGGAGGUGACUCUAGAUGACACGUGCCAGAUUAAGGCCGAGGCCAAAGGAAUCCCGUCCAUGGCCAACCUGACGGUCAUAGAGGGAGAUGCGUACUUCACCGUCAAGCUGCAGGACUACACUGCAGUGGAGAAGGACCAGGUGGUUCUGGAUUGCGAGCUCAGCAAAGACGUGGAUGUCAUGUGGUACCACGAUGAGGCCGAGAUCAAGACCUCCAAGACGGUGGCCGUUAAGGCUGAGGGCAAGCGCAGAACCCUGGUCAUCAAGAGAGUGGGAGACAAGGACAAGGGACAGUACGUAUGUGACUGUGGAACGGACAAGACGACGGCAACGCUCCACAUUGAAGCUCGCCACAUCAAGGUGGUUCGGCCGGUUUACGGCGCUGAGUUGUUUGACGGAGAGACGGCGCGAUUUGAGGUGGAGCUCAGCGAGGACGACGUCCACGGCCAGUGGAGGCUGAACGGAGAAGUCCUCAGUCCGUCCGCCGACGUUGAGAUUGUGGAAGACGGUGCCAAACACACGCUGGUGUUGUACAACUGCAAAAUGCCUCAAACAGGCGAGGUGGCGUUCACCGCCGCCAACGCCAAGAGCUCGGCUAACCUGAAAGUGAAGGAGCUGCCCAUCUCCUUCCUCACGCCGCUAACCGACGUGCACGUGUUCGAAAAGGACGAGGCAAGGUUUGACUUAGAGGUAUCCAGAGAGCCCAAGAGCUUCCGCUGGCUGAAGGGAUCUCAGGAGCUGUCCAACGACGAGACCUUUGAGCUCCUGGUGGAAGGAAAGCGACACGCUCUGGUUUUAAAAUCGGCCAGGUACGAAGACGAAGCCAAAUACAUGUUUGAGGCUGAAGACAAACGCACUUCUGGGAAGUUGAUAAUCAAAGGUAUUCGCCUUGAAUUCAUCAAACCCAUUAAAGACGUGACGGUGAAAGAGCGCGAAACGGCCGAGUUCAGCGCGGAGCUCUCUCACGAGAAGGUGCCGGUGGUCUGGUCCAGAAACAACGUGCGCCUGCACCCCAGCAAGGUGGUGCACAUGUCUGUGGACGGACGGGUCCACGCGCUGGCCUUCAAGGAGGUCACCGUGGACGACACGUCCAUGAUCAAAGUGGAGGCCAUGGACAAGAGCUCGGAGGCCAUGCUCACCGUGCUCGAGGGCGACCUGUACUUCGCCGUGCGGCUCCAGAACUACGCCGCCGUGGAGAAGGACGAGGUGGUUCUGUCCUGCGAGCUGAGCAGGGCCGCCGCCGAGGUCCGGUGGUUCAGAGACGGCAACGAAAUCUUUCCCUCUAAGAACGUCCUCCUCCAGUCGGACGGCAGGAAGCGCUCGCUGGUGAUCAGGAAGGUUGCCCAGAGCCACGCGGGGGCGUACACCUGCGACUGCGGCACGGACAAAACCGCCGCCGACCUGAACAUCGAAGAGCGCGACAUCAAGGUGGUCCGCCCUCUUUACAGCGUGGAGGUCACGGAGACCGAGACGGCUCGCUUUGAGACGGAGAUAUCUGAGGAGGAUCUUCACCCCGCCUGGAAGCUGAGGGGGGAGAUGCUCCACCCGUCCCCCGACGUGGAGAUCAAGGAGGAGGGAUCCCGCCACGUGUUGAUCCUCUUCAACUGCAAAAGGGAAAUGGCUGGAAGUGUAGACUUCUCCGCGGCGAAUGCCAAAUCCUCAGCUCAGCUCAGGGUCAAAGCACGAGUGAUCGGCCUGACGAGACCCCUGGACGACGCCACCGUGACCGCCGGGGAGACCGCCACCUUCCAGUGCGAGCUGUCCUACGAGGGCAUCGCCGUCGAGUGGUUCCUGGGGGAUCGCAAGCUGGAGCCCGGCGACAGAGUGGUGCUGAAGGCGGAGGAUAAAGUCCAUAGUUUGACGCUGAGGGACGUCCAGCUGAAUGAAGCCGGACAAGUGAGACUCACGGCCAAAGACUUCCAGACGGAGGCCAACCUCUUCGUCAAAGAGCCGGCAGUUGAGUUCUCCAAGCCUCUGGAGGACCAGACGGUGGAGGAGGAAGCCACCGCCACGCUGGAGUGUGAAGUCUCCAGAGAGAACGCCGAGGUCCAAUGGUUCAGGGACGGACAGGAGAUCAGGAAGACCAAGAAGUACGAGAUGAUCGUAGACGGGUACAAGAGGGCGCUACUGGUCCACGACUGCUCUCCGGACGACUCCAAGACCUACACCUGUGACGCCAAAAGCUUCAAGACCUCCUGCUUCCUCAACGUGGAACCACCGCACAUCGAGUUCUCCAAGCCGCUCAGCGACGUGGAGGUGAAGGAAAAGGAAUCUGCCAGGUUUGAAUGUGAAGUUUCCAGAGAGGACGUGAAGGUCCGCUGGUUCAAAGACGGAAGUGAGAUCAGGAAGGGGAAGAAGUACGAGAUCGUGGCUCAAGGUCGCCAGCACGUCCUUGUGGUCCACAAGUCGGUGUUCGACGACGAGGCCGAGUACGAGUGCGACGCCAAGACCUCCAAGUCCUCGGGCAUGCUAACGGUCGUGGAGGAGGAGACCCGGUUCACCAAGAACCUGUCCAACGUGGAAGGCACGGAGACCGACAGCGUGAAGCUGAUCUGCGAGGUGUCCAAGCCUGGCGCUGAGGUCACAUGGUACCGGGGGGAGGAGGAACUGCCGGAGGGGGGCCGCUACGAGCACAUGGUGGACGGGAGGAGGAGGAUCCUCCUGGUCCAGGACCUGAAGACGAGCGACGUCGGAGAGUACACCUGCAGGCUGAGCUCCGGCGCCAAGACCUCCGGGAGCCUGAAGAUCAACGAGAUGGCCGCCGAGUUCAUCUCCAGGCCUCAGAACCAGGAGGUGGUGGAGGGCGAGAAGGCGGAGUUCACCUGCUCCGUCUCCAAGGAAACGUACCAGGUGAGGUGGCUGAAGGGCGACCAGGAGCUGGAGGCGGGAGACAAACACCAGACGCUGAGCGACGGCAAGAGACGCACGCUGGUCAUCACGGCCUGCGAGCUCGGGGACGAGGGCAGCUACGUGGUGACGAUCGGCGCCACCAGGGCCAGCGCCGACCUCACCGUGCUCGAGAAGCUGAAGGUCAUCACGCCGCUGAAGGACACAGAGGCCAAAGAAGGUCAGGAGGUUGUCCUCAACUGCGAGGUGAACUCGGAGGGAGCGAAGGCCAAGUGGCUGAAGAACGAGGAGACGAUAUUUGAGAGCGGCAAGUACUUGAUGGUCCAGAGGGACAACGUCUUCUCCCUGAGGAUCAAAGACGCCCAGAAGGGAGACGAGUCCAACUACAGCGUCAUGCUGACCAAUCAGAGAGCAGAGCAGGCCAAGAGCUCCUGCAGCCUCAGUGUCAAAGAGGAGAAUCUGAGGAUCCUGGUCCCCCUGGAGGACAUUGACACGCAGGAGAAGAAGACCAUCAGCUUCUCCUGCAAGGUUAACCGGCCCAACGCCACUCUCAAGUGGAUGAAGGCCGGCGAGGAGAUCGUCUUCAGCAAGCGCCUUGUCUACAGGGUGGACAAAGACAAGCACACGCUGACCGUCAAGGACUGCACGCUGGCGGACGAGGGCGAGUACACCGCCGUGGCCGGAGACAGCAAGUCCACCGCCGAGCUGAUCAUCAGCGAGGCGCCCACCGACUUCAGCGCGCAGCUCAAGGACCAGACCAUCACCGAGUUCGAGGACGCGGAAUUCACCUGCAAGCUCACCAAAGAGAAGGCCGACGCCAAGUGGUACAGGGACGGACGGGAGAUCAGAGAAGGACUGAGAUACACGUUUGUCAGAGAUGGAAAGUUCUGCACCCUUCGCAUCAAGGAGUGCAGACCGGACGAUGAGUGUGAAUACGCCUGUGGUGUGGACGAGAAGAGAACCAGAGCCAGGCUCUUUGUGGACGAGACCCCGGUGGAGAUCGUCAGACCUCCUCAGGACGCGUUCCAGCCUCCGGGCUCCGACGUGGUGUUCGAGGUGGAGCUCAAUAAGGACCGGGUGGAGGUGAAGUGGUUGAGGAACAACAUGACGGUGGUGCAGGGAGACAAGUACCAGAUGGUGAGCGAGGGCAAAGUCCACAGACUGCAGGUCUGUGAGAUCCGACCUCGGGAUCAGGGAGAGUACAGAGUCGUCGCCAAGGACAAAGAUGCCAAGGCCAAGCUGGAGCUGGCAGCUGUGCCUCAGAUCAAGACCACGGACCAGAGCUACGUCACCGACGCCAGGAAGCCCAUCGUAAUGGCCGUCCCUUACAGCGCCUACCCGAAGGCCGAGGCCGACUGGCUGUACGACAACCUAACGCUGCCUAAAGACGGCAUACAUACGUCCGCCGACCGCACAGAGUACCGACUGAAGGACCCCCUGAAGUCUGACGAGGGUCGCUACAAGAUCAUCAUCAAGAACCGACACGGCGAGGGAGAAGCCUUCAUCAACCUGGAGGUCAUCGACGUACCCGGACCCGUGAAGAACCUGCAGGUGGUCGACACCGCUGAUGGCGAGGUCAGCCUGGCGUGGGACGAGCCCGAGAGCGACGGCGGCACUAAGGUGCUGGCUUACGUGGUGGAGCGACGCGACACGAAGCGGAAGACCUGGACGCUGGCCACCGACCACGCCGAGAGUCCCGAGUACACGGUGACCGGCCUCCACAGGGACCCCAUGUACCUGUUCAGGGUCUGCGCCAGGAACCGGGUCGGCAGCGGACCCAACGUAGAGACCGACAAGCCCGUACAGGCCAGGAACAAGUUCGAUGUUCCCGAAGCUCCUCUGAACGUCAUCGUGGGAAACGUCACCAAGUUCGGCUGCACGGUCUCCUGGGAGCCUCCCGAGUCCGACGGCGGCUCCCCCGUCACCUCCUACGUCAUCGAGCUUCGCGACAGGACCUCCGUGAAGUGGACCCCGGUGCAGGUGACCAAAGCUGACGAUCUAAGCGCCAUCGUCAACGACGUCAUCGAGAACAAAGAGUACAUCUUCAGAGUGAAAGCGCAGAACAAAGCCGGAGAAGGAAAGCCCAGCGCCGCCUCGCGGCCCGUCAAGAUCAUGGAUCCUAUCGAGCGUCCCAGUCCCCCUCAGAAUCUGGUCCAUCAGGACCAGAAUAAGAGCUCUGUGCAGCUCAGCUGGGAGACUCCUCUGACCAACGGAGGCAGCAUGAUCACCGGAUACAUCAUCCAGCGCUGCGAGGAAGGAACCGACAAGUGGCUCCGCUGCAACGCUCGCCUCUGCCCCGACCUCUUCUACAAGGUGUCUGGUCUGAAAUAUGGAACCAUGUACAACUACAAGGUGUUUGCAGAAAACGCCGCUGGAGUCUCUGACCCGUCGAACCUCAUCGGCCCUCUGCUGGCCGACGACGCACACGUGGGUCCGUCCUUCGACCUGAGUGCCUUCAAAGACGGCCUAGAGGUGAUCGUCCCUCAGCCUCUAACCAUCAGAGUCCCCAUCACCGGGUACCCGACCCCCGUCGCCAGGUGGACCUUUGGGGAGAAGGAGCUGACCACGGCGGACGAACGCGUCGCCGUGACAACCAAGUCCACGUUUGUGGAAUUGGUUGUGAGACCGAGCGUCCGCCCGGACAAAGGCACCUACACCCUGCAGCUGGAGAACGACGUCCUGUCCGUCUCCGGAGACAUCGAAGUCAACGUCAUCGCGGCGCCCAGCGCUCCUAAGGACUUCAAGGUCCUGGAAGUGACCCGGCAACACGUCCACCUGAGCUGGGAGGCCCCAGAGCACGACGGAGGAAGCCCUCUGACUGGCUACCAGGUGGAGAAACGGGACAUGUCUCGCAAGACCUGGGUCAAGGUGACCACAGGUAUCCAGGAUCAGGAGUACACCGUCACCGACGUGGUUGAAGGGAAGGAGUAUCUGUUCAGAGUCACCGCCUGCAACAAGUGUGGCCCUGGAGAGCCGUCGUACAUCGACGAGCCCGUCAACGUCUCCUCUCCAGCCACCAUCCCCGACCCCCCAGAGAACCUGAGGUGGAGGGACAAGUCGGCCAGCAGCAUCUUCCUGACCUGGGAGCCGCCAAAGUACGACGGCGGCUCCGGCAUCCGUGGCUACAACGUGGAGCGCUGCCAGAGAGGAACGGACAAGUGGGAACCCUGCGGGGACACGAUGCCGGAGCUGAAGUGCCAGGUGACGGGUCUGGUGGAGGGCCAAUGGUACGCCUACCGAGUCCGAGCCCUGAACCGCCUCGGAGCCGGCCGGCCCUGCAAGGCCACCGACGAGAUCCAGGCCGUCGAUCCCAAAGAGCCUCCGGAGAUCCAGCUGGACGCUAAACUCCUGGCCGGUCUCACCGCCAAGGCCGGCAGCAAGAUCGAGCUCCCCGCCGAGGUGACGGGAAAACCUGAGCCCCGGGUGAAAUGGACCAAGGCCGACCUGGUCCUCAAACCGGACGACAGAGUGUCCUUUGAGGCCAAGACGGGACACUCCACCGUCACAAUCGCCAAGACCAAGAGAGACGACAGCUCCACCUACAUCAUCGAGGCCACCAACAGCAGCGGCCGCGCCACCGCCACCGUCGACGUCAACAUCCUCGAUAAACCCGGCCCUCCGGCUGCUUUCGACAUCUCUGAGAUCACCAACGAGACGUGCUUCCUGGCCUGGAACCCUCCGCGUGACGACGGCGGCUCCAGAGUCACCAACUACAUCGUGGAGCGCCGAGCCGCCGACAGCGAGAUCUGGCACCGGCUGUCCUCCACCAUCAAACUGACCACCUACAAAGCCGUGGACUUGGUCAAGUUCAAGGAGUACGUCUUUAGAGUCUUCGCUGAGAACCAGUUUGGUGUUGGUCCGCCAGCUGAGCACCCGCCCAUCAUCGCCAGAUACCCCUUCGACACGCCUGGAGCUCCUUACAAGCUGGAGGCUUCGGACAUCGCCAAGGACUCUGUGACUCUGGCCUGGUACGAGCCUGAUGAGGACGGAGGAAGCCCCAUCACCGGCUACUGGGUGGAGAGACAUGAACCCGACCACGACAAGUGGAUCAGAUGCAACAAACUGCCCAUCAAAGACACCAACUACAGAGUCAAAGGUCUCCCCACCAGGAAGAAGUACAAGUUCAGAGUCCUGGCUGAGAAUCUGGCUGGAACUGGAAAACCCAGCAAGGAGACGGACCAGAUCCUCAUCAAAGACCCAAUCGAUCCUCCAUGGCCUCCUGGGAAACCUACAGUGAAGGAUGUGGCUAAGACCUCCUGCUUCCUGACGUGGAGCAAACCGGAGCACGACGGCGGAGCGAAGAUUGACGGCUACGUCAUUGAGAUGCUGAAGAGCGGAACCACGGACUGGAUCCGCCUGGCGGACAACAUCAACAUCCUGGAGCACUUCCUGAAAGGCCUGAUGGAGAAGCAGGAGUACUCGUUCAGGGUGAAAGCCCUCAACAUGGCCGGAGAGAGCGAACCCAGCGAGCCCAGCGAGCCGGUGCUCUGCAAAGAGAGACUCAACCCUCCCACGGCGCCCCGCUGGCUGGAGGUCGUCAGCAUCAGCAGGAACAGCGCCGACUUGAAGUGGACGCUGCCCGAGCGCGACGGAGGCUCGCCCAUCACCAACUACGUGGUGGAGAAGCGUGACGCCCGGCGCAAAGGCUGGCAGGCCGUGGACACCACGGUGAAGGAGCUGAAGUACACGGUGACGCCGCUCAAUGAGGGGUCGCUCUACGUGUUCCGCGUGGCGGCCGAGAACGCUGUCGGCGUGGGACCGUUCUGCGAGCUGGCCGACUCGGUGCUCGCCAAAGACUCCUUCGCCGCUCCGGGGCCGCCGUACGCCCUCGCUGUCAAUGCUGUGACCAAGAGAUACGUGGACCUGCAAUGGGAGGAGCCUAAGAACGAUGGUGGCAGACCAAUCCUCAAGUAUUCCCUUGAGAAGAUGGAGAAGCUUGGAACCCGCUGGGUGAAAUGUGGAAAGACCUCGGGUCCGGAUUGUAAGUACCGAGUGACCGACGUCAUCGAGGGCACCGAGGUUCAGUUCCAGGUCAGCGCCGAGAACGAAGCGGGCGUCGGCCACCCCAGCGAGCCCACCGAGAUCCUCGCCAUCGAGGACCCAACAGGCGUCCCAUCGCCGCCCGUCGAGCUGCACGUGACCGGCGCCAGCCGCGACUUCCUGUCCAUCGCCUGGAAGCCGCCACAAAGGGACGGCGGCUGCCCUAUCAGCGGGUACCACGUGGAGAUGUGCGCCGCCGGCACAGAAAAGUGGAUGCGGGUCAACUCCCGUCCAGUGAAGGAGCUGAAGUACCGCGUGGACGAAGGCGUCGUCCCCGAGAAGGAGUACAUCCUGAGAGUGAGAGCCAUCAACUCCGUGGGGGUCAGCGAGCCCUCCGACAUCUCCGAGAACGUCUUCGCCAAAGAGUCCGACUGUAACCCCACGCUGGACUUUCAGACUCUGGACCUGGUUGUCGUGGAAACAGAGAAGCUGCACAUCCCGGUUCCCUUCAGGGCGGUGCCGGCGCCCAGGAUCACCUGGCACAAAGACGGCAAGGAGCUGAAGGCCGACGAGCGCCUCGGCUUCAGGAAGGAGUAUAUUUCCUGUCACCUGGAGAUUGACAGCAGCCUUCACGCUGAUGCUGGACAGUACAAAGUGACACUGGAGAACAAACUGGGAGCAGCCAGCGCCGCCAUCAACGUCAAAGUCAUCGGGCUUCCUGGUCCAUGUAAGGAGAUACUUGCCUCGGAGAUCACAAAGAGCUCCUGUAAACUGUCCUGGGAUCCCCCGGACUACGACGGCGGCAGCCCGGUCGUCCACUAUGUCCUGCAGCGGCGCGAAGCCGGCAGGAGGACGUACGUCAACAUGAUGUCCGGAGAGAAAAAGGUGAGCUGGAAUGUCAAAGACCUGAUCCCCAACGGAGAGUACUACUUCAGAGUCCAGGCCGUCAACAAGAUCGGAGGAGGAGAGUUCAUCGAGCUCCGUAACCCGGUCAUCCCUGAGGACCAGAAACACGCUCCCGACCCGCCGGUGGACGUGGAGACCCACAACCCCACGUCCAGCACCGUCACCCUGACCUGGAAGCCUCCCAUGUACGACGGCGGCGCCAAGAUCAUGGGCUACAUCCUGGAGAAGCAGCAGAAGGGCGAGGACAAGUGGGAGAGGUGCAACGACUUCCUUGUGCCUGUCCUGUCCUACACCGUCAGAAGGCUGACGGAGGGCAAGAGCUACGCCUUCAGAGUCAGUGCGGAAAACGCAGCCGGGGUCAGCGAGCCUUCGCGCGGCACGCCAUUCGCCAAAGCCUCUGACGCCAUCGAUCCUCCCAAGGUGUUCCUGAGCGGCAGCUUGCAGUCCGGCCUCAGUGUCAAACGAGGCUGCGAGAUCCGUCUGGACGCCAACGUCUCCGGCUCGCCGUACCCUCAGAUCACCUGGUACUGGAACAACCAGGUGAUCCGGCCCGAGGCGCUCCGCAAGAGGCCUGAGAAACCCCUGAAGAAGAAGGUGGAGAAGAAGGAGGAGGUUAAGACAGAGGAGGGAGAGGCCGAGAAGAAAGAGGAGAAGGAAGGAGAGGAGAAGAAGGAAGGAGAGGUCAAGGAAGGAGAGGAGAAGAAGGAAGGUGAGGUCAAGGAAGGAGAGGUUAAGGAAGCAGAGGGGAAGGAAGGAGAGGAGAAGAAGGAGGAGACAGCACAGCCCGAGGUGGAGGAGACCGACUACCCAACAAUAAACGAGCGUCUGGCCAUUGACAACCGCCACAGAGGCUCCUCCUCCAUCGCCAUCAGGGACUCACUGCGAGUGGACCACGGCGUCUACAUGGUGAAGGUGGAGAACGACCACGGCAGCGCCUCGGCAACGUGCGAGGUCAACGUGCUCGAUACUCCCGGCCCUCCGGUGAACUUCACCUUCGAGGAGGUGAGGAAGAACUCUGUGAUCUGCAGGUGGAGUCCUCCUCUAGACGAUGGCGGCAGCGAGAUCCUCAACUACACUCUGGAGAAGAAGGACAACUCCAAGCUGGAGAUCGGGUGGAGCUGCGUCACCUCCACGCUGAGGGGAUGUCGCUACCUGGUCCCCAAACUCAUCGAGAAGAAGGAGUACAUCUUCAGGGUGGUGGCGGAGAACAAGUUGGGCGCCGGUCCACACUGUAUCUCCAAAGCUCUCAUCGCCAAGAAUCCUUUCGAACCUCCUGAGGCUCCUGAAAAGCCAGAGAUCGAUGAUAUCACAGCGAACAGCAUGCUGGUCACCUGGAACAUGCCCAACGACAACGGCAGCCCCAUCCUGGGAUACUGGGUGGAGCGCCGCGAGAUCAACAGCUCGCACUGGGCGCGCGUCAACAGGAACAUGGUCUCUGACACCGAGCUGAACGUAGAAGGUCUGCUGGAGGGCUUCACUUACAUCUUCAGGGUGGCGGCUGAAAACCAGGCCGGCCCUGGAAAGUUCAGUGGUCCCUCCGAACCCAAAACGGCCCAAGCUCCGAUCCUACCUCCUGGACCUCCGACUGCCAGAGUGGUGGUGACUACCGACCACUCCAUCGACCUGGAGUGGGAUCCACCAGCGGACAACGGCGGAGGAGAGAUCCUGGGAUACCACGUGGAUAAGGUCAUGGCUGGUACCAAGGACUGGUCCAGGUCCACAGAACGUCCAUGGAAGUCCAGGGCCUUCACUGUCUACGGAGUCCGCGAGGGAGCCAAGUACCUGGUCAGGGUCAUCGCAUGCAACGCAGCCGGAGAAGGAACACCAGGAUUCACCGAGUCAGUUUUCGUCAGGAACCCAGCAGAGAAGCCGCUGAUUGAACUGGAGCUGUCCGUCAGGAACGGCGUGGUCAUCCGAGCCGGAGAGACGCUCCGUUUACCUGCAACAGUGACGGGUAAACCUUACCCGUCCAUCACCUGGACCAAGGACGACGCCAAACCCGACAAAGACCGCGUGGAGAUCCUCACUGAGGGCGACGACAGCAUUGUUUCCAUCAAGAACGUCCAGAGGAAGGACUGCGGCAAAUACCACAUCUCUGCUUGUAACCCCAGCGGCACCAAGGCUGCUGCGAUCAGGGUGGACGUGAUGGAUGUCCCUGGACCCGUCACGGACCUGAAACCUGUCGUGGUCACUCGCAAGAUGAUCUUCCUGAACUGGGACGACCCGGACGAUGACGGGGGCAGCGACGUCACCGGCUUCAUUGUGGAGCGAAGGGACGCCAAGAUGCACACAUGGAGGCAGCCCAUCGAAACGGCCUCGUCCAAGUGUGAAUGCGUGGGCAUCAUGGAGGGUCAGGACUACAUGUUCCGCGUCAUCGCCAAGAACAAGUACGGAAUGGGCCCGCCCUUAGAGCUGGGACCCAUCAAGGCCGUUGACCCCCAGGGUCCACCGUCGUACCCCGAGAAGUUCCACUACACCGAGCGCACCAAGAACUCCAUCACACUGACCUGGAAGCCUCCGCGUAACGACGGCGGCAGCCCCGUCAUCGGCUACUUCGUUGAGAAGAAGAGGCCGGACCAGCAGGCCUUCGAGCUCUGCAACGCUGAGAUCUGCCCCAACAUGAGCCUGACUGUGGAAGGUCUGGAAGAGGCCUGGAUGUAUGAAUUCAGGAUCAAGUGCGCCAACCUAAUCGGAGAGAGCGAGCCAUCCAUCCCGUUGACUGUGGUCAUCCAGGACGACGAAGUGUCUCCGGAGGUCCACAUGCUGAAGCACUUCAAGGGCGACUGCAUUACUGUGAAGAAGGGCGAGCCCAUCGAGAUCCCGGCGGAUGUCCUGGGUCUCCCCAUCCCAAAGAUCGAGUGGUCCAAGGACGACGUGGUGAUCGAGCAGCCCACCGACACUCUGCUGUUGGAGACGGAGGUGACCGGCCGAAUGAACGCAAAGACCACCCUGACCAUCCCAGCGGCCAACAGGAGGGACGGCGCCAGCUACACCGUGUGCGCCUCCAACAACAUGGGUUCGGCUAAGCACACCGUCACCGUCCUGGUGCUGGACCGACCACUUCCACCCAGGAAUGUGUCCGUGUCCAACAUCAGGGCGGAGUCUUGCUACCUCCGCUGGGACGCGCCGCUGGACAACGGGGGCAGCGAGCUGACCAACUACAUUGUCGAGAAGAGGGAUGUGUUGAAAGAGGAACCGGAGCUUGAAGAAGGAGAGGAAGCUCCGCCUGAGCCCCAGUGGGAGGUGGUCACCACCACCAUCGUCGAGAGGAAAUUUGGAGUGUGGAACCUGGAGACCAACAAGUCCUACUUGUUCAGGAUCAAAGCCGAGAAUCGCUACGGUAAAUCUGACCCCUGCGCAACGGAGGAAGUCCUGAUCACCGACCCGUUCGGCCUCCCAGGCCCACCAGAGAAACCGACCAUCGCCGAGUACUCCAAGACCUCCAUGACCCUGACCUGGCAGCCUCCCAGAGACAACGGCGGCUCUAUGAUUGUCGGCUACUGGCUGGAGAAGAGAGAGAAAGGCACCAGCUACUGGGCCAAAGUCAACAAGACGCCAGUGAGCAAGAGGGGCGUGAAAGGCUGGGAGUUCCAGGUGACUCGUCUGAUCGAAGGGUUGGAGUUUGAAUUCAGAGUUGCUGCCAGUAAUUCUGCAGGAACGGGACCGUUCAGCGGACCGUCUGACUCUGCCUUCGCUGUCGAUCCAUUGACCCCCCCGAGCAUGCCCGCUGCCCCCGAGGUGGUGGACAAGACAAAGCACAGCGUAACGCUGUCCUGGAAAGCCCCGGAGAGUGACGGAGGAAGCCCCAUCAAGGGCUACAUGGUGCAGAUCCAGGACGAGGGCUCCUCGGGGUGGGUGAGCGUCAACGACAAAGACUCCCUCCACCCCACCACCGAGUUCACCAUGCCCAGCCUCCGCGAGCUCAAGCGCUACCGCUUCAGGAUCAUCGCCGUCAACGAUAUCGGCGAGUCCGACCCGAGCCCCCGCACCAGCGAGGUUCUGGUUGAGGACAUCCAGCUGCCUCCUUCCAUCUGCCUUGACGUGGCGGUGGAGGACCUGGUGUGCAUCCGUGCCGGAGAUCCCAUCAGGAUCCCGGCCACCAUCAAGGGCCGGCCCACUCCCAAGGUGGCCUGGGACUUUGACGGCAAAGCCAAGUCGCACAAGAAGAACAAGCUGCACACGCUGCCCGUGGACUCGGAGGUGGAGUCCACAGACACCACGUCUGUUGUGACCGUGCCCGUCAGUCUGAGGAGCCACUCCGGGCGCUACACCAUCACCGCCAAGAACAAGUCGGGCCAGAAACACGUCAACGUCAGAGUCAUCGUCCUCGAUGUCCCCGGGGCCCCGAAGGACCUGAGGGUGACUGACGUUACCCGGUCGACCAUGAGGCUGAUCUGGAAACUCCCCGACAAUGACGGAGGGGAGAGAAUCAAGAGCUACUUCAUCGAGAAGAAAUGUCUGACGGACAAAGCCUGGACCAAGGUGAAUGCGGCCUGUGCCAGCCAGGCCUACGUGGUGCCGGGUCUGCUGGAAGGUCAGGACUACCUGUUCAGGGUCAGAGCCGAGAACCGACUCGGAUUUGGCCCGUUCACCAUCACCGCCGAGCCCGUCCGGGCCAGAGACCCCAUCUACCCUCCCGACCCCCCCACCAAGGUCAAGGUCAACCUGGUGACCAAGAACACGGUCACUCUGAGCUGGGAGCCUCCCAAGAACCACGGCGGCUCCCCGGUGAAGCAUUACAUCAUCGAGCGUUUGAGCUGGGACACCAGCGGCAAGGAGAAGGAGACCUGGAAGCAGUGCAACAAGAGGGACGUGGAGGAGCUCCGCUUCGUGGUGGAGGACCUAAAGGAGGGAGGAGAAUACGAGUUCAGAGUCAAAGCCGUGAACGCCGCCGGACCGAGCCGACCCUCCGCCACCGCCGGACCGCUGGUCAUCAAAGAUCAGACAUGCGCUCCCACCAUCCUGCUGCGCGAGGCAAUGGAGGGUGAGGAAGACUGUGACAUCAGCAUUGUGGCGAAGGUGAGCGGCUGUCCGUUCCCCACGCUCACCUGGCACAAAGCCGCCACGGCCACGCCUGAGGAGAAGGCCGCCGUCCAGUAUGACCAGCACAUCAGCAAGCUGGUGACCCAGGACAAGUGCACGCUGCUGAUCCAGCAGGCCAGCAGGCUGGACAGCGCCAUCUACAGCCUGACGGCCAGCAACAGCCUGGGCACGGCCACCAAGGCCACCAAGCUCGCCGUGCUCGGACCCCCCGGCCCGCCCAUCGCACCGCUCAAGUUCACCGAGGUGUUUGCGGAGAGGAUCGGCCUGGCCUGGAACCCCCCCAAAGAUGACGGCGGAUCCAAGAUCACCAACUACGUGGUAGAGAAGCGCGAGGAGAACAGGAAGUCCUGGGUCCACGUCUCCAACGACCCCAAGGACUGCGCCUACGUGGUGACCCGGCUAACGGAGAACCACGAGUACGAGUUCCGAGUCAUGGCCCAGAACAAGUUCGGAGUCGGGCCUCCGCUGGUCAGCGAACCGCAGAAGGCCAGAAACCUCUUCACCGUGCCCGGUCAGUGCGAGAAACCGACCGUGACCGACGUCUGCGCCGAGUCCAUGACCGUCAACUGGGACGAGCCCAAGUACGACGGCGGCUCCUCUGUCACCGGCUACUUCGUGGAGAAGAAGGAGACCACCGCGAAGCGCUGGGUCCGCGUGAGCCGCGACCCCAUCCGAGCGCUGCCUCUGGGCAACUACUGGGACGUCACGGGCCUGCAGGACGGCGCCACGUACCAGUUCAGGGUCAUCGCCAUGAACGCGGCCGGCUGCGGGCUGCCCAGUGUGCCCUCUGACCCCGCGCUCUGCAGGGACCCCCAUCGGUAAGAGUUUGUGUAACUUUAAGCUCAACCUCCCGGGCCUCCCACUCCCAAGGUGACGGACUGGACCAAGUCCACCGUGGAGCUGGAGUGGAUGCCCCCCGUUAUGGACGGAGGGUCCAAGGUCACGGGCUACAUCGCCGAGUUCAAGGAGGUGAACAAAGAGGAGGAGGAGAAGAAGGCUCAGAGGAGGCUGCUGCUGAGUGGCGAUGAGGAGGAGACUGAGCCGGAGAGCGAGGACACCUGGGAGAAGGCAAAGGACACCGAGAUCAGAGGAACCAAGUUCGUGGUGGCCGGUCUGAAGGAAGGCGGUCUGUACCGCUUCAGAGUCCGCGCCGUGAACGCAGCAGGGGUGGGAGAGGCGGGACUUGUUUCGGAGCUGAUUGAGGUCAAAGACCGAACCAUUGCUCCUGAGAUGGACCUGGACGCCUCUGUGAAGGAGAAGAUCGUGGUCCACGCCGGCAGCACCAUCCGCAUCAUCGCCUACGUGUCUGGUAAACCCGCCCCCCUGAUCACCUGGUGCCGGGACGACGGCGAGGUGCCCAAGGAGGCCGUGGUGGAGACGACGGGCAUCUCCAAUUCGCUGGUCAUCAAGAACUGCAGACGCCAACACCAGGGCAUGUACACGCUGAGCGCGAAGAACGAGGGAGGCGAGAGGAAGAAGGCCGUGAUCGUGGAGGUCCUUGACGUCCCGGGACCCGUCGGCCUCCCCUUUGCCGGCGAGAACCUGACCAACGACUCCUGUAGGCUGACCUGGUACUCCCCAGAGGACGACGGCGGCUCUGCCAUCACGAACUACAUCAUCGAGAAGAGGGUGUCGGACCGCAUGGGCUGGACCUCAGUGUCCUACACGGUGACCAGGAACAACGCCGUGGUGCAGGGACUCCUCGACGGAAAGGGCUACUUCUUCAGGAUCGCAGCCGAGAACAUCAUCGGCAUGGGGCCCUUCAUCGAGACCGACAAGAUGGUCCUCAUCAAGGACCCCAUCUCCGUCCCUGAGCGUCCGGAGGACCUGAUCAUCACCGGCGUCACCAAGGACUCCCUCUCCGUCACCUGGAGAGCGCCCAAGUACGACGGCGGCGCUGAGAUCACCGCCUACGUCCUGGAGUCCCGCAUGGUCGGCCGGGACAGCUUCACACGAGUAGGUGCAGAGACGGCGCUGAUGGACAGCAAGUUCACCCUGGCGGGGCUGAAGGAGGGCUCGAGCCACGAGUUCAGGGUCUCCGCCGUCAACCAGGUGGGACAGGGGAAACCGUCCUUCGCCACCAAACCCGUCCAGUGCAAGGACGAGCUCGAACCACCCGUCCUGGACCUGGACUUCAGGGACAAGAUGAUGGUGAAGGUGGGAGACACGUGCACGCUGGCGGGACGCUACAGCGGCAAACCGGCCCCGGCUAUCACCUGGACAAAGAAUGACGAGGAGCUGAAGGCGGACGAGGAGAUCUUCAUCCACAGCACCGCGCGCCACCUCAGCCUCAGCAUCAGCAAGGCCAAGAGAGAGCACAGCGGGUGCUACCGCGCCCACGUGGAGAACGCCGCCGGCUCUCGCACGGGAACCUGCACCGUCACCGUGGUCGACCGCCCUCAGCCUCCUGAGGGCCCCGUGGUGUUCAACGAGGUCUACAGGAACUAUAUGGUGGUCUCCUGGAACCCUCCCCUGGACGACGGAGGCUGCGCGGUGUCCAACUACAUCAUCGAGAAGAGAGACACCAACAGAGACCUCUGGAUGCCCGUCACCUCGUCCUGCACCAGGACCAGCUGCAAGGUGCCGAAGCUAAUCGAGGGUCGUGACUACAUCAUCAGGAUUAUGGCUCAAAACAUCUACGGCAUCAGCGAGCCUCUUCAGUCUGCAGAGACCAAGGCCAGAGACGUCUUCACGGUGCCCGACGCCCCUAAACAGCCUACCGUGAAGGAGGUCCACCACGAUUCCGCCCUCAUCAGCUGGGAACCUCCUGCUGACGGAGGGAAGCCAAUCACAGGCUACAUCGUGGAGAGGAAGGAGACCAUGGCCCACAGGUGGGUUCGCUGCAACACGGAGAGAAUCCAUCCCAAGGUGGAGUACUUGGUGACGGAGCUGCUGCAGGGCUGUGAGUACGAGUUCAGAGUGAGCGCCGAGAACAUCGUGGGAGCCGGAGACCCGAGCCCCCCAUCCAAACCUGUCUUUGCCAAAGACCCCAUCGUGAAACCCAGUCCACCGGUGAACUUCCAGGCCAUCGACUUCUCCAAGGAGUCGGUGAGUCUGUCCUGGCGGCCGCCCACCGACACCGGCAGAGGGAAGAUCUUCGGGUACCUGCUGGAGUUCCAGAAGGCUGGAGAGGAGGAGUGGUCCAAGGUGAACCAGACUCCGGAGUCCUGCCAAGAGACCAAGUUUAAGGUGAUCAACCUAGACAACGGAUUCAUGUACCGAUUCAGAGUCACAGCGGUCAACGCGGCUGGCGAGUCCGACCCAACUAGCUUGAAGGAGCCAAUCAGAGUCCAAGACAGACUCGAGCCCCCAGAGCUGAUUCUUGAUGCUGCAAUGACCCGAGAGGUGAAGGCCAUGGCCGGCACUCACAUCUCUCUGAUGGCCACCAUCAAGGGGGUCCCGUUCCCCACCGUCACUUGGCAGAAGAACGAGGCCGAGGUGCCCACCAGGGCCGACAUCGAGACCAGCCAGACCGGGACCAAGCUGGAGAUGAGGUUCUGUAACCGCGACGACUGUGGAGACUACACCCUGACUGUGGAGAACCCGGCCGGUUCCAAGACGGCCACCUGCACCGUGCUGGUCUUUGACAAACCCGGUCCCAUCCAGCACCUCCGGGUGUCUGACAUCAGGAGCGACUCCGCCUACCUGUCCUGGAAGGACCCCGAGGACAACGGCGGUGUUCGCAUCACCAACUUUGUGGUGGAGAAGAAAGACGCGGCAGCUACUCAGUGGAUCCCUGUCUGCUCCACCUCCAAGAAACGCAGCAUGAUGCUGAGGCACCUGAUGGAGGGAACGUCCUACAUGUUCAGAGUCGCCGCCGAGAACCAGUACGGACGCAGCGAAUAUGUCGAGACGCCAAAGUCCAUCAAGGCGAUGAAUCCGCUGUUCCCUCCUGGUCCUCCUAAAGACCUGCACCAUGACGAUGUGGACAAGACUGAGGUGUGGUUGGUGUGGAACAGGCCCGACCGCGACGGCGGAAGUGAAAUCACAGGCUUCCUGGUGGAGUAUCAGGAGGAGGGAGUGAAGGACUGGGACGAGUGGAAGAUUGUUAGCAUCCCAGAGAGUCAUGUGACUGGCCUCGAGGAAGGAAAGACUUACCGCUUCCGAGUGAGGGCGGAGAACGCCAUUGGCCUCAGCAGACCCGACACCACUGUGCCUAUCCUCUGCCAGGAAAAACUGGUGCCUCCAGUCGUCGAGGUGGACGUCAAGCUCACUGAAGGAAUCACCGUAAAAGCCGGCAGCACCAUCCGGCUGCCAGCCAUCAUGAGAGGAAUACCCAUUCCCUCUGCCAAGUGGACCAUCGAAGGAGAGGAGAUCACCAGCGAGGGGAACGUCAAGGUGGAUACCGACAGCUUCUCCACUGUGCUCACUAUUAACGAGUGCACCAGGAACCACACGGGCACCUAUCUGCUCACCGUGGCCAACCCGGCCGGAACCAAGACGGUGGCCUUGAGCGUCACGGUCCUGGAUGUUCCCGCUGCUCCCAUUGGACCCGCUAACAUCCUGGAGGUCACCCCGGACUCCAUGGUGAUUGAGUGGCGUCCUCCCAAGGACGAUGGCGGUAGCCCCGUCACCAACUACAUCGUGGAGAAGCGCGAGUCCAACAAGGAGACCUGGGGAGGGGUGGGCUCCGUCGGCCUGGCCACCAAGCUCAACAUUCCCCGCCUCCAGAGGGGAGUGGAGUAUGUGGUUCGCAUCCGUGCUGAGAACAAGAUGGGCAUCGGCGGCGCUCUGGAGAGCAAGCCCACUGUUGCCGAACACUCUUUUUUGCCACCCAGCCAGCCUGGCAAGCCACAGCCCUCUGAUAUCGCAGAGGAUUCCGUUACGAUCGGUUGGACCAUGCCCCUGUCUGACGGCGGAAGCCAGAUCACUGGCUACAUCAUCGAGCGCCGGCACAAGGGAGGAAAGUGGAUCCGUGUCAACAAGACAGCCUGUAAGGACCUGAGGUACAGAGUGGAGGGACUGUUCGAGGGAAACGAGUACGAGUUCAGAGUGUUUGCUGAGAACAUUGUCGGCUACAGCGGCCCCUCUCCCACCUCUGACCUCUGCAAGCCCUGCAGGCCCAUCACGGUCCCCAGCCCCCCUGUCAACCCCAAAGUCAGAGAUUACAGCAAGACCAACGCCGACCUGGUGUGGAGCAAACCCAACAAAGACGGGGGCAGCCCCAUCCUGGGCUACACUGUGGAGAUGAAACGGGGAGACAGUGAUGAAUGGAAAAAGGUGAACCUGGAUGACUUCAUCAAGCAGUGUGCCUACAGGGUCAAGGGCCUGGAGGAGGGCGCCACUUACGCUUUCAGAGUCUAUGCCACCAACAUGAUUGGAGAUGGAGAGUCCAGAGAAAUCCCAGAGUCCGUCACUGCUCAGGAUAUCCUGAUCCCUCCGGAGAUCGAGAUGGACGCCACCUGCCGCAAUCGCCUCACCGUGCGGGUCGGCCACAACAUCAACAUCAUCGGGUACAUCAAGGCCCGUCCGGACCCAGAAGUGCUUUGGUCAAAGGAGGAGACAGUUCUGGAGAACAGCAAACGUGUCACCAUCGUUCAGAACUUCCCCGUGGUCCACUUAAAGAUCAAGGAGGCCACAAGGGAUGACCACGGCAAGUAUGUCCUGAAGGCUUCAAAUGUGGGCGGCGAGGCCUCUUGCACCAUCACAGUGAAUGUGCUGGACCGACCCAGCCACUGCCAGAACCUGCACACGACCUAUGUCACCAGGGACUCGUGCAUGCUCAACUGGGAGGCCCCUAAGGACAACGGUGGAUCUGAGAUCACCAACUACAUCGUGGAGUGCCGUGAGCCCAGCAUUAGCAUGUGGUCUAUGAUUAGCUCCCACUGCACAAACCGCAAGAUCAAGGCGAAGAUGAUGGAAGGCCAUGAGUACCUGUUCCGCGUUUGUGCCGAGAACAAGAUGGGCCCGGGCCCAUGCGUGGAGACCAAGACCCCUCUGCUGGCCAUCGACCCAAUCGAGAAUCCAGGGGAGCCUGAGAACUUCAGAGCCACCGAAAUCGGUAAGCACCACGUCUAUCUGAGAUGGAGGAAGCCCGACUACGACGGCGGCAGUGCCAACAUCUCCUACAACUUGGAGUUUAAAGACAAAGAUGCAGAUACAGAGUGGGAUAAACUAAGCAGCGACAAUCUCACCGACACCUUUUUCCUGGCUGACAAGUGCCUGGAGAACCACACGUACACCUUCAGGGUGCAGACCGUCAACGAAGGCGGUGAGAGUGCUUGGGUGAAACUCGCCGACGUGCUAGUGAGGGAGGAGAUCCAGAAGCCCGUCAUUGACUUGAAGCUGUCCGGAGCUGUGACGGUGAGGGCCGGAGAGUCCGUGAGAAUGGAGGCCGCCCUGAGAGGGAAGCCCCAGCCUGAAGUCAAAUGGGUGAAAGACAAGGCUGUCGGAGACAACCCGAGAAUCAGCUACGAGACUACAACCGACUACUCCAAGUUCCUUCUGACCAAGUCCAGACGCACUGACACCGGAAAGUAUGUCAUCACCGCCACCAACUCGGCCGGCACCUUCACAGCGUACGCCAACGUUAAUGUCCUGGACGUCCCCGGCCCAGUGAGGAACCUCAGAAUCACCGGCAUCGGGGCCGACAAGUGCAGAGUGGUGUGGGAUAUUCCGGAGGACGAAGGCGGUUGUGAGGUGGACAGCUACAUCCUGGAGAAAUGCGAGACCAGGAGGAUGGUCUGGUCCACGUACUCGGCCUCUGUGGUCACGCCGUACUGUAACGUCACUCGUCUGGUGGAGAGCAACGAGUACAUCUUCAGAGUAAGGGCUGAGAACAAGAUGGGAACGGGGCCGGCCAUGGAGAGCAAGCCUGUCACUGUCAAGACCCAGUUCAACAAACCUGGACCCCCUGAAGCUCCUGACGUCACCAAGGUGAGUAAAGACGAGAUGACCGUUGUCUGGGCUCCUCCUGAGAAUGACGGAGGGAAGUCGAUCACCGGCUACAUCCUGGAGAGGAAGGAGAAGAGGGCAGUGCGCUGGGUGCCAUGCACCAAGAGCCCCAUCUCCGAGAGACGCAUGAAGGUCACCAACCUGAUUCCCAACCAUGAAUACCAGUUCAGGGUGAAGGCGGAGAACGAGGUGGGCCUGGGGGAACCCAGCAAACCCUGCAGGCCCGUCGCAGCCAAAGAUCCCAUCGAGCCCCCUGGCCCCCCUGCAGGCCUGAAAGUGGGUGACAGCACCAAGACCUCCAUCACCCUGUCCUGGUCUAAGCCUGUGUAUGAUGGUGGUGCCCCCAUCAUCAACUACAGCCUCGACCUGAGGCUGAAAAGUGACGCAGACCCCGAGAAGCCUUCAGAGGGCUGGAAGAGAAUUGACACCCACGGCCCGUUGGUGAUGACAGAGUUCACCAUCGGCCAGCUGGAUGAGAAGCUGGAGUACGAUUUCAAAGUGUCCGCCCAAAACCAGGUGGGCUGGGGGCGCCACGCCUACUUGAAGGAGGCAGUCUCCCCCAAGGAGGUCCUGGAGGCUCCAGAGAUCGACCUGGACGCCAGUCUGAGGAAAGGCCUGUCUGUCCGGGCUGGCUGUCCGAUCAGACUUUUUGCUGUGAUCAGAGGAAGGCCGUCCCCCAAGGUCACCUGGAAGCGCCUGGGAGUGGACAACGUGAUCCGCCGAGGUCAUGUGGACCAGGUGGACACUAUGUCCUUCCUGGUCAUCCCUGAGAGCACCAGAGACGAUUCUGGGAGAUACUCCCUGACUCUGUCCAACUCGGCUGGAGAGAAAGCCGUGUACGUCCGUGUCAAAGUCCUCGACACUCCUGGUCCCGUCGGCGGCCUGGAGGCAAACAACAUCACCAAGACCUCCGCCCAGCUGUCCUGGUUGCCGCCAGAUAACGACGGCGGCAGCCCCAUCCUCAACUACAUCGUGGAGAAACGAGAGGUAGACAGGAAGACCUGGAACAAGUGCACAGAUGAGCUAAAGAAGACCAGCUUCAAGGUGACCAACAUGACGCCUGGCAUCGAGUACUACUUCAGAGUCACAGCCUGCAACAAGUAUGGCAUCGGAGUUCCUCAAGACUCGCCCAAGUCCUACCUGGCUGUCGACCCAAUCAGCGAGCCCGACCCUCCGAAGAAGAUGGACGUGUUGGAGAUUACCAAGAACAGUGCCACGCUGGGCUGGCUGAAGCCGCUCAGGGACGGAGGAGCCAAAAUCAACGGUUACGUGGUGGACUACCAGGAGGAGGGCGCUCCCGAGGACAAGUGGACGCCGUACUCGGUGGUCAAAGACAUGACCAUCGUGGUGGUCGGUCUGAAGGAAGGAACCAAAUACAAGUUCAGAGUGGCCGCCAGGAACUCAGUGGGAGUCAGUCUGGCCAGAGAGGCAGAGGGAGUUUUUGAGGUCAAGGAGCAGCUCAUGGCUCCUAAGAUCAUCAUGCCCGACAUUGUGACGGUGAGAGCGGGCUCCAAACUGGUGGUUGAGGCCCUUGUGGCGGGUAAACCGUCUCCCUUCUGCAAGUGGAAGCAGGGCAACGAGGACGUGCUGACCUCCGACCGCCUGGCGGUGGUAAAGACGCUGACGACCUGCACGCUUAUCAUAAAGAACGUGAAGAGAACGGACAGCGGCUAUUAUAGCCUGUCGGCUGAGAACAGCACCGGCAGGAUCAACCAGAUCCUCAGAGUCACCGUCAUGGACAUCCCUGGACCCCCCGAAGCGCCGAUAGAGAUCACAGAACAGGACAUCGAUGCCUGCACGCUGCUCUGGAACUCCCCGCAGGAAGAUGGCGGGAGCAACAUCACCAACUAUAUUGUGGAGAAGUGUGACGUCAGCCGGGGCGACUGGGUCCCCGUUACCACGUCCUGCACCAAAACCAGCUUCAGAGUAACCAAACUCACGACUGGCAAAGAGUACAGCUUCCGAGUCCGUGCUGAGAACAGGUUGGGCGUCUCCACGCCCAUCUACUCCGAGAAGAUGAUUGCCAGACACCCAUUUGACCCUCCCAGCGAGCCCAUCAACCUGCAAAUCAACAAAGUCUUCAAAGACUUUGUUAUCCUGUCCUGGGAGCGUCCCAGCAGCGACGGGGGCUCGCCCCUAACCGGAUUUUGCAUUGAGAAGAAGGAGAGGAACAGCCUUCUGUGGGUGAAGGCCAACGAGUCCUUGGUGAAAGCCACCCAGUACACCUGCAUGGGCCUGAUGGAGGGCGUGGAGUACACCUUCAGGGUGUCGGCACUCAACAUGGCUGGACAGGGCAAACCGUGCAAACAGACGGACCUGAUCACUGCCAGGACGGCUGUUGACCCACCAGGCAAACCCGAGGCCAUGGAUGUGACCAAACACUCGGUCUCAUUGGUCUGGAGCCGCCCCAAGCACGACGGAGGCAGCAAGUUGAUCGGCUACUACAUGGAGUACACAAAGCUUCCAGAAGCAAAGUGGACACGAUGCAACGCCAACUGCAUGAACAUCCAGGCAGAGAGCUACGUGGUGGGCGGCCUGGAAGAAGGCCAACAGUACCAGUUCAGGGUCAUCGCCAAGACCGCCAUCAACGUCAGCCUGCCGUCCGAGCUGUCCGACCCCAUCCCUGUCAUCGCACAGAAUGUUCCUCCUCGCGUUGAGCUGGGGCUCAACAUGAAGAACCUGAUCGUGGUGAAAGCCGGAGAGAACGUCUCCCUGGAUGCCGAGGUGUUUGGCAAACCGCUGCCCAGGGUGAGCUGGAAGAGAGAUGGAGUGCCUUUGGUUCUCGUUGAGGGACUGAAGAUGGUGCAGAAGAAACACGUCCACCUGCUGGAGCUCUUCUCCGUCACCAGGAAGGAGUCUGGAGACUACACCAUCACCGCUGACAACAUCAAUGGCUCUAAGUACGCCACCAUCAAGGUCAAAGUGCUGGACAAACCUGGCCCUCCGGCCUCAGUGAAAGCCGCCAAGGUGUUUGCAGACCGCGUUAAGCUGCGAUGGGAGCCCCCGCUGGCCGAUGGCGGCUCUGAGAUCACCAACUACAUCAUCGAGAAGCGUGAGACCAGCAGGGCCAACUGGGCACUGGUCUCCGCCAACAUCCACGGACACGUCACCGACUGCUUGGUGGACAAACUGAUCGAGGGACACGAGUACGAGUUCAGAGUCAGCGCUGAGAACCAGUACGGCACCGGAGACCACAUCACGGCCGAGCCCGUCAUGGUCAAGAACCCGUAUGACGUUCCCGGUCCGUCCGAGCCACCGGUCAUCACCAACAUCACCAAGAACUCCAUGACAGUGAGCUGGAAGGCCCCGGCCAGCGACGGCAGGGCCACCAUCCUCGGCUACAUGGUGGAGAAGCGUGAGGCCACCGAGCUGACCUGGGCGAAGGUCAACCGCCGGCCCGUCAUCGACAGGACCAUCAAAGCCGUGCAGCUGACCGAGGGCUCCGAGUACGAGUUCAGAGUCAUCGCCAUGAACAAGGCCGGCCUGGGAAAACCCAGCGACGCUUCCAACGCCGCACUGGCCGUCGACCCCGUCUAUCCUCCCGGCCCGCCUGCGUUCCCCAAGGUGGUGGAUUCCACCAAGAGCUCCAUCAGCCUCAGCUGGACCAAACCGGCGUACGACGGCGGCUGCGACAUCAUCGGCUACCUGGUUGAGUACAGGCGAGUCGACGGCGAGCACUGGACCAAGUGCAACAUCCCGAAGAAGCUCCAGAACACCAAGUUCCUGAUGACCGGCCUGAUGGACGACACCGAGUACCAGUUCAGAGUCAUCGCUGUCAACAAGAUCGGCUUCAGCGACCCCAGCGAGGUCCCAGGAAACCACACGCCCAAGGACAUCCUGAUCGCUCCUGAAGCUGAGCUGGACGCCGACCUCAGAAAGGUCUUGGUUCUUCGAGCCGGCGUCACCCUCAGGCUCUACGUCCCUCUGAGGGGACGACCGGCGCCUAAGGUGACGUGGACCAAGGUGGACGCCGUCCUGAAGGACAGACAGGGCGUGCUGAUCAAGACGUCCGAGUGGGACACCCUGCUAAUGAUCGAGGACAUAAACCGAUACGACGCUGGCAAAUAUGUCCUCUCGCUGGAGAACAGCAGCGGCUGCAAAAGCUACACCAUCGUGGUCAAGGUCCUCGACUCUCCUGGGCCGCCGCUGAACCUGACGGUGAAGGAGACCUCCAGGAGCCACGCCUGCAUCACCUGGGACGCCCCGCUGAUCGACGGUGGCAGCCCAGUCAAGAGCUACGUGGUGGAGAAGCGUCUGGCCGAGAGGAAGGCCUGGACCUGCGUGGCAACGGACUGCUGCAAGAUCUCCUUCAGGAUCACCAACCUGGAGGCCGGACAGGCCUACUGCUUCAGAGUGCUGGCCGAAAACGCCUACGGCAUCGGGGAGGGCUGCGAGACCGCCGGCAGCGUCCGGGCCUCAGAGCAACCCGGUCCAGUCACCGACUUCAGAGCCCAAAAGACCACCAAGGACUCCGUGGUCCUGGGCUGGAAGAAGCCCCUCAGCGACGGCGGAAGCCACGUCAGCGCCUACAUCCUGGAGCAGAGCGAGGGCGAGCAGAAGUGGAAGCAGAUCGCGAAAGGCAAGACCUCCUCACACACUGUGGGCGAGCUGACCGCGGACAAGGAGUACUUGUUCAGAGUCAAGGCGCUCAACGAGUCGGGAGAGGGACCGCCCAUCGAGCUCACCGUGGUCGCCAAGGACCAGUUUGUGCCGCCCGACUGCAACCUGAGUGCCCUGCACGACGGCUGCUGCGUGGUGAAGGAGGGCAGCACCACGCGCAUCAACAUCCCCGUCACCGGAGUGCCCCCCCCCACCGUCACCUGGAAGAAAGGCGACGUGGUGCUCGGCGACACCGGCAGAAUGUGCGUGGAGGCGUCUCAGGGCGUCACCACUCUGCUGAUCAGAGACUGCCAGAGAGGAGACGCCGAGACCUUCAACGUCCACGUCAGGAACAGCGCCGGCUCCAAGGACUGCAAGUUCCAGCUGAAGGUGGUCGGCAAGCCCGGUAUCUGCACCGGACCCAUCAAGUUCGAGGAGAUCACCGCUGAUGGUAUCACCCUGGAGUGGGCGCCGCCCAAGGACGACGGCGGCGCCGAGGUGUCCAACUACAUUGUGGAGAAGAGGAGGACGACGGACAACAAGUGGGCCACAGUGGCCUCGGCCAUCCAGAAGACCACCAUGAGGGUGAUCCGGCUCCAUGAUGGAAUAGAGUACAUCUUCAGAGUGUUCGCUGAGAACAAGUAUGGGGUCGGCGAGCAUCUGAGGUCCGACCCGGUCGUCGCCCAGCACCCGUUCAAUGUGCCCGAGGCACCUGCUCCACCAGAAAUAUUGAGCAUCCGCCACGAGUCAGCCAUCUUGACUUGGGCCGAUCCGAAGGACUCUGGUGGUUCCCCAAUAACCGGAUAUCAUGUGGAGUUUAAGGAGAGGAACAGUCUGAUGUGGAAACGGGCCAGUAAGACUCCUCUGAGAGUGAAGGAGUGCAGAGUCACCGGCCUGAUCGAGGGACUAGAGUACGAAUUCCGAGUGAUGGCCAUGAACGCGGCUGGCCUUGGAAGGCCAAGCAGGGUCACCGAGGGCGUGGUUGCCCUCGACCCGAUUGAUCCUCCUGGCAAGCCCGACGUGAUCAAUGUCACCAGGACCACGGUCACCCUAAUGUGGACCCCCCCCAAAUACGACGGCGGCCACAAGCUGACCGGCUACAUGGUGGAGAAGCUGGAGGCCGCUGGCAAGACCUGGAUGAAGGCCAAUCACGUCAAUGUCCACGGCUGUGCCUUCACCGUCCCCGACCUGACGGAGGGAUCUCAGUAUCAGUUCAGGAUUAGGGCCAAGAACUCUGCAGGGGCCAUCAGUGUUCCGUCAGAGACAACAGCGCUUCUGACCUGCAAGGAUGAAUAUGAGCCCCCGACCAUCACUAUUGAUCCAGGCAUGAAGGACGGUGUUUCCGUCAAGGCGGGAGACACCAUCCUGAUCUCGGCCUCCAAGAUUUUGGGAAAACCUCCACCAACCGCUGUCUGGUCCAAGGGAGGACGUGAGUUUAAGAGCUCUGACAUCAUCACCAUCACCAGCACCCCCACCUCCUCCUCUCUGGCUAUCAAGUACGCAAGCAGGAAGAACACUGGGGAGUACACCAUCACCGCCAGCAAUCCUUUUGGCAUUAAGGAGGAACAUGUAAAGGUGAAGGUCCUGGAUGUGCCUGGACCCUCAGGCCCCAUUGAAGCCAGCAACAUCUCAGCCGAGAAGUGUACUCUGACUUGGCUUCCACCAGAGGAGGAUGGAGGCUUCUCCAUCAAGUCCUACAUUCUUGAGAAGAGAGAGACCAGCCGCCUGCAGUGGACCAAGCUAGCCGAAAACGUCAUGGACUGCAGAUAUGUAGCCUGCAAACUGAUCAAGGGCAAUGAGUACAUCUUCAGAGUGUUUGCUGUGAACCAGUAUGGCAUCGGAGACUCAAGCCACUCCGGUCCAAUAAAAAUGGUUGACAGUUACCAACCACCAGGCCCACCUUCAAUCCCAGAGGUCGAUAACAUCAGUAGGAACGCUGUCACCAUUUCAUGGAGGAGACCAAUACAGGACGGGGGAAGUGACAUCAGAGGAUAUUGUGUAGAGAGGAAAGAAAGGAGAGGAAUGAGAUGGGUGAGAGCCAGUAAGAGGACGGUCCCUGACCUGCGCUUUAAGGUGCAAGGUCUAACUGAGGGAGUAGAGUAUGAGUUUAGAGUCACUGCAGAGAACAAGGCUGGAUUCGGGGAGCCAAGUCAGCCAUCACAACCUGUGAUGACCAAGGACAUUGUAUAUCCACCUGGUCCGCCAUCCAACGCUAGGAUUACAGACACCACAAAAACCACAGCUUCCUUUGCCUGGGGCAAGCCCCACUACGAUGGUGGUCUUGAAGUGGAAGGAUAUAUUGUUGAGUACAAAAAGGAAGGGCAUGAUGACUGGGAGGUGGAGACACAGUAUCCAUUGAAAGCUACGGAUUAUGUCGUUGGUAAACUUCAAAAGGGAGGCAAAUACCACUUCAGAGUCACCGCCCUAAACUCUGAGGGAGUUGGCGAGCCUGCAGAGGUUGAGAACGUGAUUGAACUGGUGGACCAGGAAACGCUGCCAGAUUUUGAGCUAGAUGCUGAACUCAGGAAAACCCUGGUGGUCAGGUGCCGUGCUUCAAUCCGUAUGUUUGUCCCCAUUCGGGGUCGUCCUGUUCCUGAAGUAACCUGGAGCAAAGAUGACAGCAACCUGAAGAAACGUGCUCACAUUGACACAACUGAGUCCUACACUCUCCUGGUUAUUCCUGACUGCACCAGAUACGAUGCUGGAAAGUAUAACCUUUGUCUUGAGAACGUUGCCGGGAAGAAGGCCGGUUUCGUUAAUGUGAAGGUUUUGGACACACCGGGACCACCAGUGAACGUCAAGCCUAGAGAGAUCACCAAGAACACCAUCACCCUCCAGUGGGAAAUCCCCAUAAUCGAUGGUGGUUCUAAGAUUUGCAACUAUGUUAUUGAAAAGAGGGAGGCCACCAAGAAGGCCUACACAGUAAUUACCACCACAUGGCAGAAGUGCUCCUACAAAUUCACAGACCUGGAGGAGGGAGCUUACUACUACUUUCGUAUCUCUGCCGAGAAUGACCUGGGCGUAGGCGAGCCUGCUGAAUCCCCUGAGCCAAUCAGGGUGUCUCAGGCCCCCUCAGCACCAGAGAACUUGUAUGUCACAGAUGUGUCAGAUGACAGUGCGAGUCUGGCGUGGACCAAGCCCCUUCACGACGGGGGCAGCUUGAUCACCGGGUAUGUCAUUGAGGCCCAGAAGAAGGACACUGACCAGUGGGUUCAUGUGGACACCUUGAAGGCCCUGGACUACACCGUCACAGAUCUUGUUCAAGGCGCAGAAUAUACCUUCCGCAUAAUGGCUGUCAAUGCGUCGGGCCGGAGUGACCCACGCGAGAGCAGGCCCGCCAUUAUCAAAGAGCAGACAUCUGCUCCAUCCUUUGACCUGCGUGGAGUCUACCAGAUGACGGUGAUCGCCAAGGCAGGGGAUCGCAUCAAAGUGGAAAUCCCUGUACUCGGUAAACCCAGACCUGUGGUUUCCUGGAAGAAGGGAGACAUAGGGCUCAAGGAGACACAAAGAAUGAACGUUGAAACCACAACAACGUCAACCAUCCUCAACAUUAGUGAGAUAAAGAGGUCUGACGGAGGACAGUACUCCAUGACUGGAAGGAACAUGCUGGGCACAGUGACUGAGACAAUCACAGUCUUGGUCCACGACAUUCCAGGUCCCCCCACUGGUCCCAUAAAGCUGGACGAGGUUUCCUGUGAUUACGUUCUCAUGUCCUGGGAGGCACCAGAGAAUGAUGGAGGUGUUCCCAUCAACAACUAUAUCGUUGAGAUGCGGGAGACUACCGGCACUUCCUGGAUAGAGUUGGCGGCGACAGUGAUCCGCACCACAUUCAAGGCAGCCCGCCUCAACACUGGGACCCAGUACCAGUUCCGCAUCAAGGCCCAGAACAGAUAUGGCAUUGGACCAUGCGUUGUUUCUGAGCCAGUAGUGGCUGCGUAUCCAUUUGAUGUGCCGGGCCAGCCAGGCACUCCUGUGAUCACAUCUUUCAACAAGGAUGCUAUGACUCUGAGCUGGAAUGAGCCUUCCUCUGAUGGAGGUAGCGUCAUCCUUGGCUAUCACGUGGACAGAAAAGAGAAAAACAGCAUUCUGUGGCAGAGAGUCAGCAAGGCCAUUGUUGUCGGAAAUAUCUUCAAAUCAUCAGGCCUUGUUGAUGGAAUUGCAUAUGAACACCGUGUUAUUGCUGAAAACAUGGCCGGUCUCAGCAAACCAAGCAAACCCUCGGAGACAGUGUAUGCGCUUGACCCAGUUGACCCACCAGGCAGACCCGUGGCACUGAAUGUCACCAGACACGAGGUGACAGUAUCAUGGACCAAACCGGAGGGAGAUGGUGGAUUCUCCAUCACUGGAUACACAGUUGAGAGGAGGGAGAUGCCUAAUGGACGCUGGCUUAAAGCCAACUUCAACAACAUCCUGGAAACCAUCUACACAGUCAGUGGUCUGAUCGAAGAUAAAACUUAUGAAAUCCGCGUGCUUGCCAGAAAUUCAGCGGGUGCUGUCAGUGCUCCAUCCCAGUCAUCUGAGGCAAUCACAUGCAGAGAUGACAUUGAAGAGCCCAGGCUUGAUGUUGAUUCGUCUUAUAGCAGCAAUGUUGUUGUCAUGGCAGGAGAGUUGUUCAAGCUGGAGGCCAGUGUGACUGGCAGGCCAAUCCCAUCUUUGGUAUGGACCAAGGAAGAAAAGGAGCUUGGGGAUACAGCCAAGCUUGAGAUAAAGACAAGUGACUUCCACACAACCCUAACGAACAAAGACUCCCUGAGGAAGGACGGAGGUGCUUUUACACUCACUGCCAGCAAUCCUGGGGGCUUUGCCAAAUUCACCUACAACGUCAAGGUGCUCGACAGACCCGGGCCACCGGACUCCCUCACUGUUACUGAUGUUGCUGCUGAGAAAUGUGUCCUUAACUGGCUACAUCCAACACAUGAUGGCGGUGCCAAGAUCGAGUACUUCAUCAUUCAGAGGCGAGAGACCAGUAGAUUGGCAUGGACAAACGUUGCCACAGACCUUCAGGCAAACAGGUUUAAGGUCACCAAGCUCCUGAAGGGCAAUGAAUACGUCUUCAGAGUCAUGGCUGUCAACAAGUAUGGGGUGGGCGAGCCGCUGGAGUCUGACCCUAUCAUCUGUACCAACCCGUAUGUUCCCAGUGACCCGCCACAGCAGCCUGAAGUCACCACCAUUACCAAGGACUCCAUGGUUGUGUGCUGGGAGCGUCCCGAACACGAUGGAGGCAGCAGAUUGAACACUUACAUCAUUGAAAGAAGGGAUAAGACUGGCCUGCGCUGGGUGAAAUGUAACAAGAGGACUGUAACAGACCUGCGCUUCAAGGCCUCCGGGCUCACGCCAGGACAUGAAUAUGAAUUCAGAGUUCUUGCUGAGAACAAUGCUGGUCUAAGUCAGCCUAGUCCUUCCAGUCCAUUCUACAAAGCGGUAGACAGCAUCUUCCAGCCCGGACCUCCAGGGAACCCCAGAGUUCUGGACACAACCAAGUCUUCCGUCACCCUUGCCUGGAACAAGCCGGUCUACGAUGGAGGUUCUGAAAUCACAGGCUACAUUGUGGAGACCUGCCUUCCCGAGGAAGAUGAGUGGACAAUACACACUCCCAAGAAGGGGUGGACAGCCACGUCCUUCACCAUUACCAGCUUGAAGGAAAACCAAGAGUACAAAAUCAACGUUUGUGCCACUAAUUGCGAGGGAGUGGGGGAACCCGCUGCGGUUCCCGGAACCCCCAAGGCUGAAGACAGACAGCUUCCUCCAGAAAUUGAACUUGGAGCCGAGCUGCGUAAGGUGGUCAGCCUCAGAGCCUGUAGCACCCUGAGACUCUUUGUUCCUAUCAAAGGCAGACCGGUACCUGAGGUUAAAUGGUCAAGAGAGCAUGGAGAAUCCCUGGACAGAGCUAAUAUUGAAAUCACCUCAUCAUUCACCACUCUUCAGAUCGACAAUGUGGACAGGUUUGAUGCAGGUAAAUACAUGGUGACAGUGGAGAAUACCUCAGGAAGCAAAACGGCCUUUAUUAAUGUCCGGGUGCUUGAUACUCCCGGAGCCCCUCAGAAUUUGUUCAUCAAGGAGAUCACCAGAGAUUCCGUUUCUCUCGUUUGGGAUGCACCUCUCAUUGAUGGAGGCUCCAGAGUCCGCAACUACAUUGUGGAGAAGCGAGAGUCGACCAGAAAGGCCUAUUCAACAGUUUGCGCCAGCUGCCAUAAGUCCAGUUGGAAAAUUGGGGACCUGGAGGAAGGAAAGAUGUACUGCUUUAGAAUCCUUGCUGAGAAUGAAUACGGCAUUGGUCUCCCAGUGGAGACACCUGAAUCAAUUACUGUGUCAGAGAAGCCUCUGCCACCAGGUAAAGUGACGCUCCUUGAAGUUACCAGCUCUAGUGUCACACUAUCCUGGGAAAAGCCUGAUUAUGAUGGUGGCAGCAGAAUCACUGGCUAUAAUAUUGAGAUGCAAGGUAAAGGCAGUGAGAAGUGGACCCAGGUCAUGGUGGUAAAGACCAAUUUGGCUAUUGUAACUGGCCUGACACAGGGAGAGGAGUACAUGUUCCGUAUCUCAGCCACCAACGAAAAGGGAGUUAGUGAUCCACGUGGCCUUAGUCUGCCUGUGGUGGCUAAAGACCUAGUCAUCCCACCGACCUUCAAACAGAUUUUCACAACAUUCAGUGUGCUAGCAGGAGAUGAUCUGAAGAUACAUGUGCCAUAUGCUGCUUGUCCAAAGGCUACAGCAACCUGGCUCAAAGACGGCAUUGUUCUCAAGGAGACAACUAGAGUUAAUUCUGAAGCCACAGAUAAAAACCUUCUCCUGGUUAUUAAGGAGGCUUGCAGAGAUGAUGUGGGCACAUACACCAUCAAACUGACCAACACAGUUGGAGAAGCGUCUACAGACCUCAAUGUCAUUGUUCUGGAUAAGCCUGUUCCUCCGACUGGCCCAAUUAAGCUGGACGAGGUCACUGCUGACAGUCUGGUCUUGUCCUGGAAUCCACCAGAGUAUGACGGUGGAUGUGCCAUCAGCAAUUACGUUGUUGAGAAGAGAGACACGUCUACCACUAACUGGCAGAUUGUCUCAGCUACUGUGGCCAGAACCACUAUCAAGGCCGCCCGUCUGAAGACAGGAGUUGAGUACCAGUUUAGGAUUGCUGCAGAGAAUAGGUAUGGCAAGUCCCCUUGUCUGCUUUCUGAAACCAUUGUCGCUCAGUAUCCGUUCCAAGUGCCCGGCUCACCACGUUCUGUGGUGGUCCAGUCAGCCACAAAGGAGAGCAUGGUGAUUGUUUGGGAUACACCAAGCAGUGAUGGUGGGAGCAAAAUUCUGGGCUACCACUUGGAUCUCAAGGAGAGAAACAGCAUAUUGUGGGUGAAACAGAACAAACAAAUAAUCCCAGAAAACAGAUUUAAGGCCGUUGGCCUUGAGGAGGGUAUUGAAUAUGAGUUCAGAGUAUAUGCUGAGAACAUCGUUGGUCUCAGCAAAGCCAGCAAACUGAGUGAAAUGCAAGUGGCCAGAGAUCCUUGUGACAGACCAGGAAAACCUGAAGCUGUCAUUGUGACAAGAAACCAAGUGACACUCAGAUGGACCAAACCGGAGUAUGAUGGCGGCAUCAAGAUCACAGGCUAUGUGGUUGAGAAGAAGGAAGGAGCGGGCCGCUGGAUGAAAGCUAGUUUUGCUAACGUCAUUGAGACUAAAUUUGUUGUCACAGGACUUACAGAAAAUCAGAUUUAUGAGUUCCGUGUCAUUGCCAAGAAUUCAGCAGGUGUCUUCAGCAAGCCUUCUGAUUCUACUGGAUCAAUCACUGCCAAAGAUGAGGUUGAUCCACCCAAGAUUGACUUAGAAGCUAAGUACUCCCAGGCUGUGGUGGUAAAUGCUGGAGAUACAUUCCGGCUUGAGGCGGGUAUCUCUGGUAAGCCCGUGCCCAAUGUACACUGGUGUAAGGAGGGCCGAGAGAUUUCUGACGCAGCCCGCCUAGAGCUCAAGAACACAGACUUUACAGCUUGCCUUGUGGUUAGAGAAGCUAUCCGUGUUGAUGGAGGUCAGUACACUUUGCUGGUAAAGAAUGUUGGAGGAGAAAAAUCUGUUAACAUUAAUGUCAAGGUCCUGGACAGACCAGGUCCACCUGAUGGCCCUAUCUCCAUCUAUGGGGUAACCAGUGAGAAAUGCACCAUCGCCUGGAAAUCGCCCCUGCAAGAUGGAGGUAGCGAUGUGUCCCACUACAUUGUUGAGAGGAGGGAAACCAGCCGACUGGUUUGGACUGUCGUUGAACAAAAAGUUCAGACACUGAACCUGAAGAUCACAAAACUUCUUCCUGGUAAUGAGUACAUCUUCAGAGUGAUUGCAGUCAACAAAUACGGAGUUGGUGAGCCGCUAGAAUCUGAGCCAAUGAUCGCCAGAAAUCAGUUUGUCACUUCCAACUCACCAACAGAUGUAGAAGUCUCCACAAUCACCAAAGACUCAAUGGUGGUGACCUGGGAUAGACCGACUAACGAUGGUGGCAGCUCCAUUCAUGGAUACAUUGUUGAGAAACGUGACAAGGACGGCGUGAGAUGGACCAGGUGCAACAAGCGGACAGUGAGUGAGCUGCGCUUUAGAGUGACAGGGCUCCUAGAAAACCACAGCUAUGAAUUCAGAGUUGCUGCUGAAAAUGCUGCUGGGGUUGGAACACCUAGUGCACCCACUGUGUACUACAAAGCAUUGGAUCCUGUCUUCAAAGCAGGCCCGCCAAACAACCCCAAGGUGGUGGACACAUCUAGGUCCACUGUUUCUCUGACGUGGAGCAAACCCAUCUAUGAUGGUGGCUGUGAGAUUCAGGCUUACAUUGUUGAGGCCUGCAAUUCAGCAACUGAUGAGUGGUUUAUGUGCACUCCUCCAACUGGAAUCACAGACACCAAGUUCACAGUAAAAAAGCUUCUGGAGAAGCACGAAUACCAAUUCAGAGUUUGCGCCAUCAACAAAGUUGGUGUCGGGGAGCAUGCUGAUAUCCCAGGAAAGAUUAUGCUGGAGGAAAAGCUGGAGGCUCCAGAUCUUGACUUGGAUAGUGAUAUGAGAAAGAUGAUCAACAUCAGAUCAGCAAGUACUCUCAGGCUGUUUGUUCCCGUAAGAGGUCGUCCAGCUCCUGAGGUGAAAUGGGGGAAGGCUGAGGGUGAAAUUAAAAAGACUGCCCUGAUUGACAAUACAAGCAGCUAUGCUUCACUUGUCAUUGAGAAUGUUGACAGAUUUGACACCGGCAAGUACACUCUGACUGCAGAGAAUGCCAGCGGAGUGAAGUCGGUCUUCAUCAGUGUCAGAGUCUUGGAUUCACCUGGUCCACCGGCUAACUUCUUGGUGAAAGAGAUCACCAAGAAUUCCGUCACUCUCACAUGGGAGCCUCCACAUCUGGAUGGCGGCUCAAAGAUAAAGCAUUAUAUUGUUGAGAAACGUGAGAGCACUAGGAAAGUUUAUUCCCCCAUCACCACCUGCAACAAGAUGUCAUGGAAAGUUGAGCCUCUUCCAGAGGGUGGAAUCUUCUUCUUCAGAGUCCUGGCCGAGAAUGAAUAUGGCGUGGGGCUCCCUGCUAAAACCAUAGAACCACUUAAGAUAUCUGAAAAGCCUCAGCCACCGGGUAAAGUCAGUGUGGUUGACGUCACUUGUAGCACCGUAUCUCUUACCUGGGAGAAGCCUGAGCAUGACGGCGGCAGUAGGAUCAGUUACUAUGAGGUUGAAUUGGCUCCUAAGGACAGCGAAAAUUGGUCCCUGUGCGCUAGUGGAAAAGCACUGGAGACUGUAGUGACAAAUCUGCUCAAGGGAGAGGAGUACCAGUUCAGAGUUUUUGCCGUGAAUGACAAGGGCAAAAGUGACCCCAGACAACUGGCUCAAUCUGUUUUAGCUAAGGACCUUGUUAUUGAGCCUUUCGUUAGACCCCAUAUGAGCUCCUACAGUGUCCAGGUGGGGUAUGACCUGAAGAUUGAGGUGCCAGUUGCUGGUCAUCCAAAGCCAACCAUCACGUGGUCAAAGGAUGGAGCAGCCCUCAAGCAGACCACCAGAGUCAAUGUCACUGACUCGGCACGUCACACCACCCUCACCAUAAAAGAUUCCGCCAGAGACGAUGGAGGCAUGUACAGUAUCAAUAUUGUCAAUGCCCUGGGUUCUAAGGAUGCCACAAUUGAGGUAAUUACCCUAGACAAACCAGGCCCACCAACAGGCCCUGUCAAAUUUGAGGAUGUUAGUGCUGAGAGUAUGACUCUUAACUGGGAGCCUCCGACAUAUACGGGUGGUUGCCCGAUCACCAACUAUGUUGUGGAAAAGAGAGACACAACAACAACUAACUGGAUGGUCUUAUCUGCCACUCUGGCAAGGACCACGCUAAAAGUGAGCAAUCUGAAGACCGGUAGUGAAUACCAGUUCAGAAUCUAUGCUGAGAACAGAUUGGGAAAGAGUUAUGCAAUCGAUUCAGAGCCUGUUGUGGCUCGGUAUCCGUUCCAGGAGCCUGGCCCUUCGGGAACACCAUUUGUGUCCACAUAUUCUAAAGACUACAUGGUGGUUGAGUGGCACAAACCCCCAUCGGAUGGAGGAAGUGCCAUUUUGGGCUACCAUCUGGAGAGAAAGGAGAAGAACAGUAUCCUCUGGACCAAGAUCAACAAAAUGCUCAUCCAAGACUGCAGGUACAAAUCUGCUCCUCUUGAGGAAGGCAUUGAGUAUGAAUACAGAGUCUAUGCUGAGAAUAUUGUUGGCAUUGGAAAAUGCAGCAAAGUCUCUGAGGUUUAUGUAGCCCGUGACCAGUGUUAUCCCCCUGGCCGCCCUGACGCGGUGAUUGUGACCAGGCACUCAGUGAAGCUGAGGUGGACGGCUCCGGAGUAUAAUGGUGGAAGCCUUAUCACAGGCUAUGUCGUGGAGAAACGCGACCUUCCUGAGGGAAAGUGGAUGAAGGCCAGCUUUGCGAACGUCAUUGAACAUGAAUUCACAGUGACCGGUCUGACGGAAGACAGUAAAUAUGAUUUCCGAGUAAUAGCAAGGAAUGCAGCUGGUGCUGUCAGCAAGCCCUCUGAGAGUACGGGAUCCAUCACAGCCAAGGAUGAAAUUGAGCAACCUAAGUGUGAGACGGAUUCUAUGUACAACCAGACCAUUGUCCUCAAUGCUGGUGAGACUUUCAGUCUGGAGGCCAGUGUGGAGGGAAAACCCGUCCCCAAAGCUCAGUGGUUCAAGGGAAAUGUUGAAGUUGAAAACUCAGCACGAGCUGAGAUCAAAAAUACAGAUUUUAAGGCUUUGCUCGUUGUGAAGGAUGCCAUCCGAGUGGAUGGUGGACAGUACACGCUUGUUGUGACUAAUGUGGCUGGAAGUAAGACUGUCCCAUUCAGCGUCAAGGUCCUGGACAGACCAGGUCCCGCAGAGGGACCUCUCACCGUCAGCAAUGUGACUGAGGAGAAGUGCUCCCUGUCAUGGUUGCCCCCCAGGCACGAUGGAGGAGCAAGCAUUUCUCACUAUGUCAUUCAGAAGAGAGAAACCAGCCGCCUGGCAUGGACCUUAGUCUCCAGUGACUGUGGAGCUACCAUGUUCAAGGUUACCAAACUGUUGAAGGGCAACGAGUACAUCUUCAGAGUCAUGGCUGUCAACAAAUACGGAACGGGCGAGCCUCUUGAAUCAGUGCCAGUCAUCAUGAGAAAUCCAUUUGUUCCCCCCGGCUCACCUCAGGAGCUUGAGAUCACUAACAUAACCAGAGACUCCAUGACCGUCUGCUGGAACCGCCCGGAGGCAACUGGAGGCAGUGAAAUUGUUGGUUACAUCGUUGAGAAGAGAGACAGAGCUGGAGUGAGAUGGACCAAGUGCAACAAGCGUAGGGUGACAGACUUACGUUUCAGAGUGACAGGAUUGACUGAGGACCAUGAAUAUGAAUUCAGGGUAUCUGCUGAGAAUGUAGCUGGAGUGGGUCUACCAAGCCCGUCUACAUCUUACCUCAAGGCCUGUGACCCCUCCUUUGAACCGGGCUGUCCAUCCAAUGUCCAUGUGGUCGAUGUGACUAAAAACACCAUUGGUCUGGCUUGGCACCGGCCCAUCUACGACGGUGGUUGUGAGAUUCAAGGAUACGCUGUGGAAAUUACUAAGGCCGAUGAAGAGGAAUGGAGCAUAUGCACUCCACCUACUGGAGUCAGUGAAACCAGGUUUACCAUCACUAAGCUGACGGAGCACCAGGAAUACAAGGUGCGCAUAUGUGCCAUCAACAAGCUAGGUGUGGGUGAGCCCACCGAGGUCGAAGGAGUUGUGAAACCAUUGGACAAGCUUGAUCCUCCUGAGGUGAUUCUGGAUUCAGAGCUAAGGAAAGGAAUAGUUGUCCGUGCAGGGGGCUCAAUGAGAAUCUGCAUUCCAUUCAAAGGCCAUCCUACUCCUGAGAUCAGCUGGGCCAAGGAGGACAGAGCACUGCCCAGUAAAGCUCGGAUAGACUCUAAUGAAGAAUGCUCACAGCUCUCCAUUGAUAUCUGUGACAAAUAUGAUGCUGGAAAAUACAUCCUCCACUUGGAAAAUACCGCAGGCACCAAGUCAGCUUUUGUUUCUGUUAAAGUUUUGGACACGCCAGGGGCCCCUUUGAAUCUGACCGUAAAAGACAUUAAGAGGGAAAGUGUCACUUUGACCUGGGAGCCUCCUCUUAUUGAUGGAGGUGCAAGAAUCAAGAAUUACCUUGUUGAAAAGCGUGAGUCAAACAGGAAAGUUUACUCCAACGUGGACAGCAAAUGCACAAAGACAAGCUACCGUAUAACUGGUCUCACUGAGGGGCAAAUCUACUAUUUCAGAAUCUUGGCGGAGAAUGAGUUUGGUGUUGGACAGCCAGCUGAGACAGAAGACUCUGUUAAGACCUCUGAGUCUCCUCUACCAGUUGGUAAAGUCACUUUAACUGAAGUUUCCAAAACCUCUGCCUCGUUCUCCUGGGAGAAGCCAGACCAUGAUGGCGGCAGCCGGAUUAUGGGCUAUUACAUCGAGAUGCAGCCGGUGGGUUCAGAAGAGUGGGUGGUGGCCGCCACAACCAAAGCUUGUGAGGGAACUGUCACAAGCCUGAGCGCUGGGCAUGAGUACCUCUUCAGAGUGUCGGCCUUCAAUGAAAAGGGCAAGAGUGACCCCAGGGCUCUGGCUGCACCAGUCACUGCUAAAGAUGUUACUAUGAUGCCCGGCUUUAAGAUGGCAUUCAACACUUACAGUGUACAGAACGGUGAGGAUCUGAAGAUAGAGAUUCCAGUGAUUGGGCGCCCUGUUCCCAGUGUUGAAUGGAAGAAGGAUGGACACGCUCUAAAGGAGACAACUAGACUAAACGUAUCCAGAACACUGUCAUCUACUAAGCUGUGCAUCAAGGAUGCAAAUAGGGAAGAUUCUAGUAAAUACACCAUCACAGCCACCAGUAGUGUUGGAACAGCUUCAGAGGAGAUUACCGUGAUCAUCCUUGAAAAGCCCGGCCCUCCCACAGGCCCUGUGAAGAUAGAGGAGGUGAGCUCCAACUAUGUCAAUCUCUCCUGGGAGCCACCAGAGUAUACUGGAGGCUGUCAAAUCAACAACUACAUUGUGGAAAAGAAAGAUACCACCACAACAGCAUGGCAGAUUGUGUCUGCUACCAUUGCCAGAACAACCAUUAAAGUCACCAAUUUAAAGACUGGAACUGAGUAUCAAUUUAGAGUCUCGGCUGAGAAUAGAUAUGGAAAGAGUUCUGCCAUUGUCUCUUCCAAUGUUAUUGCUCAGUUUCCAUUCAGUGUGCCUGCUGCUCCUGGAACACCAAUUGUUUCUGCUGCAACCAAGGAGAACAUGGUUGUUGAGUGGAAAGCUCCUCCCAACAACGGAGGUAGCCCAGUCUUAGGCUAUCACCUUGAGAGAAAAGAGAAGAACAGCCUCUUGUGGACCAAACUCAACAAGCUUCUAAUCCCAGACGCACGUUUCAAAACUUCAGACCUGGAAGAAGGCAUUGAGUAUGAAUUCAGAGUUUAUGCUGAGAACAUUGCUGGACUCGGCCCAGUUAGCAAGGUCUCACAGAGCACAGUAGCCAGGGACCCCUGUGACCCACCAGGCACUCCUGAGGCCAUUGAUAUCACCAGAAAUCAUGUGACGCUUCAGUGGACAAGGCCUCAAUAUGAUGGAGGCAGUACAAUCACUGGCUAUGUGAUUGAGAGGAAGAAGCACCCAGACACCCGCUGGAUGAAGGCCAGCUUCACCAACAUCAUUACUACACAGUACACACUCACCGGCCUGACUGAGGGCUGUGUUUACGAGUACAGAGUCAUUGCCAGGAACGCUGCUGGGAUUUUCAGUCGACCCUCUCCGAGCACAGGAGAGAUUACCGCCAAAGAUGACAUUGUGGCUCCAGAGGCCACCAUGGAUUCUAAAUUCCAGAAUACUACUGUUGUUAGUGCCGGUGAGACGUUUGUCAUUGACGCUGAUUAUACCGGCAAGCCUCUGCCUGAAGUAAUUUGGUUAAAAGAUCAGAAAGAGAUUGACAAACUUACACAGAGAAUGGAGGUCAACACCACCCUCACACGUACUAUCCUGACGGUCAAGGAUUGCAUCAGAGUCGACGGUGGCCACUUUUCCCUCAAACUUGUGAAUGUAGGAGGAGUCAAGAUAGUCCCAGUUAAUGUUAAAGUUCUGGAUAGACCUGGUCCUCCAGAUGGUCCCCUGGAAGUCAAAGGGGUCACAGCAGAAAAAUGUUAUCUGCACUGGAACCAUCCCUCACAUGAUGGUGGAGCCAGCAUCUCUCACUACAUAAUUGAGAAGAGAGAGACCAGUCGUUUGUCAUGGACCAUGGUUGAGCCCAAGAUCCAGGCCAUCAGCUACAAAAUCACAAAACUGUUGCCUGGCAAUGAAUACAUAUUUAGAGUCACUGCUGUCAAUAAAUAUGGCAUUGGUGAACCUUUGGAAUCUGGGGCUGUUAUUGCUCGUAACCCCUUCACCAUUCCCAGUUCCCCCUCCACCCCAGAGACCAGCGCUAUCACGAGGGACUCCAUUGUGCUUACAUGGGAGAGACCGGAGCACAAUGGAGGAGCUGAGGUUGAAGGCUACAUCCUUGAAAAACGUGAUAUGGAUGGCAUCAGAUGGACUAAGUGCAAUAAGAAGAGACUGAGUGACCUGAGAUUCAGGUGCAGUGGCCUAACAGAGGGACACUCCUAUGAAUUCAGGAUCUCAGCUGAAAAUGCUGCAGGUGUGGGAAAGCCUAGUCCACCGACUGAAUACAUCAAAGCCUGUGAUGCCAUUUAUCCACCAGGCUCUCCGAAUAACCCCAAAGUCACUGGCCAUUCAAGCACCACAGUUUCACUGUCCUGGUCCAGGCCAAUCUAUGAUGGUGGAGCAUCGAUAAGUGGAUAUGUUGUUGAAAUGAAGGAGGCAGCAGAUGAUGAAUGGAUCACCUGCACACCACCCACUGGUGUUCCGGCUACUCACUACACUGUAAAGCAUCUGAAGGAGAAUGCAGAGUACAACUUCCGCAUCUGCGCGAUUAACUGUGAGGGUGUAGGAGAGCAUGUGGACCUGUCUGGUUCUGUGAUCGCCGCAGAGAAGCUGGAGGCUCCUGAAAUAGAACUAGAUGGAGACCUGAGGAAGAUGGUCAAUAUCCGUGCCUCCGCCACUCUGCGUCUGUUUGUGCCUAUCAGAGGAAAACCAGAGCCAGAGGUCAAAUGGUCAAAGGCCGAGGGCGCUUUGAAUGAGCGUACCCAGAUUGAAGUCACAGGCUCCUACACAAUGCUGAUGAUUGAGAAUGUCGAUAGAUUUGACACUGGAAAAUAUGUACUGAACCUCGAGAACCUCAGUGGUUCUAAAUCAGCCUUCAUCAAUGUCAGAGUUCUGGACUCCCCCAGCGCUCCUACCAACCUGGUGAUUAAGGAUGUGAAGAGAACUUGUGUCUCUCUCUCCUGGGAACCUCCUUCAAUAGAUGGUGGGGCUAAGAUAUCCCACUAUAUUGUUGAGAAGAGAGAUCAGAAGAGAAUGGCCUUCACUAGUGUUUGCACCAACUGCGUGAGGAACUCUUACCUGAUUUCUGACCUGCAGGAGGGAGGCCGAUACUAUUUCCGCGUGUUGGCUGUCAACGAGCUCGGAGUAGGUCUGCCUGCCUCCACAGAACAAGUCAAGGUGGCCGAGGCUCCUUUGCCUCCUGGGAAGAUUGUCCUGGUUGACGUAACUCGUCAUACGGUCUCUCUUUCCUGGGAGAAGCCCGAUCAUGACGGAGGCAGCAAGAUUACAAACUUUAUUGUUGAGAUGCAGCCAAAGGGAGAUGACAAAUGGUCUGUGUGCAGUGAAGUCAAAGCACUGGAAGCUACAAUUGGUGGACUCACAACUGGUGAGGAAUAUUCCUUCAGGGUCACUGCUGUCAAUGAUAAGGGGAAGAGUGAUGCUAAGCCUCUGGCCACCCCCGUGUUAGUGAAAGACAUCACAAUGGAGCCCGUUAUCAAGCUGUUGUAUGACACAUACAGUGUAAAAGCAGGAGACGACCUGAAGAUCGAUGUUCCCUUCAGAGGUAGACCGCAGCCUGAGGUGUCCUGGAAGAAGGACGGCCAAGUGCUUAAGCAGACAACAAGGGUUAAUGUCGUUACUUCAAAGACCUCAUCCAAGAUUGUCAUAAAGGAUGCAACCAAAGAUGAUGUCGGGAAGUAUGUGAUUACUCUGACAAACUCAGUUGGCACCACCACAGCUGGAAUAUCUGUUGUAAUUCUAGACAAACCCGGCCCGCCCAGCAACAUUAAGAUGGAUGAGGUGAGCGCUGACUUCAUCUCUCUGUCAUGGGAUCCUCCAACCUAUAAUGGUGGAUGUCAAAUCAACAACUAUGUUGUGGAGAAGAGAGACACUACCACAACAUCAUGGCAGAUUGUCUCCGCCACAGUAGCCAGGACAUCAAUCAAGGUGUCUCGUCUCUCUCAGGGAACCGAGUAUCAGUUCCGCAUUGCAGCUGAGAACCGUUAUGGCAAGAGUUCUGCACUUGACUCCGCUCCCGUUACUGCUCAGUAUCCCUUCGAGCCUCCUAGCCCUCCGACCAAUGUCCAUGUCUCCCAUGCCACAAAGUAUGGAAUGCUCGUGGUAUGGGGCAGACCUGCCACUGAUGGUGGCAGCCCUGUAACUGGUUAUCACAUUGAAUGCAAAGACCAAAGCAGCAUCCUCUGGACCAAGGUCAACAGAGGUCUGCUGGCUGAGAACCAGUUUAAAAUGACAGGCGUUGAAGAAGGCCUGCUGUAUCAGUUUAGAGUCUAUGCUGAGAAUAUGGCUGGAAUUGGUCCUUGCACUAAAGCCAGUGACCCUGUGCCAGCCCGGGAUCCAUGUGAAUCUCCACGUAACCUUAGAGUCACCAACAUCACCAGGACCUCAGUUUCCCUCUUCUGGGAGAAGCCAGAGUAUGAUGGCGGAAUAAUGGUGACCGGGUACAUUGUUGAGCGUAAAGAACUUCCCAACGGCCGCUGGCUUAAAUGCAACUUCACCAACGUGCAAGACACCUACUACGAUGUCACAGGCCUCACAGAAGAUGUCCAAUAUGACUUCCACGUCAUUACUAAGAAUUCUGCAGAGCUGUUGAGUGCUCCCUCGGAGAGCACUGGUCCUGUCACGGUCAAGGAUGAUGUUGACCCUCCCACUAUUAUCCUGGAAGAUAAAUUCAGACAGCUGGUUGUCACUAAGGCUGGAGAGAUCAUUCGAAUUGAUGCCGAAAUCACGGGCCGUCCACUCCCAGUUGUAUCAUGGUCAAAGGAUGGAAAGGAGAUUGAGGAGAAGGCCAGGUGUGAAGUCACCUCCACCAACUUUGCAACAACGCUGAUUGUAAGAGACGCUAUCAGGAGGGACUCUGGCCAGUACGUGCUGACCUUACACAAUGUUGCAGGAACCAGGUCUGUUGCUAUCAACUGCAAAGUUCUGGACAGACCUGGACCUGCCUCUGGACCUUUGGCAGUAACCGGUCUAACGGGCGAGAAAUGCACCAUAAACUGGGGCCCCCCCCAGGAGAACGGCGGUGCAGAAGUUAUGCACUACAUUGUGGAGAAACGUGAGACCAGUCGUCUCACCUGGACUCUUGUCUAUGGUGACAUGAAGGCAACGACCUGUAAGGUGACCAAGCUGCUCAGAGGAAACGAGUACAUCUUCAGAGUUCGGGGGGUCAACAAAUACGGGGAUGGUGAGGCCCUGGAGAGUGAGCCAACAAGGGCCAUACAUCCUUUCACUGUGCCCACCGCUCCCACUAAUGUACAGGUCACCUCAAUUACCAGCGAGGCAAUGACCAUUUGUUGGGAAAGACCAGUUUCUGAUGGCGGCAGCAGUAUCUCUGGCUACGUCAUUGAAAAGCGGGAAAAGACCGGCCUUCGCUGGUGCCGUGUCAACAAAAAACCUGUUUAUGACCUCAGAGUCAAAGCUUCACACCUUCGGGGUGGCAGUGAGUAUGAGUACAGAGUGUUUGCAGAGAACUCCGCAGGCCUGAGUGCUCCCAGCGUGGCUUGCCCACUUACAAAGGCUGAAGAUCCUCUGUUUCUGCCUUCACCCCCCGCUAAGCCAAAGAUCAUCGACUCUACAAAGACAACAGCCACCCUGUCGUGGAAUAAGCCACUAUUUGAUGGUGGAUCCCCUGUGACCGGCUACAGAGUCAAAUACAGGAAUACUGUAGAUGAUGAAUGGAUUACUGCUGUCCAGAAUACCAAGAACACAGAGUUUACAGUGGUGGGAUUGACACCUGGGGCAGAAUAUGUGUUUGUUGUUAAGUCCAUUAACAAGAUCGGAGCCAGCGAGCCCAGUCCUGAAUCUGACAAACAGGUUGCCAAAGAAAGAGAGGAGGAGCCAGUCUUUGACAUCAGCAACGACAUGAGGAAGACUCUUAUUGUGAAGGAUGGUAGCUCAUUCACUAUGACAGUACCCUUCAGAGGCAAACCCAUCCCCAGUGUUUCAUGGACUAAGCCUGAUAUUGAUCUUAGAGUUCGUGCGGUCAUUGACACCACAGACAGCUUCACCUCCAUCACCUUAGAGAAAGCAACUCGCAAUGACUCUGGCAAAUACACCAUCACCUUGUCUAGCGUAGCUGGAACAGCCACCUUGACACUCAACGUCAGAGUCUUGGAUUCCCCUGGACCUCCUGCCCAUGUACAGGUCAAGGACGUGACCAGGACUUCUGCUACUGUAACCUGGGACACCCCUGAGAAUGAGGGAGGAGGACCGGUCAAGACCUACCAUGUUGAUAUCCGUGAGGCCAGCAAAAAGGGCUGGACCAGGUUGACCGACACUUGCAGCAGACUGACAUACAAGGUGAUGGACGUGCUGGAGGGGGGAGUCUACUUCUUCAGAGUGACAGGCGAGAACGAGUACGGUGUUGGUGUUUCUGCUGAGACCAAAGAUGCCACCAAGAUCACAGAAAAACCAAGCCCACCACCAAAGCUGGGUGUGACUGAUGUUACCAAGGAGAGUGUGUCCCUUGUCUGGGCUAAACCAGAACAAGACGGAGGCAGCAGAGUUACUGGAUACCUGGUGGAAGCUCUGGAGAAUGGCCAGGAGAAGUGGGUUAAGUGUGGGCUGACCAAGUCCACCCACUUCACAGUGUCUGGUCUGAGGGAGAAUGCUGAGUACUUCUUCAGAGUCAGAGCAGAGAACCAUGCUGGCUUCAGUGAUAUUAAGGAAAUGCUCACCCCAGUAGUGGUCAAAGACCAGCUUGAAUCCCCUGAGAUCAACAUGAAGGACUUCCCCCACAACACAGUGUAUGUUAGAGCCGGCUCCAACCUCAAGUGUGAGAUCCCACUGACCGGCCGGCCCAUGCCCAAAGUCUCUCUGUCCAAGGAUAACGUCCCGCUCAAGUCAACAAUGAGGUUCAACUCUGAGGUUACCCCCGACGGCAUCAAGAUAACUCUGCGAGAGAGCAUUGCUGGAGACUCGGGACGCUACGAUAUCACUGCCUCCAACUCCAGUGGAACCACCAAAUCCUUUGUGAAUAUAAUGGUUCUGGACCGCCCCAGUGCUCCGGUUGGACCCGUGGAGCUGUCUGACGUCACAGAGGACAGCGUGACCCUGAAUUGGUUCCCACCCGUAUAUGAAGGUUGCAGCCCCAUCACCAACUACAUCAUCCAGAAGAGAGAGACCACCACGGCCAACUGGAUGGAUGUCUCUUCUGCUGUGGCCCGCUGCACCAUGAAGAUCAUGAAGCUGACCACUGGCCUGCAGUAUCAGUUCAGAAUCAGGGCUGAGAACAGAUAUGGAAUCAGCGAGCACAUUGACUCGCCGGCCGUCACUGUCAGCCUGCCUUACACUCUUCCUGAAGCUCCAUCAGCUCCAGAGGUCACUCGCGUAACCAGGGAGACCAUCACCAUAGCCUGGAAGGAGCCCCAGUCGGACGGCGGCAGCCAUGUGUUCGGAUACCAUCUCCAGAUGAAAGACCGGAACAGCCUCCUUUGGCAGAGGGUCAACAAAAUGGUGAUUCGUGCAAAUCACUACAAGGUCACCAACAUCAGUGCUGGACUCAUUUAUGAGUUCAAGGUAGCAGCAGAGAACGCGGCCGGAGUCGGUGCCUUCAGCAAGCUGUCUGAUGCAGUGCUGGCUAUUGAUGCCUGUGAGCCACCCACCGACGUCCGUAUAAGUGACAUCACCAAGAACUCCAUCAGCCUGGUCUGGCAGAGGCCGAAUUACGAUGGCGGAUCCCCAAUCACCGGUUACAUUAUUGAGAAGAGAGAGGGCGGUAACGCCAGGUGGUCCAAGACCAACCUCACCAAUGUCUCAGAAAGCCGCUUCACUGUGACCGGCCUGACCCAGGACGAGACGUACGAGUUCAGAGUCAUGGCCAAGAACGCCGUGGGCUCCGUGAGCAACCCGUCCAUGACAGCUGGACCGGCCACAUGUGUGGACACCUACGGUGCCCCGGAGAUUGAAAUACCUCAAGAGUACUUCAGUGAAGUCAAGCACAUGGCCGAAUCUAAUGUGGAACUCAAGUUUAAUAUCACAGCCAAACCUGCUCCCACUAUCGAGUGGUUUAAGGACGGCAGAGAGCUUGAGCAGACCACCCAGCUCUCUUUCAAACACACAUUCGAGUCCACCAGUUUGUUCCUGAAGGACACCACUCGCCUCAACUCUGGAGUCUACGAGGUGAAGGUGAAGAACUCCCUGGGGACCGCGAGCGGCGUCGUCAGGCUGCUUAUUCAAGACAAGCCAGGCCCCCCUGAUGGAGAGAUUCAGUUUAAGAAGGUGACAGCCGACAACAUCACCAUCAUGUGGUCGCCUCCUGCUGACGAGGGCGGCGCCAUGGUGACGCACUAUAUUGUGGAAAAAAGGGAGACCAGCAGGAUCAUGUGGUCCAUCAUCUCAGAGAAAUUGGUGGACUGCAUUGUUAACGUCCCCAGACUCAUCCAGGGCAAUGAGUACAUCUUCAGAGUCCGUGGAGUCAACAAGUACGGCGUUGGGGAACCACUGGAGUCCCAACCUGUAAUCGCAAAGAACUCAUUUGUUGCUCCCAGUGAGCCGUCCAAGCCCAAAGUGACCAUGAUCACCAAGUCCACCAUGACGGUGAUCUGGGAAAGGCCGGCAUUGGAUGGAGGCAGCGACAUCGACGGCUACUACCUGGAGAAGAGGGAAAAGAAGAGUCUGCAGUGGUUCAAGGUGGUGAAAGGCACCAUCAGAGACACCAGGCAGAAAGUCACCAACCUGUCAGAGAACAACGAGUACCAGUACAGAGUUUGUGCUGUCAACAAGGCUGGAGCAGGAAACUACUCUGAGGCUUCUGACCUCUACAAGGCCUACGACCCCAUCGAUCUCCCUGGUGAGCCAUCCAAGCUGCGUGUGGUGGACUCCACAAAGACCUCCAUCACCCUCGGCUGGGAGAAGCCCAUCUAUGAUGGCGGCAGUGAAGUCACACACUACCUUCUGGAGCAGCUGAACACAGAGGAACAGGAUUGGGUGACUGUCAACCCGCAGGUCAAGGCCUGCGAGUACGUUGUGUCUCACCUCAAACCAGGAAGCUACUACUUCUUCAGAGUCUUUGCUGUCAACUGCAAGGGCAAAGGAGAAGACAUCAAGAUGUACCAGCCUGUGCAGGCCAAAGAUAUAUUGGAGGAGGCCGAUUUGGACCUGGACGUUCCCAUGAAGACUCAGUACACCGCCAGGGCCGGCCGUGACGUGGUAGUGUUUAUCCCCCUGAAGGGACGCCCCACCCCCAACGUCACAUGGCGCCGUAACGACCGCAACAUCGCUGCUGACAACCGCUACACCAUCACUACCACUGAACGGGCCACCACACUCCUCAUCCCCAAGGUCACCCGCGAUGAUCGCGGCAAGUACCUGCUGGAGAUUGAGAACGGCGUGGGAGAACCCAAGAUAAUCUCCGUUUCCCUGAAGGUUCUGGACAGUCCGGCCACCUGCCAGAAACUGAUGGUCAAGAACGUGACCAGAGGAAAGCUUACCUUGAGCUGGGAGGCCCCUCUCAUCGAAGGCGGUUCACCGGUCACUCAUUACAUUGUGGAGAAGAAGGCCUCCACAAUGAAGGCUUACCAGGUGAUAAACGCCGAGUGGGCCAACACUUCUUACAAGGUGUCGGGCCUGGAGGAGGACAUAGCUUACUUCUUCCGUGUGUCUGCUGAAAAUGAGUACGGCGUGGGAGACACCUGCGAAACCAGCGAGCCUGUAAGAGCCACAGAGACACCAGGAGCUGUAAAGAACCUGGUGAUGGCCGACUCCACAAAGUCCUCCGUUACCCUGCAGUGGACCAGACCUGACCACGAUGGUGGCAGCUACAUCACCGAAUACGUCAUCGAGAAGAGAAGCUCGGAAGAAGCCAACUGGUCUUUGGGAGCGACAUGCAAGCGCUUGAACUGUGAGGUGACGGGACUCAAGGAGAACGCCGUCAUGGACUUCAGGGUGUUCGCCAAGAACGAGAAGGGCAACAGCGACUUCUCCAUGAUCACUGACAUCACAGUGAUGGACUUCAUCAUUCAACCCGAAGCCAGUCUAAGUGACUACCCCAAUUGUGAGCUGGCUGUUCGUGUUGGUCAGAACAUCCACAUUGAGUUGCCCUUCAAGGGUAAACCAAGACCUGCAAUCAGCUGGCUAAAGGAUAACUUGCCGCUGAAGGAAAGUGAUAAGAUCCGCUUCAGGACCACUGACAACAAGACCGCAGUCACAGUCAGAGGAGCCAAGAAGGAGAAUGCCGGCCAGUACACCUUGGUUCUGGACAACAGAGUGAUAAAGAAUUACUUUGACAUUAAUGUGACCACUCUGGGACCCCCCUCAGUGCCUGUUGGACCCAUCCGCUUCGACGAGAUUAAGGCUGAGAGUAUCAUCAUUUCCUGGGAUGAGCCGAAGGAGGACGGAGGUGGAGAGAUCACCUGCUACUGCGUGGAGAAGCGUGAGACCUCUCAGUCCAACUGGAAAAUGGUCUGCUCCAGUGUCGUCAGGGCUACCUUCAAGAUUCCCAACCUGGUGAAGGGAACUCAGUACCAGUUCAGAGUCCGUGCAGAGAACAAAUACGGGGUCAGUGAAUCACUCACCUCCUCAGAAAUCCUCGCCGAACACCAGUACAAACCUCCGGGGCCAGCAGCAAAGCCGGUAGCCUACAACGUCACCAGUGACGGGAUGACCAUCCGGUGGGAGACCCCAGGCUUCGACGGAGGCUCCCCCAUUCUGGGCUAUCAUGUUGAAAAGAAGGACAGAAACAGCCUCCUGUGGCAGAAGGUGAACUCCACCAUCAUCUCCAACAAGGAGUACCGGAUCACCGGCCUCAUAGAGGGCCUGGAGUACUCCUUCAGAGUGUACGCCGAGAACAAAGCCGGGCUCAGCCCCGUCAGCGAGCAGAGCAAACACGCGCUCGCCAUCUCCCCUGUUGAUCCACCUGGAAACCCCCUCUGCAUCGAUGUGACCAGAGACUCGGUCACCCUGCAGUGGGAAAUCCCCAAGAAGGAUGGUGGCAGCAGAAUUGUUGCCUACAGUGUGGAGCGGCGCCAAGGUAGAGGCAAAUGGCUGCGAUGCAACUUCACUGAUAUCUGCGAGACCCAGUACACGGUGACCGGUCUGUCCGCUGGAGACCGGUUUGAGUUCAGAAUCAUCGCCAGGAAUGCUGUGGGCACAGUGAGUCCACCUUCCAACUCCUCUGGAUACAUCAUGACCAAAGAUGAAAGCAUUACCCCUGAGAUCGAGUGGGCUCCAGACCAGGUGACCACCCUGAAGGCUGGUGAGAACAUCAUGCUCAACUGCAGCAUCACUGGGCGUCCCGUGCCCCAGGUCCUCUGGUAUAAGGAUGGCAAAGAGAUUGACAAGAGGACCAUGUAUGACAUCGAGAUUACUAGCGGCAUCGGCGCCAGCAGUCUUUUCAUCCGUGAUGCUGACAGGAACCACCGUGGCAUUUACACCGUGGAGGCCAAGAACAGCUCCGGUAGCAGGAAAGCUGACGUCAACGUCCGAGUACAAGACACCCCCGGACCUGUUGAUGGUCCCAUCCGAUUCACCGGUAUCACGGCUGAGAAGUGCACCGUGUGGUGGAACCCACCAGAGAACGACGGCUGUGCCGCCAUCACCCACUAUGUGGUGGAGAAGAGGGAGACAUCCAGGAUCUCCUGGGCUUUGGCCUCAUCCAAAUGUGAAGCCUGUUCUUUCAAUGCUGCCAACCUCAUCAAGGGCAACGAAUACCAGUUCAGAAUCUCUGCCGUGAACAAGUUUGGUGUUGGCAAACCACUGGACUCUGAUGCCAUCAUCGCACAGAUGCAAUACACUGUGCCCGAUGCGCCUGGUAUCCCAGAUGCAACUCACGUGACUGGAAACAGCAUCACCACGUGCUGGACCAGGCCCAGGUCUGAUGGAGGUAAUGAAAUCAAACAUUACAUCCUCGAGAGGAGAGAGAAGAAGAGCCUGCGCUGGGUGAAGGUCUCCUCCAAGAGGCCCAUCACUGAGCUAAGACACCGUGUCAUCAAUCUCACCGAGGGCAACGAGUACGAGUUCCGCGUCAUGGCUGAAAAUGGUGCUGGAAUCGGACCGGCCAGCAGUACUUCUAGACUCUUCAAAUGCAAGGAGCCGACCAGUGCUCCCAGUACCCCCACAUUAAUAAAGGUCACUGACUCCACCAAGUCCUCCGUCACCCUGGAAUGGACCAAGCCAGUCUUCGAUGGAGGCCUGGAAAUUAUUGGCUACAAUAUCGACAUGUGCAAGGCCAGCCUAGAGGAGUGGCACAGAGUCAACAACCAGUUGUGCAUCGACACCACUUACACUUCCAAGGGAUUGGUGCCCGGAGAGCUCUAUAAGUUCAGGGUCAGUGCUGUGAACGGCUCGGGGGAGGGCGACGCCUCGGUGAUGGCCAGCGCUGUUCAGGCUCUGGACAGACUCACGUCUCCUGAAAUCGAACUUGAUGCCAACUUCAAGCAGACUCACAUCGUGAAGAACGGCGGCACUGUCACCCUUCAAGUCACCUUCCGCGGCAAACCAGCUCCUCUCGCCACUUGGUCCAAGAUAGACGGUGAGCUGCCCGUCAUGGGCGAUAUCAGCACCACAGACUCCUCCUCCACGCUGACCAUCGAGGGCUGCACGAGAUACGAAGCGGGCAAAUACGUCCUGUCCCUGGAGAACAACAGCGGGCGCAAGGCCAUCACGUUCACCGUCAAAGUGCUGGACACACCCGGACCUCCGGGAGCCAUCACCUUCAAGGACGUUAUCCGGGGAGCCUUGACCAUUAUGUGGGAUGCCCCCACCAACGACGGCGGAGCCCGAAUCCACCACUACAUUGUUGACAAGCGCGAGGCCAGCCGCCUCGCCUGGCAGGAAGUCAGCAACAAGUCAUCCCGACAGAUGAUUAGGGUAACUGGUCUGGACAUUGGUGUGCCGUAUCUCUUCAGGGUGAUUGCUGUCAACCAGUAUGGCCAGGGAGAAGCUCAUGAGAUGACGGAGCCCAUCAUUGCCACAGAGGAACCUGCUCCACCCAAAAGACUGGAUGUUGUCGACACCACCAACUCCACAGCCUCCCUGGUGUGGCUGAAGCCCGAGCAUGACGGAGGCAGCCGCAUCAGAGGUUACAUCGUGGAAUACAGAGCUAAAGGAUCAGACCUCUGGGUUGUUGGUGGAGAGACCAAAUCCCAGAAGAUGCUGUUGGAGGGUCUGGUUCACAACACAGAGUAUGACUUCAGAGUCAAGGCCAAGAACGAUGCCGGAGUCAGCGAGCCUCAGGGCACCUUCGGCUCUGUGGUCAUUAAAGAGCCUUGCAUCGAACCAACCGCUGACCUCAGCAGCAUCACCAACCAGCUGGUCACCUGCAAGACCUCCAGCACCUUCACCAUCGACAUCCCCAUCAGCGGCAGGCCGGCACCAAAGGUCACCUGGCGGCUGGAGGAGAUGAAGCUGAAGGAGACCGACAGAGUCCUAAUCAGCACCACAAAAGAGAGGACCACUCUGGUGGUGAAAGACAGCAAGAGAAGCGACAGCGGCAAGUACUACCUGAGCCUGGAGAACGCUGCCGGCGUCAAGACGUUCACGGUGACCGUGGCUGUUGUCGGCCGACCAACUCCACCCACCGGCCCCGUGGACAUUUCUGGAGUCUCCUCGGAGUCCUGCAACCUGGCCUGGUCCGAGCCAGCCGACGACGGCGGCAGUGACAUCACCAACUACAUCGUGGAAAAACGAGAGUCCGGCUCUGCCUCCUGGCAGGUAGUGAACUCCAGUGUGAAGAGAACCACCAUCAAAGUGACUCACCUCACCAAGUAUAUGGAGUACACCUUCAGGGUCUGCGCCGAGAACAAGUACGGAGUCAGCAAGUCCACAGAGUCCGCUUCCGUUGUGAUCGAGCAUCCAUACGUUGCUCCAAGUCCUCCAGGUCGUCCAGAUGUGACAUCCGUGUCCGCCAGCGUCAUCGGCAUCAAAUGGGAGGUGCCAUAUGACGACGGCGGCAGCAAGGUGACUGGCUACUGGAUUGAGAAGAAGGAGAGAAACACCAUCCUGUGGGUGAGGGAGAACAAGCUGCCCUGCCUGGAGUGCCACUACAAGGUGUCCAGCCUGAUCGAGGGCCUGGAGUACCAGUUCCGGGUGUACGCCAUGAACAUCUCCGGAUUCAGCAAGGCCAGCGGGGCUUCCAGACCCGUGGUGGCACUCAAUCCUGUUGAUCCUCCCGGUAAACCCGAGGUGACAGACAUCACCCGGUCCUCCGUGUCCUUGUGCUGGACCGUGCCGCAGAACGACGGCGGCAGCAGGAUCGUGGGCUACGUGGUGGAGAGGAAGGUCCACUGCGAGGACGAGUGGGACGACAACCGCUGGCUCAAGUGCAACUACACCACCAUCAGCGAGAACUACUUCACCGUCACCAACCUGGGAGAGGGGGAGACCUUCGAUUACCGUGUCGUUGCCAAGAACGCCGCCGGCGUCCACAGUGCCCCCUCUGAGGUCACCGGGCCGGUCACCUGCAAGGAUGAAUACUCUCCUCCUAAAGCUGAGCUGGACGGUAAGCUGCUGGGUGAGACCAUCACUGUCAACGCCGGCUCGGACGUGGUCCUGGACGGCGCUGUGGGGGGCAAGCCGGAGCCCACGGUCUACUGGGCAAAGGGCGACACGAUUUUGGAGCUGGGUGAGAAAUACUCGCUGACCUACACCUCCAGCAGAGCCAUGGCCGUCAUCAAGAGCUGCGACAGGUACGACACAGGCCGAUACGUCCUGACCGCCAAGAACGCCAGCGGAAUCAAGACCGUGGCCGUCAGCGUCAAAGUUCUGGACACUCCCGGGGCUCCGACGGAUAAGAUCGCCAUCAGCAGAGUGACGGAGGAGAAGUGCACUGUGUCCUGGAAGAUUCCUCUGGAGGACGGCGGCGACACCGUCAGCCAUUACAUCGUGGAGCGCCGCGAGACCAGCCGUCUCAACUGGGCCAUCGUGGAGACAGAGUGCAAGGCGCUAUCGUGCGUCAGCUCCCGGCUGAUCAAGGGCAACGAGUACGUCUUCAGGGUCAGAGGAGUCAACAAGUUUGGGCCCGGAGUUCCUCUUGAGUCCGAUCCCGUCAUCGCCAGGAACGCCUACACCUUCGCCUCCCAACCGGGCACUCCGGAGGCCACUGCGGUGGGCAAGGAGCAUGUCGUCAUCGAGUGGCUGAAGCCCGAGAGCGACGGAGGUAGCGAAAUCAAAACCUACCUGGUGGACAAGCGAGAGUCGAGCAGCACCAGGUGGACGCGGGUGAACAAGAACUUCACCAUCUACGACACCCGUCUGAAGAUCACGGGCCUGCUGGAGGGAAGCGAGUACCAGUUCAGGGUGACGGCCGUCAACGCUGCCGGGGACAGCCAGCCGAGCGACGCCUCGGCGUACAUUCUCUGCAAAGAACCCACAUACACCCCGGCUCCACCAUCGAUGCCUCGCAUCACCGACACCACCAAACACAGCAUCAGCAUGACCUGGACCCGGCCCAUGUACGACGGCGGCUCCGACGUCAGCGGCUACGUGGUGGAGAUCCUGGAGGAGGGAACGGAGCAGUGGUACCGCGCCACGGCCAAGGCCCUCAAGACCAACGACUACGUGGCCGCCGGCCUGGCGUCCAACAAGAAGUACAGGUUCAGAGUAGCAGCCAUCAACAGCAAAGGCACAGGGGAGUUCAGUGAAGCGAGCGCCGAGGUGGAGCCGCUGGAGAAGAUCGAAAUGCCCGAUCUGGAGCUGGCCGAGGACCUGAAGAAGACGGUAUGCCUGCGCGCCGGAGGAACCAUGCGCCUCCUCGUGUUCGUCAGCGGCCGUCCGCCCCCUGUGGUGAGCUGGAGGAAGACGGGCGUGGAGCUGCAGACCCGCGGCUACAUCGAGAACACCGACAGCUUCACCGCACUGACGAUGGAGAACAUCAACCGCUAUGACUCGGGGAAGUAUGUUGUGGAGGCGGAGAACCCGUCCGGCAAGAAGUCGGCCACCAUCCUGGUUAAAGUAUACGACACGCCUGGUCCUCCAGGUUGUGUGAACGUGAAGGACUAUACCAAGGAGUCGGUCGUGAUCACCUGGGACGUCCCGAGCAUCGACGGCGGCGCUCACGUCAGCAACUACAUCAUCGAGAAGCGUGACGCCAACAUGAAGUCGUACAAGACCGUCACCACCGAAUGUAGGAAGACGCUGUUCAGGAUCAGCGGUCUGGAGCAGGGAGUGCACUACUUUUUCAGGGUCCUGGCCGAGAACAUCUACGGCGUCGGCGAGCCCUGCGAGACGUCCGAGGCUGUGCUGCUGUGCGAGGUUCCGUCCGUACCUCAGGACCUACAGGUCCUCCAUGUCACCAAGUCCUCUGUCACGCUGCAGUGGAUGAAGCCCCUGCACGACGGUGCCAGCAGGCUGACAGGCUUUGUCCUGGAGGCCUGCAAGGUGGGGACGGACAGGUGGAGCGUCGUGGCAACAGUCAAGGCCUCCGUGUCCCAGCACAUCAUCCAGUCUCUGACUGAGAAAGAGCAGUACCUCUUCAGGGUUCGAGCCACCAACAGCAGAGGAACCAGCGAGCCCAUGGACACUGUCACUCCUGUGGUCAUUCAGGACAUCAAGGUGGUGCCGAAGAUCGACUUGACCAGCAUCCCUCAGAAGAUCGUCCAAGUGCACCGCGGUAAACCCGUCGACCUCACAAUCCCCUUCGAGGCCAAACCGCAGCCCGUCUGCUCCUGGUUCUUCGCCGGCGUCAAACUGAAGGACAGUCUGGACCGCAUCAAGAUCGACAGCAACGGAAAAUUCACCCACCUCGUCAUCCGCGAGACCACCAUCAACGACACGGGGAACUACUCGCUGGAGGUGAAGAACGCCGUCGGCACGGCGACUGAGGUCAUCAAGGUCAUCAUCCUCGACAAACCCGGCGUCCCGGUCGGGCCAGUGAGGAUCGAGGAGAAUGACGGCAUGUCGGUGAUGAUCAGCUGGGAGCCUCCGGAGAAGGACGGCGGUGCCAACGUCAGCGGCUACGUGGUGGAGCAGCGCGACGCCCACCGACCAGGCUGGAUCACCAUCUCCGAGUCGGUGACCCGGCCCUGUUUCAAGUUCACGCGCCUCAACGAGGGAACAGAGUACGUGUUCCGCGCCGCCGCCAUGAAUCGCUUCGGCGUCGGCAGCUUCCUGCAGUCUGAGGUGGUGGAGUGCAAGAGCGCGAAGACCAUCCCAGGACCCCCGAGCAGGCCAGUGGUGCUUGAUGCGACCCACGAGGGCAUGACCCUGACCUGGACACCGCCCGAAGACAACGGCGGCUCCACCAUCGCCGGCUAUAUCAUCGAACGUAAGGAGGCACGCUCUGACAGGUGGAUGAAGGUCAGCAAGAACCCUGUCACCAUGACCAGGUACCGCUCCUCGGGCCUGAUAGAGGGGCUGGAGUACGAACACCGGGUCACCGCCAUCAACUCCAGAGGAACUGGUAAACCCAGCGAGAGCUCUGACAUCACCGUGGCCAUGGACCCCAUCGAGCCUCCAGGUCCUCCACUUAAGCCCUGCGUCACCGACACCACCAGGACCUCGGUCUCUCUGGCCUGGCUGCCCCCCGAAGAAGAGGGUGGUGCUGUCAUUACUGGGUACUACAUCGAGAUGCAGAAGGUGGACCAGGUGGAAUGGACACUGUGCAACACCACGCCCACCAAGAUGUGCGAGUACACGCUGACCCACAUGCCUCAGGGCGCCGAGUACAAGUUCAGGGUCGUCGCCUGCAAUGCUGGUGGCACUGGAGAGCCUGCUGACGUUCCUGGAGUAGUUAAAGUCCAGGAGAUGCUCGGUCAUCCCGACUACGAGCUGGAUCACAGGUACGAGGAGGGCUACGUGGUGCGGCAGGGCGGAGUUGUCCAGCUGUCCGUGCCCAUCAAGGGUAAACCCAUCCCCACAUGCAAGUGGACCAAGGACGGUCGGGACAUCUCCCACCGGGCCAUGAUCGCCACCCACGAUGACAUCACAGAACUGGUCAUAAAAGAGGCGCAUAAAGACGACACCGGUACCUACGACCUGGUGCUGGAGAACAAAUGUGGCAGGAAGGCUGUGUACAUCAAGGUGAAGGUGAUCGGUCGCCCUGACAUCCCGGAAGGCCCUCUGGAGUUUGAUGACAUUCAGGCCAGAUCGGUCCGUGUCAGCUGGAGGCCACCGUCAGACGAUGGCGGCUCUGACAUUCUGGGAUACAUCGUGGAAAGGCGGGAAGUACCCAAAGCCGCCUGGUGUACAGUGGACUCCCGGGUCACUGAGACCUCACUGGUGGUGAAGGGCCUGAAAGAGAACGUGCAGUACCACUUCAAGAUCUCUGCCGAGAACCAGUUCGGCAUCAGCAGAUCUCUCAAGUCUGAUGAGGCCGUUACACCGAAAACACCACUCUGCCCACCGGAGCCUCCCAGCAACCCACCGGAGAUCAUGGACGUCACCAAGACCGUGGUGUCCCUGUCCUGGGCCCGGCCCCGGGACGACGGAGGCUCCCGAGUCACAGGAUACUACGUGGAAAGGAGGGAGGUGUCGACAGAGAAGUGGGUCCGACACAACAAGACCCACAUCACCACGACCAUGUACAACAUCACGGGUCUGAUCCCCGAUGCAGAGUACAUGUUCAGAGUGCUGGCUCAGAACGACAUCGGGCAAAGCGAGCCUGGUCCCGCCUCAGAGUCCGUGGUCUGCAAAGAUCCAUUCGACAAACCCAGCCAACCAGGAGAGAUCGACAUCAUCUCCAUCACCAAAGACUGCAUCACCAUCCAUUGGCUCAGGCCAGAGCAGGACGGUGGGAAGGAGAUUCUGGGCUACUGGAUUGAGUUCAGGCAGGCAGGAGAAAGUGCCUGGAAGAAAUGCAACCAGGAGCGCUCCAAAGAUCGACAGUUCACCAUGGGCGGUCUGAUGGAGGCCACCGAGUACGAGUUCAGGAUCAUCGCCGAGAACGAGACUGGACUCAGCCGACCUCGCCGCACGCCCAUGGGCAUCAAGACCAAACUGAGCGUUGGUGAGGUUCCAGCUCUGAAGGAAGAGAUCGCGGACGUGACCACCAAGCUCGGCGAGUCCGGCACCCUCACCUGUGGCAUCAUCGGCAGACCUCUACCUGAGAUCAAGUGGUACCGCUAUGGCAAGGAGCUGAUCCAGAGCCGCAAGUACAAGAUGAGCUCAGAUGGCCGUAACCACUCCCUCAGUGUCCUGACGGACGAGCAGGAGGACGAGGGCAGUUACACCUGCAGGGCCCUCAACGAGGCUGGAGAGGUGGAAACCAGUGGCAGGCUGCGACUGCAGGCGGCUCCCCAGUUCCACCCCGGCUUCCCUCUGAAGGAGAAGUAUUUCGCUGGGGCCGGGACCAGCCUCCGUCUCCACGUCGUCUACAUCGGACGUCCCAUCCCCCAGAUCAUGUGGUUCUACGGCAAGAAGCCUCUGAACGCAUCCGAGAAUGUUGUCAUUGAAAACACGGAGAGCUACUCCCACCUGGUGGUGAGGAACGUCCAGAGGAAGACCAACGCUGGCCGCUACAAGGUGCAGCUCAGCAACACGUACGGCACCGUGGACACUUCCCUGCGCGUUGAAAUCCAAGAUAAACCGUGCAUCCCUGAGGGCCCCAUCGUUGUCGACGCCCUGCUGAAGAGCUCCAUAGUCAUAAGCUGGAAGGCUCCAAAGGACGACGGAGGCUCCAUGAUCACCAACUACAUUGUGGAGAAACGUGAGGCCAAAGAAGGUGAACAGUGGCAACUGGUGUCCUCCUCUGUUUCUGGCACCACCUGCCGCGUCCCCAACCUGAUAGAGAGCGCCGGCUACUACUUCAGGGUCUCUGCCAAGAACCAAUACGGAGUCAGUGAGUCCCUGGAGAUCCCCUCGGUGGUCAUCGUUAAGAGUCCAUUUGAAAAACCUGGCAUUCCACAACAGCCCUUCAUCAUCAGCGCCGCCAAGGACUCCUGUGUGGUCUGCUGGAAGCCCCCAAGCAGCGACGGAGGAGCUAAAAUCUCUAGCUACUACCUGGAAAAACGUGAGAAGAAGCAGAACAAGUGGAUGUCGGUGACCAGCAAGAAGAUGGUUGAGACCAAUUACGAGGUUACAGGCUUGAUCGAAGGCUUUGAGUACGAGUUCCGCGUCAAGUGUGAGAACUUGGGCGGUGAAAGCGACUGGAGCGAGAUCUCAGCGCCCAUCACCCCCAAGUCCGACCAGUCUCCUCGUGCUCCUGCGUUCAGGGAGGAGAUCAGGGACAUGACCGUCAAAUACCAAGCCAAUGCCACCUUUGUCACCAAGGUGGUGGGAUAUCCCAAACCUUUGGUGAAAUGGUACCGCAGCGGAAAAGAGGUCGAGGCAGAUGGAACCAAGAUUAAAGCCCAAGAGUUCAAGGGAGGCUACUACCAGCUGGUCAUCACUGCCGCUGAGGAGACGGACGCCACCGUUUACCAAGUCAGAGCAACCAACUCCUCAGGAUCCAUCUCGACAACUGCCAACCUGGAGGUGGAAGUUCCUGCUAAGAUCCACCUGCCCAAGGACCUCCAGGGAAUGGGAGCAGUCCACGCCGUCCGUGGGGAUCACAUCACCAUUAAGAUCCCCAUCUCUGGCAAACCAGAGCCAGCCAUCACUUGGCAGAAGGGACAGGAGAUCCUCUCCAAUUCUCCGUAUCACCAAGUCAUCACCACCAGGUCUUUCACCUCUCUAGUGUUCCAGAAGGGAAUGGAGAGGAAGGAUACUGGCUACUACAUUUUGAUGGCAAAGAACAGAUUUGGGUCAGACAAGCAAACCAUUGAGGUGAAUGUGGCUGACAUACCCGAAGCUCCAAAGGCUCUGGUUGUCAGUGACAUUUCUCGGGACUCCAUUACCUUGACCUGGGAACCACCUGCCAAUGAUGGCGGAAGCGACGUAAUCAACUACAUAGUGGAGAAGUGUCCUACAACUGCUGACAGGUGGAUCCGUGCUGGACAGACCAGUGACUGCAGCAUUACCAUCAUCAACGUAUUUGGAAAGACCAAGUACCAGUUCCGCCUCAUUGCUGAAAACCGUCUUGGCCUGAGCCCUCCUUCUCCACCAACAGAGCCCAUCACCACCAAGGAAGACAAGUCUGUGAUCCGGAACUACGACGAGGAAGUGGAUGAAACCAGGGAGACCACCAAGGAGGAGGCUCUGUUCUACAAGGUCAAGGAGCUGUCCUCCAAGUACGUCAUCUCUGAGGAACUAGCUCGCUGCCAGUUUGGAGUGGUCCACCGUUGCACAGAGAUUGCCACGAAGAAGACCUUCAUGGCCAAGUCCAUCAAGGUCAAAGGAACCGACCGCGAGUUGGUUCUCAGAGAAAUUGAAGCUCUCAACGUAGCAAGGCACAUGAAUAUCAUCUACCUGCAUGAAUACUUUGAAAGCAUGGAGGAGAUCGUCCUGAUCUUUGAAUUCAUAUCUGGAGUUGACAUCUUUGAGCGUCUUGGCACAAGCAACUUCGAGCUCACGGAGCAGGAGAUUGUCCGCUACCUGAAACAGGUCUGCUCUGCCCUCCAGUUCAUGCAUAUCCACAACUUCGGCCACUUUGAUAUCCGCCCGGACAACAUCGUCUACACCACGAGGAGAAGCACCACCACAAAGAUCAUUGAGAUGGGCCAGGCUAGACUGCUGGUGCCAGGAGAAAACAUCAGAAUGCUGUUCUCUGCUCCAGAGUACUGCGCCCCUGAGAUCCACCGCCACGACAUGGUCACAACAGCCACUGAUAUGUGGUCUGUUGGUGUAUUGGCCUACGUGUUGCUCAGUGGCCUCAAUCCGUUUGGGGCAGAGUCCAUCACUCAGAUGGUUGAGAACAUCUCCAACUGUGAAUAUAUUUUCGACAGCGAAGCAUUCAAGGACAUCAGCCUGGAGGCGAUGGACUUUGUUGACAGACUUCUGGUCAGAGACAGGAAGGUCCGUAUGACAGCCCACGAGGCCCUAGAGCACCCAUGGCUCAAGAUGAAGAUUGAGAAUGUCAGCAACAAGGCCAUUAGGACAUUGAGACACAGAAGGUACUACCAAUCUCUGGUGAAAAGGACAGAUACCAUUGUAUCUGCAGCUCGUGUUGCCUACGGCGGCGCCUUUAAGAACCAGAGAGGAUUGGCCGUGGGUAAAGUGAAGAUUGGAACAGAGUACCGUGGCCUUCGCACCGGGCCAGUUAUGCACGGCUUUGCUGAAGAAGGUGGCCACGUCAGAUUCACCUGCAACAUCACCAACUACGACAAGAGUACUCAGGUGUCGUGGUACCACGGUAACCGUCAGCUGCACUCAAGCACCAAGUAUGAAAUGACUUACAGUAACGGUUUUGCCAGCAUCUAUGUGAAGGACAUUGAAGAGAGUGAUGAUGGGGUGUACAGAUGCAAGGUGGUGAGUGAUGAUGGAGAGGACAGUGCUAACGGAGAGCUCUUUGUCGAGACGGUGAGGAGCAUCAGAGAAUACUACAUCAGCCGCUCCAUCAAGAAGAUGAGGAGGAGAGUUGACAGGACCAGACUCCUGCAGAGGCCGCCCGAGUUUACUUUGCCUCUCUACCAUCGCUCUGCCUACAUCGGCGAAGACGUGCGCUUUGGUGUCACUAUCACCGUGCACCCGGAGCCUCACGUGACGUGGCUGAAGAAUGGGGAAAGACUAAAGCCAGGUGAAGAUGACAGGAAGUACACGUUCACCAGUGAUAAGGGUCUCUACCAGUUGAUGGUCCACAACCUGAGUUUAGAUGACGAUGCAGAAUACACUGUCAUGGCUCACAACAAGUUCGGAGAAGACAGCUGCAAGGCGCGUCUCACCGUGACACCUCAUCCCGUAACUGAGGAGACCAUGAGGCCAAUGUUCAAACGUCUGCUGGCUAACGUUGACUGUGUUGAGGGACACAGCGUCCGCUUGGAGCUCAGAGUCUCUGGAAGCCCAACUCCGACUCUGAAAUGGCAGAAGGACGGCCGUUCGCUGCAGUUCGGUCCCAAGGUUGUUGUCAUACAGGAGGACGUAGACUGCCACGUCUUACACAUCCGAAAUACUCUGCUCGAGGACGCUGGUGUGUACAUGGUUACUGCCACCAACUCCGCCGGCUCCGCAAGCUGCCAGGCUAUGCUGAAGGUGGAUCGCCUGACCUACACCAGGAAGGAGUACAAGAGUGAAGAGGAGAAAUACAGACACGUACAGAAGCAAAUUGAAAAGACAAACAAGAUGGCCCUGCAGAUUGUGGCCACCGAGGAGCUUGUACCUCUCAACCCAACCGCCCAGGAUGCAAUCAAGUUCGCUGCGGAGAUGUACAAGCCUGCGGUGGGUACCAAGAACGUUGAGGGUGAGUUUGACAUCACAGUGGAGAAGUCCACCACCAAGAAGCUGGAAGAGGAGAGGAGGAUCUUUAUGCCUUAUGAGAUACCAGAGCCUGUGAUCCAUGAUCCCAGAGCUCUGGAUGAGGACAAAGCCAUCAAACAGUUCAUGCCUCUCUCUGACAUGAAGUGGUAUAGAAAAAUUAGGGACCAGUACGAGGUUUCCGAGAAGAUGGAGAGGAUUGUGCAGAAGCGGCAGAGACGUAUUCGCCUCUCCAGGUGGGAGCAGUUCUACGUCAUGCCCCUCCCCAGAAUCACCGACCAGUACAGGCCAAGAUGGCGUAUUCCAAAACUCUCUCUGGAUGACUUGGAGACUGUGAGACCCGCCCGCCGUUCACCUUCUCCUGAAUCCGAGGUCUCCUUCAGAUCCAGAAGGAGAUCCUUGGGAGACAUUAGCGACCACGAGCUGCUGAUGCCUGUGGAUGACUACCUUUCUGUGAGGAGAGCAGAGGAGGAGAGUAUGAUGCUGGAGGACGAACUGGAGUUGGGCUUCUCUGCCUCUCCAACCCGCAGUCCUGUCCGCAUGGAGCGGCGUGGCAUGGAAGUUGAAGAGAGGGGGCAGGAGGUGAGGUACGAGGCCAUUGAGUUCGCUGAGACGAAGAAGAAACGCACAGUUUCUCAGUUCAUGAGAAGGAGAAGGUCACUUUCUCCCACGUAUAUUGAACUAAUGCGUCCAGUCUCACAGCUGAUCAGACCGUCACGCUCCAGGCCGCCUGUGGAAGUAGAUGGGGAGGUUGUGGAGAGGAGGUCCCCCACCCCCGAGAGAACCCGUCCCCGCUCUCCCAGCCCAAUCAAGUCUGUUGAAAGGUCAUCCCGCUCGUCUUCCAGGUUCGAGCGGUCUGCCCGCUUUGACAUCAUGUCCCGCUACGAGGCCAGAAAGGCCGCCCUGAAGUCAGAGAGGAAAUAUCAAGUGGUGAGCCAGACCCCGUUCAGCCUGGACCACGCACCCCGUGUGACUGUCAGGAUGCGCUCUCAUCGCAUACCGAUCGGCCAAGACACCAAAUUCACCCUGAACAUCCAAAGCAAGCCAGAGUCCGAGGUCAAGUGGCUACACAAUGGAACUGAGAUCAGCGACAGCAGUGAGAAAUAUGUCUUCACCAACAUGAGCGGUGUCUUGUCCAUCACCAUUCUGGACUGCCAGGAGGAGGACAGUGGCACGUACCGCUGUGUCUGCUCCAACUCCAAGGGAGAAGCUUCGGACUACGCCACCCUUGACGUGUCAGGUGGCGGCUACACCACCUUUUCCUCUCGCCGUAGGGACGAGGAUAUCCCCAAAGGAUAUGUCCCUGAAGUCACUAAGAUUGACCACUAUCACACCAGCCACUUCAAGGCUGGCUACGCUUCCCAGACCCAGCUUCAGGUGGAGGAGAGCAAGUCUAAGGUCACCAAGUCACAUGAGGUUGUGUCGCACGAGAGAUAUGCUGCCUCCUCAGAGAGGUACGAUUCGUCCAUCAAGUAUGCCUCCGCGGAUUACCUGUCAUCUGAUUCCUCCUACUCGUCUGAAGCAUUUUCUCUGACCGGGAAACGCACCUCGUCUGCUGCUAGAGUGAAGUCCUCUUCCGCUGAGGAAGUUACUGUCCACAAGACGAAGCCUUCUCUCUCUCCCAAAAUCCUCACCAAGCCCCAGUCUGUGACAGUUGCCGAGGGAGAGACCGCCAAAUUCUCCUGUGAUAUCGACGGGGAGCCCGCACCAACUGUGACGUGGAUGCAACAUAGCAGGACCAUGGAAUCGUCUCUGCGCGUCCAGGUCACCACCACUCAGUACAAGUCGAGCAUGGAGAUCCAGUCCGUGACGGCCUCCGACGAGGGCAGUUACAUGGUGGUGGUAGAGAACUUAGCAGGCAGACAGGAGGCGCACUUCACCUUGACCAUCCGCAGACCAGUUCCCAAAAAAGAGGUCGAAGCCGUCAGAUCCCCCGAGCCAUCGGUAAAGUCACCGGAGCCUUCAGUCACAUCACCUGCUCCCUCUCUAGCUUCACCUGUCCCCAGCAUCAAGUCCCCGGAGCCUUCAGUCAAAUCACCAGCUCCAAGUGUGAAGUCUCCAACGCAGAGUGUCAAAUCUCCUGAACCCAGACUCAAGUCACCACCACCAGCCAAGUCUCCGGAGAGAGUCAAAUCCCCAGAACCUGCUGGAAUCAAGACACCACAAAGGGUUAAAUCCCCAGAACCUGCCGGAAUCAAGACACCACAAGGGGUCAAAUCCCCAGAACCUGCCGGAAUCAAGACACCACUAGGGGUCAAAUCCCCAGAACCUGCCGGAAUCAAGACACCACUAGGGGUCAAAUCCCCAGAACCUGCCGGAAUCAAGACACCACUAAGGGUCAAAUCCCCAGAACCUGCCGGAAUCAAGACACCACUAGGAGUCAAAUCCCCAGAACCUGCCGGAAUCAAGACACCACUAGGGGUCAAAUCCCCAGAACCUGCCGGAAUCAAGACACCCAUAAGAGUAAAAUCUCCAGAACCUGCCGGAAUCAAGACACCACUAGGAGUGAAAUCCUCAGAACCUGCCGGAAUUAGGACACCACUAGGAGUCAAAUCCCCAGAACCUACCGGAAUCAAGACACCAAUAAGAGUAAAAUCCCCAGAACCUGCCGGAAUGAAGACACCACUAGGAGUAAAAUCCCCAGAACCUGCCGGAAUCAAGACCCCAAUAAGAGUAAAAUCUCCAGAACCUGCAGGAAUCAAGACUCCAAGAGGAAUGAAGUCCCCAGAACCUUCAGGAAUCAAAUCCCCUCUGAGGGUGAAGUCUCCUCCUCCAGUCCUGUCCCCCAAGAGGGUCGUGUCCCCGCUCACUGUGAAAUCCCCCAUCCCGAAACCCCCCAAAGUCCUGAGUCAGCUGAAGGCGGAGGCCAGCGAGGGCUCUGUGAGGAUGUCCUGUGUCUGCGAGAGCAGCGUCAGGGAGGCGGUGUGGUUUGUGAAUGGCAGGAAGAUCUCCCAGAGCAGCCGCUUUGAGAUGCACUACUCCGAGGGCUCCUGCAGCCUCCUCAUCCACAACCUGGCAGAUGGCGACCAGGGAGAGUACACCUGUGAGAUGACGUCAGAGGGAGGGGUCUCCAAAUCCUCCUUCUCAUUCAGCGGACAGGUGUUCCAGUCCAUGCGCGUGAAGAUCAGCGCCUACCACGAGCAGCAGUUGGCCCUCAAAGCCUCGGGAUCGAUGAUGAUGAGCCACAAGGAGUCUUCAUCGUCCGUGAGCUCCUCCAUGAUGAUGAAGAAGGAAACGCACAUGAUGGAGGAGUCGUCCUCUUUCUCCACGUCCUCCACCUCUGCCCAGCACGCCAUGAUGUCGUCCAUGAUAGAGUCCAGCUCUAUCAGCAGCAUGGCGGCCGAGAUGAAGAUUGAGACCAUGUCCAUGUCCAGCAUGUCCUCCAUGGCGUCUGAGAUGUACGCCAUGAGCUCUGGCAGCUCCUCCCACAUGGAGGGAUCUUCAUUCAGAGCAAUCGGCUCUGCGCCCAGGAUCGAGGCUCUGCCGGAGGACAUCAGCAUUGAGCCGGGAAAAGUCCUCACGGUCACCUGCGCCUUCUCCGGUGACGCCAAACACAUCCAGUGGUCCCGGGGCGGCAGAGCCAUCGAGGUGACGGCCGGCGGACGCUUCCACAUUGAGACCUCCGAGGACCUGACCACCCUCAUCAUCACUGGGGUGAAGGAGGAGGACGCCGGGACCUACACCCUGAAGCUGUCCAGUGAGCUGGGGUCUGACUCGGCCACCGUCCACAUCAGCAUUCGAUCGGUGUAGAAACCCCAAAAAACAACACAAUAAUCAAAGAUCCCCUUUUCCCCACGUCGGUGCCUUUUUAUUUAUUAGUCGAGCAAAAUGAUAAACGUGAAAAACAUCUGGAUUCCUGCUCUUGUAAAUAUGAACUAUUUUUUCUACCAAACAUGACAUUAAUUUAUGCCAAACUAGACUCAAAUCGAACGUUGUUAUAGAAUGUGCCAUAUUGGUUAACUCUGACUGAGGAUUUUGAAUCCACUUUUCUGACAUGUACAUAAUGUAUAUAGCCGAAUUGAACGGUUAUGGGAAAUGUAUGCAUUGUUAUUUAUGACAAUAAUAUAUGAACUGAAACUAAGUGAAACUAAGUGUAGUUUGACGGGAGAAAGUUCCUCGAGGAACGAAUACCCCGUCAGACGGAGAAACUAAACUGUGCGCCUCAACCACACGUUGAAGUCUGAAGCUGCCUCGGCGGGUCGAGAGGCUCCCCGUCGACGUUAACGCAACCGAGACAGAACCUUCGUAGAUUCGUAAGCGGAGCGCGAGGUCCCGACCGCUGUUUGCUUCUUACCCUCGAGCACGCAGGGCGACCGGACCUCACCCUCCGACCGAUCUCGUCGUAACGCCAUUUCGAUGACGCGCUCACAGUGCAAGCGGCCUGCACUCCCUGAGCUCCCGUGUUCUUUUUGUUUGAGAGCUCCGCCUUUGGCAGGCCGACCGCCGGCUCGGAUCUCUUCUCUGAUCUCGGCGGAUCGAGAGAGUCCGUCCCCCGCCGCUCGGCCUGCAGAGGCGGAGCCGCCUCUCGGAGGUCUGCAGAGUGUUUGUGUGGUUCUUUAGUUGUUUUAGGAGCCGGCCGAGCCGAGCAGCCGGAGCACCAACGUCCGGCGCGAGGACGGAGAACGUCGCUCGGCUCGUUGACCGCCGACAAGAGUCGUAGAGUUACGCAGCCUCCUUGAGUUUUAUCCAAGUAUUGAUUUAAUAAAGCAUGAUUAUCAGCACUACA